GUAGGCGAGUUGGGCGCGAGGCAAGGCCAGCUGGGACGAAACCGCGUCCGCCUAUUCCUCGCUUGCUCAUGGAGUGGGUUUCCUGGCGGGGCACGUCUUCGUUUUCCUCUCCUCGUCGCCUUUAGCCGGGGCUUGGCUUUUCUCCAGCGGCUGCUUCUUCCUUAUCCUCUUCGUCCUCUCCUUGCGUCUCGAUCUCUCCUUCUCCGCCAUGGGGGACGUGAUCUCGGCACACCUGGACGACAGCAGGCGGCAGUUCAUCGCAGGUGAGGCGUCUUGGUUCUCGGCGCGGGCCGGCCGAGCAUGUUGUCGGCUGCAAAACAACAACCCCAGAAAGUCUGAAUUUAUUAUUAUUAUUACUUUCUUGUCGCAUCCAAUGCUAGCCCUCCUCCGAGUAGACAUAUUGGCACGACUAAGGGAACCGUGCCUCUCGUUUUUCACUGGAUUCAUUGAGAGUAAGGCUAGCGUUGGAUACAUCCGCCGUGUAGCUUGGCGAUGGGGAGGGGGAAUAAAACCCCCAAAACGAAGGAUCUACUCCAGCCGAGUUCUCCUCAGAAGUCAUAGGAGCCAACUCCUAGGGGCCGAGGGGUCUUUGACUUCCCCAGUAAAAUAUAUGAGUCCCCCCUAAAGUUGAUGGGCAUUGCUAUUCAGAUUGUGUGCGUGUGCACCGCAUCAUGUGAUCGAUUAUGCGGGGUUGAGCUUACCUGCCCCCCCCAUUUUAUUCAAGUUGGCAGGCACCCCUGCUCUGAGUAGACCCCGUUGAAGUGAAUGUGCCUGAAUUAGUCGUGUCUUUAUUUCAGCGGGUCUGUUCUGACCGCGACUAACCUUGGACGCAACACAGUUUGAGGGUUGUCACUGAUGCUCCCCUUACUCGGAGUAGACCAUCUUGAAAUUGGUGGGCAUGGCUAACUUGGGUUCAUUUAUUUCACUGGGUCUAUUCCGAGGAGAACUUGGUUGGAUACAACUUCGAGUCGUGUCCCCCCCCCCCCAAUGCAUUUUUAGGCGUGGUGGGGGCUGAUUUCCUUUUUUGUGCUGGGGAGACUGCCUCCCCAUGGAAAUAAUAGCAAGCUAGGUUAACUGAGUAUUUUACAUCAUUCUGGCCUCUGCAAAGUAUGAUAUAAUGUGAAUUCCACUUGAGAUUUUUUUUAGGGGGAGGUGUUAACCGUCUAGCUGAAAAAAAAGUUUUUGGCGGGGGAGGGGUUGUGGGGAACCAGUUGAUCUUGGUAUUAUUUUAAAUGUCUUUUUGCAGGGGGAGGGGCUACCUACCUAUGCAAAUGAUUGUACUAGUAUACUGAAUAUUGCACACUAUUCUGGUUCGAUAGAAGGUGGCAUUACGAGAUAUGUUUUUGGAGUGUGUGUGUGUGUGUGUGUUAGAAAUCUGAGGGACGUAAGAAGUUGGGAAACUCCUGGCUGAAUUUUUUUCAGGCUUCGUACUAUCGGAGUCUGAUCCCCCAACACACACACACCAUUUCUUUUUUCCCCUUCUCCACGUUGCAAGUCCUUUGCUUCAGUCUCUCCGUCUCCCUUCCCCGCUCUGCCUUUGGAGCGGGGUGAGAGGAGGUACCGCCUCUUUUUAAGAAGCAAGUCUGUGCAAAGGCUUGUUUGGUUUACCUAAUCUGAUGAAGGGGAGAGUUUAAGGAGGAUGGUUUUGGGAGGGGGGGUUGCUGAAGAAGCUAUAGAGGGCGAAUUGUCCUUCCUUUCCUCAGUCAAGGAAGAAGCUGGCACUCAGUUCCUAAAGACCAACUUACUUCUUCCCUCGAGAAUAUUUAUACAGUGAUGUUACAAAUAUUUAUACAGAGAUUUUUGAGAAAACCAAAUAGGUCUCUGUCCCAUGGAGCCUACAGAUAGUGGGGAAAAGUAUGAAUAUUAAAUUAGGAUGGGACGCGGGUGGCGCUGUGGGUUAAACCACAGAGCCUAGGGCUUGCCGAUCAGAAGAUCAGCAGUUCGAAUCCCUGCGACGGGGUGAGCUCCCGUUGCUCGGUCCCAGCUCCUGCCAACCUAGCAGUUUGAAAGCACGUCAAAGUGCAAGUAGAUAAAUAGGUACCGCUCCGGCGGGAAGGUAAACACUGUUUCCGUGUGCUGCUCUGGUUCACCAGAAGCGGCUUAGUCAUGCUGGCCACAUGACCUGGAAGCUGUACGCCGGCUCCCUUGGCCAAUAAAGCAACAUGAGCGCCGCAACCCCAGAGUCGGUCACGACUGGACCUAAUGGUCAGGGGUCCCUUUACCUUUAAAAGGAUGAUGGUGAUAAUGAUGAUAUCCUAUUCUUUCCUCCAAGGAGUGCUAUGCGACUGCACACGUUUAUUAACCUCAUGGCAGCCCUGAAAUUUAGUUCAGACUGAGUGACCUAAGAGCUCCAAUUUAAGAUCCACUGCCAACUAUGUCUCCCCUUCCCCCCAGGCAGGAAUGUCAUCACACAUACUUUGCACUUUGGGAAUGAGGAUUAUGGGGAUAAUUGUUCUGAAAAAAGGUGUUUUUUGAAGAGGGAACCUGAACAGGAAGGGAGAAAGGUGUCACUUAAUGCGACACACUGACCCCGCCCCCAAGUUUCUUAAGUAAGGGCUUUUUUGAGGGGUGAAGCAGGUCUAAGCUAUUACAAAUGGCGUAGCAGGCUGAAAUUGAACCGGAUGAGCUUCCUCCCCAAUGCAUUGAAGGUCAAGUGAUGGGCAAGGUGCCACCUGAUGGAUUUCUGCCUCUUAAUGGUGCAAAGGGACACAAUCUUAAAUUAAGAAGGGGAUGCCUUUUGUUUUUAAUGUGUUCUUGUGGGGGAAUGGGGAGUAAAAUGUAUGUUUUGGUGCUGUGAUUGUAAAAUUAGGGAGUGGCAGGACUGAGGAACGGUGCGCAGCAGAAGGGUGCGUCUUUACUGCUUGUGUGCACAUGGAGCAGAAAGUGGCAAUAAACUCAAGAAACUAUGUGAAUAAAGUGCUACAAACCCCUGAGUUUGCUUGCAAGGUGCUUAGGAUCACUGCUCGAAGCCCCCUGUUUUAAAUUUUAUUUGAAUCAUUUCUUACCCAUACUUCAACCAUGAAAGUUCCUAGAGUGGCUUCAAAUAUAUUAUCCAUGAAAAAUCUUGGGUACCCAAAACUUUGCAGCUGGCACUUUAGUCUCUUUCACUUGCCUGCCCCUUGCAACCCGCCUUCCUUAAAUGCUCAGGGGUUGAUGAAAUAAAUAUGUAAUAAUCCUUUGAGGACUAGAUCAUGUGUUCAGCCUGUGUUCAGAUAGGCUUAAUCUUGGACUAGGAUUAGUUGGGGGACCUCUCCUGAAUUAUUACGACUGAGCUCUGGAGACAGAUAAAGUAAUGAGUGAUGCUUCCCUGAGCAUCUGCAGAGGACCUUUCCCACUUGUUUUUACCCACCUGCCUUUCUUUUAAGGCAAAGGAUUUCCAUUUGAGGAGUAAGGAAUAGGCAUGGUUCUCAGCGGACUCAACCUGUAGGCACGCUGGCAGGGGGUUUCUCUUCAUCUGACGCAUAGGGAUCAAUAAGUAAUGUUUUAUUUUCUGGAAUUUACUGGUUUGGCUUCUUAUCCCAAAUCUCCCCCCAAGAAACUGUGGAAGGCAUACAUGGAGUGUGGUGUCCCUUUCCACCCAAAAAAUAUCCUCCCAGCAACCCUGCAAGGUUGGUCAGAUAGAGACUGGCCCGUUAAACAUUGUGGAAGUCCUGGAUUGUGCCUUCUCUGUCUAGACUCUUUUGGCACACAGCGUUGCCAGUUUAAAUUUACUUUUCGUAGUCUGGCCUGUAGGGCUGUUGGCAAAAGCACUCUCUCCCCCUCUCCUUCCCUCCCUCCUCCCACAAGGCAUAGGGUAACAGGAUGUAUGGCUCCUUGUUGGAAAGGCAAUUUCCCGCCUGCUUUCCCUCCUGCUACUGCCUUUGGGAGCAGACUGUGUUGCAGUCAGACUUCGUGACAAUUGCUCUUUUGCCCUUGGAAGCAAAGGGCCUGAUUAUAGUCUGGGAAAACUGGGUGGGAGGCUCUGCUAAUUGCUGCCUACAGAGGCUUGGUGGUUCCCUAAUAAAGGGUGAAGAGGAGAGAGAGGUCAGGAAUCAGUCGAGGCACACUCUCUCUCCUGACUCCCCCCCCCCGCCCCCCGCCCGUCCCGGUAACUGACAAGCCAGCAGCCCUCAUCUCCCAACCCUACAAAUUCUCCCUUUUCGCCUCUUGCCUUUCUAAGCUUCACUUCCAGCUUUUAGAGUUGUGCAUCAGGGGUGUUUGUGUGUGUGUGUGUGUGUGUGUGUGUGCGAUCAUCAGGCCCAGUGGUGCUUGUAUAACGACUGGUUGUGGGGGGUGUAGGGUGUCCUUAAUGGAAAUCUACAACAACAUCUCCACACACAAACUGACUCCUUCCCUCAAUUAUAGCCAAACCAUUCUUGCUAUCUUUUCUAUAUACCUGAUCUAAGUCACAGUCUUAUUAUUAUUAUUAAAAACGUUUUUACUGGGGACAUAUCAAAGCAGAUAAGUGGAAUAUUUAUAAUUGCUCUACAAUAAAUAGUAGUAAUUGAGGGAGGCGGGUGGCGCUGUGGGUUAAACCACAGAGCCUAGGACUUGCCAAUCAGAAGGCUGGCGGUUCGAAUCCCCGCGACGGGGUGAGCUCCCGUUGUUCUGUCCCUGCUCCUGCCAACCUAGCAGUUCGAAAGUACAUCAAAGUGCAAGUAGAUAAAGAGGUACCGCUCCAGCGGGAAGGUAAACGGUGUUUCCGUGUGCUGCUCUAGUUCACCAGAAGUGGCUUAGUCAUGCUGGCCACAUGACCCGGAAGCUGUACACCGGCUCCCUCGGCCAAUAAAGCGAGAUGAGCACCACAACCCCAGAGUCGGCCACGACUGGACCUAAAGGUCAGGGGUCCCUUUACCUUUAAAUAGUAGUAAUACUUUUGAGAGAAAAGAAUCUUCUUGCAUUUAUUUAUUUCAGGGCAAUGAUUUCUAUCCCUGAUGCAAACUGUGACACGAAGAGGGGAUGGAUUGAAUCGCCAUAGCUGCUAUUUGCCUGCCUGUCCCAUCCCCCUGAAUGCAUCUCAUUGCUAAUUUUAUGAGUAAUGUCAUAAUCUAACUUUCUAAAAGAAGUGCAAUUCAUAAAUACAGUCCAACCAGUCAUGCUCUCCCCCCCCCCCAUAGUACUGUGAAAAUUGUAGCUGAAAGAUAAGGGAGCUAAGCUCCUUGUUUCCAGCCCCCCACCCAUCCAGCUGUGUACACACCGCACAUUUAAAGCAGAUGACUUCGCCAAAAGAAUCCUGGGAACUGGAGUUCACCCCUAAGGCUACAAUUCCCAGAACCCUCAACCACGCUACAGUUCCCAAGAUUCUUUGAGGGAGGUCAUAUGUUUUAAAUGUGAUUUGAACCAAUGGCGCAGGCGCACGUUGUGAUUUGAACACAGAUCAGGCCCUUUAAGGCUCCUUGGUUCCCUACGCCAUCUUCCACACAUGGCUCGUGGCUAUUUAUUGUACUGAUACUUCCAAUAAAUAAUAAUACCAGUUGCUGGGAACAAAAUGCUGCCCUACGUGAGUUGUUAGCCUGAUCCAACAGGCUCUUCUUAUGAAUGACAUAGAAGCUAUAGAUAAUCAGCUAUUGAAAAGCAAAAGGGCUGAUCCUAUGGCAGGCUAGCGCUUGUGUAGCUUUUGCCAUAUCUGCCUUACAUAUUACUGUAUAUUUUGGAAAGUUCUUUGUUCGCUCUGCAUUUGGACACCUCUUCAGAUAUCACCAUCAAAAUUUAGCCCAAAUUUGAGGUCAAGGAACAGGUUUUCACCUGUGUUUGAAUGACAUUUUGAAUCAAGAUGGUGGACUGAUUUUACCCACUGAUUUCAAAAGUGCACAGAUUUUUGUUUGUUUGUUAGAAUUCUCAAGUGGUGCCUUGUGCAAAACUGCUACAGUGGUGCCCCGCAAGACGAAUGCCUCGCAAGACGGAAAACUCGCUAGACGAAAGAGUUUUCCGUUUUGGAGGUGCCUCGCAAAACGAAUCUGCUAUGGGCUUGCUUCGCAAGACGAAAAUGUCUUGCGAGUUCCUGGGGUUUUUUUCCUUUCCCCAUCUUUUUCUAAGUCGCUAAGCCGCUUAUCUGCUUAUCCGAUAAGCUGAUAAGCUGCUAAAAGCCGCUAAUAGCGCUAAUAGCGCUAAUCCGCUAAUCCGUCAAUGGGCUUGCUUCGCAAGACGAAAAAACCGCUAGACGAAGAGACUCCCAGAACGGAUUCUUUUCGUCUUGCGAGGCACCACUGUACUAUAUUUUAUUUUAGAGUAUGCUUCGUUCUGUGGUGAUGGGGGAUUGUGCCAAAGCAAAUAUCUGAAGCCACUAUAUUUGAUGCUCUGUCAUGUGUUUUUACUGUUGUACACCAUACUGGGAUCUUUUGAUAAAGAGCAGUACAUAAAUUGAAAUAAUAAUAAUAAUAAUAAGGCUAUGUUAAUCAUUUUUAGGGCACAAUUUCCAAUGUUGCAAAAGCGGGAGAAGAAUCUUUAUCAUCUACUUUUAAAACGGGGAUUGUGGUGAAUGGUUUGUUAUAAAAUUCAAGUGAAGAUGGUGUGUGUGUGUGUGUGUGUGUGUGUGUGUGUAUCUGUAUCUGUCUUACAGGGAACUUAGCCUUAUAUCCUGUCAAAUUCUGUGUCCAUCAAACUAAGAUGUACUGCUGAUGUGCUGUCUUCCAGAGUUUGUUGGACUACAAUUCCAGCCAGCGCCAGCCAGCAUGGCCAAUGGUCAGGGCUGAUGGGAAUCACAAACAACAACAUCUGGAAAACACCGUUUUAGUGACCCAUGGUUUAAUCUAGUGCUGACGGUUCUGACUGGCAGGUGCUCUCCAGGGUAUCAGAGGUUUUCUCCAUCGUCUGUCACCUAAUACUUUUUUAAGUGGGGAUGCUAGGAUUGAACUUGGGACCUUCUGCAUACAAAGCAGGGGCUCUACCACUGAGCUACAGCCCUUAUCCAACAUGGGAAGCUUCCCUAUACCGAGUCAGACCAUUGCUCCAUCUAUCUCAGUGUUGUCUAUGCUCACUGGCUCUCCAUGAUUUCAGAGAAGGGGAGCUCCUACCCCUACCUGGAGGUGUCAGGAAUUGAACCUAAGACCUUCUGCUCUGCUGCUCAGUUGUGCGCUUUCCGCAAAUGACUCCAGAGUGCCUAGGAAUUUCCGACCCCAAUCUGCUUGUUUCCACUGCCCCUUGGAAACUUCAUGUUUCUGAAGUGCUGGUUGAUAUAUCUCUGAGCAUGUUUAAAGCAAUUAUCUGCAUGGCACUGAAGUCCACCUGGGGCAGGAGCAGUCCUAAAUCAAUAAUCUGCAUGGCACUGAAGGCCACCUGUGACAGGAGCAGUCCUUUUCAUUAAGUAUUUCACCUGCUGAGCACCUGAUCUGCUGCAGCUGAGCCAAGUACCCAGAAGUUGCUCAAUGAUGACUCGAGCUCCUUUGUGACUGAAUGGAAUAGAUGAGUAGGCCUUUUAGUGGGAAAUGGCAGGCUAUUCAGUCCUUCCCCCUUGCAGAAUUGUAAAUCACACUAGGCUUCACUUCUGUGGAAGCUAGACACCUCAUAGGACUAACUUUGCUGGUGUUGGUGAACUUUGCAUUGUGCAUUCACAGCUAUUUGUGCCUGUGAUGGUAUCAGGGGAGUUAUAUGUAAUCAUGCUUUCAAUACUGUUUGUACCUGCAAAAGCUUUGAGGUACCCACACUUAUUCUUUUCUACUCUACAGCUUCCAGCUGAACUCCUGUAAUUUCUCACACCACAAAUGUUUCAGGCUGUUGUACUUUUGCCCCAUGUUUGUUGCAUUGUAGUGCAAGACAGCAAUAAUACAAUGACAUUCGGUAGCAUCGCAGGACAACUAAUAAUUAAAUUUAGAUACUGCCCUCCUUCUCCUCGCUUCAUUUAAAGAUUUUCAGAGACUUUGAGACUAAAGAUUUCAUUUUGUACUUGUUAUGGUUUGAAGGAAUUCUAUAAAGAUUGUCUAUUGCGUAUGUACAAGGUCAUUGUGUUGCCUAGACAUUGCUGACAUACUCUUUGCAACACAGGGGUUUGUUUGGUUACUGCCUACUUCUUCUCAAAGUGGCAGACAUGAAAGUGAUAACUUAAUAAAAGCAUCUUGAAAACAAUUCCAAUAUAGAUGCAAGUGGGAAAGAUUACUACUUAAAAGACUUCAGUAACUAUCAAAAAGAUAAGAGAUGGCAUAGAAUCAUAGAACUGUAGAGUUGGAAGGGACCUUGAGGGUCAUCUAGUCCAACCCCCUGCAAUGCAGGAAUCUCAGCUAAAGCAUCCAUGACAUGACCAUCCAACCUCCGCUUAAAAACCUCUAAGGAAGGGGAGUCCACAACCUCCUGAGGAAGUCUGUUUCACUGCUGAACAGCUCUUACUGUCGGAAAGUUUUUCCAAAUGUUUAGUCUGACUCUCCUUUCUUGCAACUUGAAGCCGUUGGUUUCAGUCCUACCCUCAAAAGCAGGAGAAAACAAGCAUGCUCCCUCCUCCAUAUGACAGCCCUUGAGAUAUUUGCAGAUGGCUGUCAUAUAUCCUCUAGUCUCAUCUUUUCCAGGCUAAACAUACCCAACUCCCUCAACCAUUCCUCAUAAGACUUGGUGUACAGACCCUUGAUCAUAUUGACUGCCUUCCUCUUCACACCUUCCAGCUUGUCAACAUCCUUCUUAAAUUGUGGUGCCCAUAAUUGGACACACUAUGCCAGGUGUAGUCUGACGAAGGAAGAAUAGAGUGGGACUAUUACUUCUCACGACACUUCUGUUCAUGCAGCCUAGAAUUACACCAGCUUUUUUUUUUUUUCUUGCUUCUUCAUCACACUGCUGACUCAUGAUAAGUAAGUGAGAAUUUGAUCCCUGGUCUCCCAGGCACUGGUCCGACACUCUAACCACUAGGCCACACAUAAAACAGGGUGUGUGGGGGAGGUUAAUUAAAAAUCCAUCAUUAAUGCAUUAGUGUUGCAUCAAUUAAAUAUUGCAGAAUGCACCUGCAAACCAUUGCGCCCCCCCCCAUUUGCAGGAACUAUAAGAUAGGAGUAUGGGACGCGGGUGGUGCUGUGGGUUAAACCACAGAGCCUAGGGCUUGCCGAUCGGAAGGUUGGCGGUUCGAAUCCCCCCCCCCCCACGGGGUGAGCUCCCGUUACUUGGUCCCAGCUCCUCCCAACCUAGCAGUUCAAAAGCACAUCAAAGUGCAAAUAGAUAAAUAAGUACCCCUGGAGCGGGAAGGUAAACAGCGUUUCCAUGUGCUGCUCUGGUUCGCCAGAAGCGCCUUAGUCAUGCUGGCCACAUGACCCAGAAGCUGUACGCCGGCUCCCUCAGCCAGUAAAGCGAGAUGAGUGCUGCAACCCCAGAGUCGUCCGCGGCUGGACCUAAUGGUGAGGGGUCCCUUUACCUUUAGCUAUAAGACAGGAAUGGCACACAUUGGGCCCUCCAGAUGUUGUUGGACUACAGCUUGCCAUUCCUGACCGUUGCUUUCAUCCUGAUGCUAAAUAUUGGUUCUAGGCACCUCUCUCUGGGCUAGCAAGGGAGGUGGCUGACAUGUCAACCUGUGGAUGUUGCAGCGGCACAUGUGCUAUGCAAACCUCCCUGACCACACACACCCAGGCUUGGGAGAACUGAGUGCUGCAUUCUGUGGUUUCUUUGUUGUUUUUUCAUUAGGCCUCAUUCCUAUCUGAUCUUCCUCCUUUGUGCCCAAACUGGCCCUGUUUCUCUCCCCCCCUCCUUAGAGGGAAGGAAGGGAGGGAAAGAAAAAUAGGUUGUAAAUUCAGGAGAGGAUUUGUGGUUCAUCAUGCUCCUCCCAAGAAGCAUGAUAAGCUGCCUCUUUGCACUUUAGUUUGUAUUUAUUUAUUUUUUAAAAACCUAUACACCACAAUUUAUUUAUUUCUUAAAAAAUCAAAGUGGUUUGCGAAUAUGUAUAAAAUAAAAACAUAAAUAUUAAAAUUGCAUAUAACUGGCUAACCGUAGCAUAUUUUUUCUGUCUUACUUGAAUUGUCUGCAUAAACUGCUUGCAAAUAAAAUAAAAUAAAAAUGGCAAAUGUUUGUGCAAUGCUAACGUGUGAUUACUUGGCCACAAUCUUGACUUUCCUGCAGGGGCACUUCUCAUAUGGAAUGGCCCUAGCUCAGGGUUUGCCAUGACUCACUCUAGCAGUAAUUACAUAAAAGUAAUUACUGAUUUACUAAUCAUCAUUUUUGAAAUUGAAAUAUCGAUAAUGAGCAGUCUCAUGUCCAGAGUUGCUCAGAAAGUGUAAGAAACCAAAAGAUCUGGAACUAAUUCUGUUCCACUUCCGAGGUACUACUGUACAUGGAGAAGAUGUGGCAGGAUCCUGACAGUCCUCAGAGUUCACCCACUGAAAUCAGUGGACUUAAAGCUAGUUAUGUUUAUUCAUUUAAGUGUGCCUUCUCUAGGUCAGCCUAGCACAUAGGCUGGAUAUAACCCUCUGUCUUUAUUUUUUUUAAUGAAUCUUGGUGGGGUGUGGGUGUGUGAUUUUGAUUAGUGUCUGCUUUCUCAAAUAAAGAGCGUUUUCCAGCAGAAGAAUGAGAGACGUUCCCUUUAUCAAAAGCAUAGCAUGAUAAGCACCCCGCCCUGUUUUCACCAGAGGUCCCACCUUUUCAUAUAAGUGUUAGAUAAAGAGCGUAUAAAACCAGUGUGUGGAACUUAAAAUUUUGUGUCUCUCUGGCAAAGCACAGCAUUCUCUCAUCUUCUCUCAUCAGUUACUGCUGAUGUAAAAAGUAGCAGUUCUGAUAGUUGUUUAUUUAUUUUGCCCACUCUGUAAAUAAACUAUGGGCACCUGGUCAGACCUUGCCUCAUCUCCCCUUUAAAAGUCUCCAAAUAAUUCCUCUCUCAAAGCAACAUAUAAAGGGCAGUACAUGGCAACAUGUUAUAACUUAUUCAGUGUGGGCUAAACCAUGAAAAGUAUGCCAUGAAAAGUAUCCCUUCAACUGUGGCGAGAAGAAACAUGGGAGGUGGGGUGAAAGCCACAGUUCUGGGGUGGCAUUCUGUUGGGGUGGAAAUUGACCCUUUCCCAGUAUUAUCAGAUUAAUUAUUUGAUGAGGAGGGAGGAGACACAGCUCAGUGAAGGAAGGAGGAUGCGUGCCUGUGCGCAAGAGUGUGGGAUAGCCACACCUGUUGCUGGUAUGCCACCUCCAGAGGGUUAGCUGAGGGUUAUCCUUAGGGCCAAAAAGGGUUAGUCACCCCUACUCUCGGCCAAACAUACUGUGCUCUCGGCUAAACUCUUAAUCCCAAUGUGAUUCUUGGGGGUAUGAGAAAUGAUUACUCCCUCUGAACAUAUGCACAGUUGGUUUCUUUUCUAGAGAACAGCCACAGCAUAUAGCUCAGGUUAAGUGGGAGAGGUUUCUCUGUUAAAAUCAAAACAGUUGACUUGCAGGUAGAUGUAAUCCCCUGGUGCGGUUCUCUUCAGAAAUUCCAGCAGGUCAGAGAUGUUAACCUGUGGCAAGGAAACCAACCAAGUUCCUUCUGGCACCUGAAAGACUGACUGGUUUUAGAUAGCUAGAAAGGCAAAUAGACAGAUAGGCGCCAGCUCCUAGGAGCCAAUGGACUUUUGCCCCCCUCCCUCCUUUUCUUAGGGGGCCUGGCCCCCUCAUGACAUUGCACAAUGCUCAUGGCGUCAGAACAUUGUGUUGGACCCCUCAAUCAUCUUGAGAAGAUGGUGCCUCUGGAUAGAUAGAAUUUUGUCACGAAGUGGAUGAGUGAUCUUCAGGUGUCAGGUGUAAUUGGGAAAAGAGAGGAGGGGAUAGUAAACAAUGGGCCCAAAAAUCCAUGCAAGGCAAUGCUAGAGGUAUAGUUUGUGAUGUUUCUGAACAAUAUAGCAUGGGGACAUAAUAUACUGCCAUAUAUGAUGUCAUGCUAUUGGUCCACCAAGCUCAGUUUUAUUAACAUUGACUGGGAGUGGCUCUCCCAAUUUCAGACAUGGUCUCUCUCUUCCAACUGCCCCUGCAGAUGCUCUGCCACUGAGCUAUGCUUCCAUCAGUAGCUGUGUCACAGCCAGCCUUCCCAACUUUGCUAGUUGUUCACUUCAGCUGCAAUGGAAGAGAGUUUGCUGACCUUCACUGAGCUGCAAUUUUCUUCCAAACUAAAGUUAAGCUGUUUGUUUUCCUGUGUGGAUAUAUAUUGCCAGGUGAGAAUGCUCCAUGCAUCUGGCAAAGUGGGCUCUGGUCCAAGAAACUUCUGGCCCAAUGAGACAGAGUCUUUCAGAUGCUUCUAAACUUCUUGCUGAACCACAGUGAGCAUGGAACCCAGAGAAAGCUUGGCUACCCAUCAUCAGCAUUGCUCAGCUAGUCACCAAAGUAAGGUUAUUUAGACAGUCCUAAAUAAUGUUAUUCCUUACUGGGAGGGUCUUUAGUUCAGUGGCAGAGCACCUGUUCUGCGUGCAGAAGGUCCCAGGUUCAAUCACUAUAUUCCUAGGUUGGGAAGUUGGUGGGUUUGCAGUCUGUGAUAACAUGCCUUGUCUUGUCUUCAGGGACCAUUGACUUAGUGCCUUUCUCAGAGGACUGCAUUGCCAAAAGUAGGAGCUGCCCAGGUUGGGCAAAGCUGUGGCAACAUCUGGAAUACUGAGCUCCAUUGCAUCAGAGUAGGGUGAACACAGAUGCUGGCCAGUUUUUGAAACCAGUAUGUGACCUGUCAGCACCUCUCUCCUCGCCUCCCACCCCUGUGUUGUACAGCCGGCCUGUUUUGCAGACAGUGGAUGGUUUUUCUUGCCCUGCUUCAUCUGGGGAUGCUGGUUUGAGACUGGAGAUGGCUGUGAUGCGGGAGAGGAGGUUCACACAGUGCAGAGUUAGAUGGUGAAACUUGCCCCAAUGAGAGGAAGGAACGGCCACCAGCCUGGAUGGCUUUGAAAGAGGAUUAGACAAAUUCACUGAGGAAAAAGCUCUCAUUGGCUGCUAGUUGUGAUGGCCAUGUUCCACGACCGCUGUUGGAGACAGUAUGCUGAGUUACUGGAGAACAGAGGAGGGAAGAGUGCUCCUGUGCUCAGGUCCCUUGCUGGGUUCCCAGAGGCACCUGGUUGGCCAUUGAGAGAACAGGAUGCUGGGGUGUGACGUCCAGCCUUGGGAUUUGUGUGGCCCAAGUUGCUUCCUAGGGAAUCUGCCUUGAGAAAGUGUCCAUUUGUUUCUACUGACUGUCUUCAUGUGUAUUUUUUAAAUCAGGUGUUUAAAAGGUGCCUCAAGUCUAGGAGGCAGCCCUGUUCAGGGAAGUUUUUAAUGUGUGAUAUUUUAGUGUUUUUUGGUUUCUAUGGAAGCCGCCCAGAGUGGCUGGGGAAAACCAGCCAGAUGGGCAGGGUACAAAUAAUAAAUUAUUAUUAUUAUUAUUAUUAUUAUUAUUAUUAUAGGAGGAGCCUCCUGUUGACAGGAAAUGAAACCUGGUAGCCUUGCAAAUGAACAUUAUGUGAGCCCUGCUGGAUCAGUCCAGUGGCCCAUCUAGACCAGCAUCCUGCUGUCACAGGGAUCUAUGGAAAGCCCGCAAGGAGCAGCUCCUGCACCUUCAGUUUCUAGCAGUUGCUAUAGAAGCAUUGCUGCCUCCCAACACUGGCAGUAGCCAUAACCCUGGAAUGUCUCCUUGCUUGACGAUGGUUGUGCUGGUGGCUGCUUUAUGCAACACCCCUAAAAGAGGGCAAAAUAGGACAUGGCCUUGCAGAUGCAAGUUUUUUAUUCAUACAUGCAAAUUUAGAAAUAAUAUAUAUGUUACAUAUUUAUGAACCACCUUCCAUUUAGAACAAAUUUAGAAUUUAAAACAAGGCAAUUUACAUAAAACAAUUAAAAAUAGCUUUAAAAACUGUUCCAAAAUAACAACAAAACAAGCCGGCAACUAAAUACAGGUUUAGAAAAGAUAUGGAAUAACUCUUAGGUUCUGGCCAGGGCAAAACACCUGUCAUGCAUACUUAACCACCAUAAGAAUUCUGAGGGUGCUGAAUUCUGCACCCAGGACCUAGGCGCAGAGCAGGACAGCAACUAAGCAGUCUCAUGUCUUUUUUGCUCUUCCCUUUUGAGACAUAGAAUUGUAAAGUUGGAAGGGAUCCCAUCAUAAAAAUAAUCAUACAGUGGUGCCCCGCAAGACGAAUGCCUCGCAAGACGGAAAACUUGCUAGACCAAAGAGUUUUCCGUUUUGGAGGUGCUUCGCAAAACGAAUCUCCUAUGGGCUUGCUUUGCAAGAUGAAAAUGUCUUGCGAGUUCCUGCGGGUUUUUCCCCCUUCCCCCCCCUUUUCUAAGCCGCUUAUCCGCUAAGCUGAUAAGCCGCUAAAAGCCGCUAAUAGCGCUAAUCCGCUAAUCCGUCAAUGGGCUUGCUUCGCAAGACGAAAAAACCGCUAGACGAAGAGACUCACAGAACGGAUUCUUUUCGUCUUGCGAGGCACCACUGUAUUUUUUAAUGAACCAACUUUUACAUGCAUCUCAUGUGAUUUAAAAACAUACCAUAAAACCAGUGUCUAAAACAGUGCAAAAAAAGGUAAAUAAUAAAGAGAAGUGUAAAAACAAUGUGGAAUAAACACUAAAAGCCGAGAGACCUUCUCAACCAGCUGGAAAAGCUUCUGGAAACAAAAAAAUGUUCUAAAGAGUUUAGAUAGUGGGGUGCCUGCUGUGUUUCAACAGCGAUCCUGUUUCACAGAACAGUGGCCACCACACACAAAGCACUGCUCUUAGUUGUUCCCUGGAAAUCAUUCAUUAGGUGAGUGUUCACAUAAUGAGUCCCCAAUUUCCAUUUAUUCCUAUGGGGAAAUUUCUAAUGUCUUCCUGACCAUGGAAUUUUGAGCCUGCAAAGUUGCGGGGGGGGGGGGGGGAAGGGAAUAUGGAAUGCUGCUCUCUGAUUUGUCCAGUCAAUCACCCUCCCUUCUUCUGUUCCUCAGCCAGCCAGUAGAAGGUAGACAGGAAGUAAAAAGUUCAGAUAUCUGAAUUUUCGGUGUGUAUAGCAAGGUUUUCAUAUACCGAACAUUCAUAAAGGGGGACCUGUGUGUGCAUCUCGCCCCUAGUGGGGAAUACUGUAACGUGGUAGCCUGCUUGGGAUAGGAUUCCCAAGGAAAAAAAUGUACAUGUGAAAAGGUUCUGAAGCGGCCCACAGAAUGCCAGUGUGUUUGAAGCUGUGUGUUCCUUCGUAGUUGUCACUUUGAAUCGGACAGGGAGAAGCAGCUUCUUUUCCUUUGCAAUAGCUUCCUGGAGGUUUUUGCAUACUUGUGGUCUGUUGGAUGGCUCUAAGCUCUUGAUGCUGCCUGAAGUGCUGCCAUGCUGGUUCUAGCCUGGGCUUUGCCUGGAACAUCCUGUUCUGUGUGGUUGCCUUUCCAAACUGCUUGUGAUGUGAAAGAGCUGCUUUGUGCCAGCCCCUCCUUUUUUCACUCUUUGUCCCCAAAUCCCUGGUUGGUUGCCACUGCUGCAAACCCUGGAUAUCUGAGUGCAUUGGCACCUCAGUGAAGAAUUUGCUCACAUGUGGCUUUGACCAUAAACCCUUCCUAAGACACAUUUUUUAUAAGUUAGUCUGCAAGACUAAACUAGAAAACUAUUUAAAUCCCGUAGUAGCUUUGUAAAAGCCCGAGACUGUGCAAGUCUGGAUUCAGGUGCCUGAUGUUUGGUAUCUAUGACUUCUGUGCCCCCGUCAUGAGUUAUGGUACUUUGAAGCGGGGGGAACACCAGUCUGCUGUUGGUUCGAUUAAUCUGUAUCAUGGGUGGGGAACCUCAAGCCCAAAUGCAGCCAUCCAUGUCUUUAUAUUUCUCCCUCAGAACUCUUCCCAGGCCACGCUCUACACCAGCCGUCUUUCACACCUCGAGUGUUUUUGCUUGGCUGGAAUGUGUCCGUUAACUCUGUUCGUGCCUCUUCCUUGCCUGGAUGGAGGAUAGAGAGUGGUGUGCAAGUGUGUGUAAAAUCUAGCUUAGUGUAUGGAGGUAAAAUUUGCAUUCGUAGCCCUACCCACUUUUGCCUCUGAUCCCACCUACCACUUGUAUGUAGCUCCCAUAUAGUUACCUAGAAUUAAAUGCAUUUCUUGGGCUGAAAAGACUCCUCAUCCCCAAUCUGUAUUAACUGGCAGCCCAAGGUCCUAGUCUGACAUUUUGGAGGAGUGUGUGUGUUGUUGUUUUUUGACCCUCAGCAACGAUGCUUAUUCCAAGGGUUCCCAUUUUUGCAUGUCAAAUGCUUUCUUCGUUUGAAUCAAUGGUCCCUAUGUGUUCCCCCCCCCCCCGUGCUAAGAAUCUUCCAACAAAUUCUGUGCCAAGCACAGCUCAGUUCUGUGACCAGUAAGAAUUAAGCAACGUGAGACAUCACUCAUGCUAAGAGCAAACUCAGUUGCUUAGUGUUAACAGGAUUUAAGCCAAAAUGGGUCUAUUGAGAAACAAGAUGGGAGACAUUUGCAUGCUUGGUGGAGCACUAUCAUUUGGGAAUAUAUAUAUUGUGACCCCAUGAGUGUGAAACAGAAUAUGGGGUGGGAGGGAGAUGACUGAAUGAUAUGUGUGUGUGAUAAGAGAGUAAAUGAGCAAUUGUCAUUGAAUAGAUGAAAAUCUCAAAACCUAGUUAACUGAAAAUAUAUAUUCAUAUUGUGAAGUAUUUUGAAAAGUAUUCUUUUGUGUAGGAAGUAUGCUAGACUGACAUUUAUGUAUAUAAUGGGGUGCUGAAGAGUAGGGUUAGAAAAGAUAAAAUCUCUUCCCAGUUGGAUGGGGACCAUGAGUGAGCAACUCCUUGUGCUUCAGGAUUUCUGUGGCUUGUGCACAGGCAUUUCCAAGUUGUUAAAAAUAAUGGCCUCUAGCCUGGGUUCUGCUGCCUGCUUCUGGGCUGGAGGAGGUGCUGGUGGAAACAGCUGGAACCUCUUUCUGAGGCUGACAGGGAAGGCCACUCAGAUCUGCCAGGAAGAGAUCUGCUUGAAACUGUAGGCAGCUCUGUAGGGUGAAUUUCUUGGUUUAGGCAGUGGUGAAACCUGCAUGUCCCUUCUCAUCCAAAAAGACUCAUCUACUGUAUUGCAGAAUUCACUGGAAAGCUUGGGUGAUGCAGCCAUAAUCAAAGGGAUGUUGUGGAGGUAUACCACUAAGAGACUUGUAAUAUUAGGUGACUUAGACAUGGUCAUACAUAAAUAGGUGCCUAUCUGCGAUUUUAUUUUGGUAUUAAGCUUGACCAAAGUUCGGCCAUGCAGGGGGAGGUCACUCGUGAGUGAAUUUCAGACCUCAAUACCUCUGAAAAUGCCAUGUGCCACAUAUAUGCAACUUCCUUUCCUAUACACCUUUAAACUUUGGUUCUCCCAGGCACCUGGAGCCCAAAAUGUGUGGGAAUAAUUCAUUGACCUAGUUCCCUCCCUGGAAAACGUCACCCAGGGCAAGAAAAGCGAUCUACAAACCCAAUUUACUCUGCUAUGCUCAACCUCUAAGGCUAGAAGAUUAUAUACAAGGAUUUGUGUGCAGUUGCAACAGCGCUGUAGUGCAUUUAAGCAAAAGUGCUUCUCAGUUGGCCACACAGGUAUUUAAGAUAGAAGGUUGCACAAAACUGGAUGCUCCCUUGGUUAGAGCAUGGUGCUGAUAAUGACAAGGUUGCAGGUUCAAUCCCUGUAUGGGGCGGCUGCAUAUUCCUGCAUUGCAGAGGGUUGGACUAGAGGGCCUCAGGGUCCCUUCCAACUCUACAGUUCUGUGAUCAUAUGCACAGUUGUCAUAGUGCUACUGUGUAAUUAGUUGCAAAGUGAUUCUUUGCUCGCUGUGGUGUGUGUGUGUGUUUAAAGAAUAUCAAAAUUAUCUUCCCUGCUGAACUGGCAGAAACCGCUUCUUCAUAUAUGAUACUGCUGCAUCCCACUUUUAUUUACAAGCCCUAAAGGUGGGCAGUAAACACUUGCUUUUUUCUUAGGUAGCAUUUUAAAAACAAGUGCUGUGUUCUAUUGAUUUUUACUGGUGCUUAAAAUAUUCAAAGUGUUAUCUAAAAUUCAGAUACAUUCUAAAUAGUGUUUUACUAGCUUUAUGGCUUGGUUAGUUUUAGUUUGCAUCGCCCCCCCCCCCCCAUAACUGCCACUUUCCCAUAAGCCACCCUGACUUUUUUUGAGAUCACAGGUACUCCAUAGCCAAAAGCUGGGACAACAUAAUAUUAACUUCUCUAACAUCUGGCCAUUGUGGGGGCACCUCAGCAGUAAUUUAUUUGAUUAUCUGUUAUUUGUUUAUUCAUAUACACUGAUGCUGAGGUGAGGAGGGGCACACCAUAAAACUCAGGAAUUUGAUAUCCCGUUCUUUGGAGAAAAAAGUAUUGAAGCAAAGAAAGACAUCUAAGGAAGGUGUAUUUAGAAAGACAUUUUAAAUACAUAUUGUUGCAGAAUUUUGCAUACUACAAAAGAGGAAGUCAUUAUGUAAUUGGAAUAUUGUACUGCAGAUAAUAUUGUACUACAGAUAGGGACGCGGCUGGCGCUGUGGGUUAAACCACAGAGCCUAGUGAUUGCCGAUCAGAAGGUCGGCGGUUCGAAUCCCGCGACGGGGUGAGCUCCUGAUGCUCGGUUGCUGCUCCUGCCAACCUAGCAGUUCGAAAGCACGUCAAAGUGCAAGUAGAUAAAUAGGUACUGCUCUGGCAGGAAGGUAAACGGCGUUUCCAUGUGCUGCUCUGGUUCGCCAGAAGCAGCUUACUCAUGUUGGCCACAUGACCUGGAAGCUGUACGCCGGCUCCCUCGGCCAAUAAAGCGAGAUGAGCGCCGCAACCCCAGAGUCGGCCAUGACUGGACCUAAUGUUCAGGGUUCCAUUUACCUUUACCUUUUACUACAGAUAAAUAAACUACCCCCAGCUCUUUCAGAGAUAAACAGGAUCCAGACCCCACAAAUUACAAUUCAAGGUGCAAUAUAAAAUAAUAUAUAUACCAUUAAUAUAAACUGAAUAGGCUAUCAAACACGUGGUUUGAUUUUAUUGCAGGUGCUUGUAUAAAAGAGCAUGGCUAUCGACUACCAGCAACUCACAGCAAAUUAUGGACAGAUUCUUUUAUUUAUCAUCUCUUAGUAAGGUGACUUUCAAACUAUAGGUUUUCUGUAUCUUAUAUGAAUCUGUUCUUCCAUGGGCGGUAGGGGGGAGAAUUUAUUGAAUGUUUUUCUUUUUUCUUUUAAAGCAAGAUUUGAAUAUUAUAGGUGUUUUCUUCCCAUUACAUUUUUUACAAAAUUUCUGCCUGGCAAAUAAUGAAAUAUAAAAGAUUCCCCCACAGAAUUCAGGAUACCCACACCAGUUUUAUACAUUAUUUGGACCAUCCCACUGUGAUCCUGUGUACAUCUGAAAAAGAGAAACCAAAUAGUUGUAAAUUCAUUUUUUUUCUGUUCAUAAAAUUUUCUCCAGGAAGUCUGCAUGCCAGAUUUUGUCAUGCCAGUAGUUCAGAUCCUUAAGAAAGACAUUUAUUUAGAAAUAUGAACUGGCUUGCUGUGGCCCUCUUCAUUGCUUUUGCGGGUGGUCUUGAGAAGCCUUCCCUGGUUCAGGGGGCAGGGGAAAAACAGGGACAGGUUGUGGGGUGGCUACUCUCUGACCAUCAGCUUCUGCCUAGCAACUUCAUCCGCUGACUUCAGCCUCCCAACUUCCAUCUAUUCAUGCAUUUCCCCCAGUUUCCUUGCACACAUUCCGUUCAUGUGUUCUCUCUCCAUUCAUUCACAUUUGUGCCCUGGCUUCAACCCACAAAUAUCCACUCUUGAUUGGCUUCCAAAGGUGAAUUUCAGCCAGCUUACAUCAGCAAACAGCAGCCUGCUUCAGCCUUAUGACAUCUCCUGGUUCCUGAAUGCAAACUUCUCCCCACCUUCUGCCCACUGCCAUCAGUCGGCUUCCUCUAGGUCCAAUUUGAGACAUCAGCCAGCUUCCAGUGUGGAUAUCAGUCAAACUUGGCUUUCUCUUGAAUCCAUAUCAUCCUUCACCCAGAUGAUUGCUUCCUUUCAUUCAUUCGACAGUUCAUUUCCUCCUUGUGGAAGAUGAUCAGCCAAUAUGGCAUGUCUCAUUUACAGUGUUGCAAACUCUCCCCCUUAACAUGGCAGUUGUUCCAGAGGGAACUAAGGUGAAGAUCUUAACUGUCAGACUCAGUUCCUACCAUGCAGAAAUCAGGCUCAGGUUUGUCCUGUGCACAGAGCAAAAUAGUCACAACAGCUGUUCCCUGCUGUGUUCUGCUGGGGUAGAGGACCUUAAUCCACAGAGUUUUCCUUUGGUCCACCUUUAUAUCCACUCACUGUCACGUGACUUGGGGACGUCACAGACACUCUACAGCCAGUGGCAACACUUGAGGAGGCAUCAUCACAAUCUCCUCAGGCCUCACAAUUCUGGGUUUAUGGGAAUGAAGCACCAACUAGGGUUUCUCAUUCUCAUUUUUGUUCAGGAGGCCCUAUUCCAGCUGUGUGAAAGCCAGAGGUUUCUUUGCACACAUACCCCCAAUCUCACCCUCCAGUUAAGCAAGAAGCAUUAUCAUGGUUCAAGAAAACAUUUGAACCAGGCCAAAGCAUUUGAGGAGGGGGCAAAAUGGAAGCAUAGUUCUGGGGGCCAGAUAGCGAGUUUGGACCCCAUGCUAGGCUGAAACUCUCCUUAGCUGCUGAGAGUAACCUGGGAGGCAGCACACAUUCCCAGAGUCCCAUCAAACCAUUGUUGGCUUACUGUGGCAUGCAAAGCAGGCCUUUGUUUUGGGAUUAGAGCGAUCCAUAAAUUAUCAGAUAAUGUCUCCCUUGGAAGCUUCUUUCUGUGUUUGUUGUGGAACUGUGUAUCACUUGGCAUGCUACAUUGAUGCCGGGGGUUUGCUGACGGAAAUACGCUGAAUGAAUCCUGUUUGGCAGGAAAUUCUGCACAUUCCAGUGCCUUUAUCACCACGAUAUGGGAGAGUCAUCAUGGCCUUGAAGGGUCCCAGUGGGUGAUGACCACCAGCUGUUCCAGCAAAACAUAUAGAAUCCUAUCAUCUUGCCAUGGUGCAAGGCUAAGACCAUGCAUGUAGGUUUCUAGCCCUUCCCAGCUGGAAGAGAUCACUUUCCCCUCUAAGUACCAGGUGCUAGGAAUCACAAUUGGGGAGAGGGCUGUCAUAUUCUGUUCCAGCUGCAAGCUUACCACAGGAAUCUGGUGGGCCACUGUGAGAACAGGAUGUUGGGUUAGACUUGCCAGUGGCAUGAUCAGUGAGGUUCCUCUCGUGACCUUUUGUGCUUCUUUAGACGCCUUUGGCUGUCUAAGAAAACUUCAGCCUUCAGCCUUCCCUCUUAACUAUGGGUCAUAGGCAAUGUUUGUUCUACUCAGAGCAGACCCAUUGAGAUUCUUACACAUGGUGAAUUUAGGUCCAUUUGUUUCAGUGUGGAAUUCAGUGGAAUUUGCUGCCAAGGAGUGUGGUGGAGUCUCCUUCUUUGGAGGUUUUAAGCAGAGGCUUGACAACCAUAUGUCAGGAGUGCUCUGAUGGUGUUUCCUGCUUGCCAGGGGGUUGGACUCGAUGGCCCUUGUGGUCUCUUCCAACUCUAUGAUUCUAUGAUUCUAUGUGUCGACUCUGAGUAGAAUUUAGUUGGCUACAGCCCUAUGUCUCUCCCAUGUGCCUGCUUUUAACUCUCAGAACUGCUGUAAUUUUAAAUGGCUUCUAAGUUAACUUUUCAAAAUAAGAUGGAUCAUAGAAUUGUAGAGUUGGAAGUGACCCCCUAGAUCUCUUUCACAUGCCCUGCUAGUAAGCCAGGUGUCCCCCAUCCUAUAUUUGUGCAUCUGAUUCUUCCUGCCUAAGUUCAGAACCUUACAUUUGUCCCUACUGAAAUUCAUUUUGUUAGCUUGGGCCCAGUUUUCCAAUCUGUUAAGGUCAUUUUGAAUUCUAAUUCUGUCUUCUGAGGCAUUAGCUACCCCUACCAGUUUGGUCUCAUCUGCAAAUUUAAUGAGCAUCCCUUCAAUUCCUUCAUCCAAGUCAUUUCUGAAGAUGUUGAACAACAGUAGACCCAGAACAGAACCCUGUGGCACCUCACUUUUAUCCAGGAUGAUGAGGAACCUUGAAUGAGUUCUCUUUGGGUUUAGUCAACCAGCUAUAAAUCCACCUAAUAGAUACCUUGUUCAAGACACAUUUUACCAGCUUCAUCACAAGAAUAUCAUGGGGGAUUUUGUCAAGAAGCUUAUUGAAAUCAAGUUACAUUGAGUCCACAGCAUCCCCUUGAUCCACAAGCUUGUAACUCCAUCAAGAAAGAAAGAAAUGAGAUUCAUUUGACAUGACUUAUUUUUGAGAAACCCAUGUUGGGUCUUAGUAAUCACAGCAUCAUUUCUAAAUGCUCACAGACCAAGUGUUGAAUUAUCUGGACUUUUCCUGGUAUCGAUGUCAAACUCACCAGUUGGUAGUUACCUGGAUCUUCUCCCUCCUUCCUUUGAAGAUGGGGACAACAUUUGCCCACCCCAGUCUGCAGGGACCUCACCUGUUCUCCCAAGAAUUCUCAAAUAUCAUAGACAAAGAUUAUAUUCUCAGAUUAUAUCGGCAAGCUCCUUUAGUACCCUUGGAUGCCGCUCAUCUGGCUCUGAAGAUUUGAAUUCAUUUAAAGCAGCUAGGUGUUCCCUUACUACCCAUUUUCCUAUCUUGGGCUGCAGCUCCCUCCUUACAUUAGUUACUGUACUUUGUUAUCACCAGGCUUGGCAUCACUUUCCUUUUGGGUGAAGACAGAGGCAAAGUAGGUGUUGAGUAGUUCCGCCUUCUCUCUGUCACCCAAUAGCAUUUCUCCGUCUUCUCCACACAGAGGACGUGUCGCUUGUUCUUCCUCUUGCUUUGCACCUCUCCUCAGGUCAUACCCCUUGCUGCCACUGCUUUUUGCCCUUCCUGUUUUGUCUUAGCUGAAAUGUAUCUUUGAACUUUGAUAAUGCCUCUUGCUCGUCUGGACCGAGGAUAGAGAUGUGUGUGUAGAAACUUGCCUACUAUAUACAAAGGUACAAUAUGCGUUGAUUGCUCCACCCAUUUUUGCCUCUGGCCCCACCAACAGCUGGCAUGUAGCCCUCAGAAGGUGUGGCCCUCAAACUGAAAAAGGAUCCCCAACUAAUGUAGAACCUGCUAAUUUGAAGUGUGUCUGUGUGCUUAAACUUUGCUUCACUGACGAGAUAAAACCAUUUGAAGAUAUGAAAACCUUUCCUUACUCAAGAGCAGCUGGAGGCAAAAUAGUCAUGACAGAUCAAUUAUGUGGGUGGGGCAUUUGAAAAUGCAGCUUUCAAUAUCUUCCCUUUCUCCUGGACUGUGAGGACCUAAAAUGGGCCCAUUCCAAAACAACUGCUGGCAUCAUAUUAAAUCUUUGUAAGAUCAAGAUUCUGCUUGAUGAAUCGUAUGUAAUUUGGCCAAGGAUAAUCUUCCAAGCUAUGUUAGUGGUGGUGUUCUUAAAUCACUUUAGCGUGUAAAACCAUAGGUUCCUCUGGGAUGGAAAAGAUCCUUCAUAAUGUUACUGGUAGCUGACUUUCCAUCUCUAUAAUGUGAGUUAUAACUUUUCUCAUUGGGUUUCACCAGAGAUAGGGAACUUGUGGCCCUCCAGAUCUUGUUGCACUCCAACUCCCAUCAGCCCGAGCCAGGAUGGCCAAAGGUCAGGUGUGAUAGAAGUUAUAGUCCAGCAACAUCUGAAGGGGCAAAGGUUCCCCACUCCUAGGUCACACUCUUUUCUUUCAUCAGUCAUGAAUUCAACUGGGAUGAGAAACCAAGAGAGGGGAAUAAAGCAGCCCUGACUUCUUCAAAUCUGCUUUAAAAAGAAGAAGAAUACUAUAUAUUAAUGACACAUAACAGGAGAAUUUAAAAUGUUUGAUGUGCACCUGCUGAAGGUCUGGCCAUCUAAACCAGCAGAGGCUCAUCCAUUGGUGCAAAUGGGGCACAGCCCCACCAACCUCAGUCUGCUCUCAGCCAGCCUCCGAUCUGCCUGCCUUCUUUCUUACAUCCAGUCCAGGGAGUGGCUCUGAUUUUCAACUUCCUCUUCCUUUGUCUUGGUGUUUCCCCUUGUAGAACAAGGAGAAGGACAGGGGCAAAGCUAGAAUUAGUUGACUGUCUGUCAUUGGCUCUGACUCUGCCCAAUGUUUGUCUUCAUCUUUUCUGCCCCACCGGUUCCAAUGGGCACUCCAGCAACUAGGUCAAUGGUCCCACACUUCUGAAUUUGUUCCUGGGCUGUUUCCCCUAGAGCAGGCAUCCCCGACCUUCGACUCUCCAGAUGUUUUGGACUGCAAUUCCCAUCAUCCCUGACCACUGGUCCUGUUAGCUAGGGAUCAUGGGAGUUGUAGGCCAAAACAUCUGGGGAUGCCUGCCCUAGAGGAACUCAGAACAGGUUUUCAUGAGUGAUGGAGUGGCAAUAGGAGGCAUGGAUCAGUUCAAAUACAUGGCCAGCUUUUAGCAAGGAUGGGAAACCUCUGGCCCACUGGAUGCUGCUGAGCUAUAACUCUCAUGGCCAGUUGUGAGUGGUGAUGGGAGCUGUAAUCCAGCAACCUCUGGAGGGUCACAGGUUCCUCAUCUCUGCUCUGUAAGAAGAAACAGACACCCACCAACUUUUCUGGAAGGGAAUGAUGAUGCGAUGUGGGUGUGAUGCGAUGUUGAGCAAUUUGUAUUCUCACUUAUUUACCGCAGGCGUGGCACUGGGGUGGAAGGCUUGCCCUUGCCGAACUGGUUUUUGCACUCUUAUCUGCUCUUGAACCUCAUCUGUUGCCCUGCAGUAUCUGUCUGAGACUCUAUGUGGGGCAUUCAGUUUUGCUACAAAACCGGUGUCUGGCGGUGCACUGGUUCUCUAAGCCAGGUGCUGAGGUAAAUGAGAGGCAUUAAAGGAAUAGAGAUCAGAUCUUGGCACCUGAAAUCAAGUUCCACCUCUGCUGCAAACUUCACAGGGCAAAAGAAAUUGUAUCAACUCCCCCAGACCCCUGUGGAACAGGAAAAUUAUUUGAUUUUUUUACCAGGCAAGUGCAGAAAUUGCCCAAGGCUAUUAGAUACAGACUAAGCAGAUGAUAUAUGCGAAACAAAUGUGAAAAAAUAUAUUUAAUGUUUGUAACCAACUUUCAGGAUGUGGUAUACCACUCUGCUUGGUGUUAAAUCUAUGUUACUUAAAAAAAAUAAAAUUCUCUGCCUUUAUAAAUAUUUCAAUGUACGUAUUACCAAAUGUUCAAUAGCUUCCUUUAUAUAUAUCUAAAAACCAGUCAAGUACAGUGGUACUUCAGGUUACAUACGCUUCAGGUUACAGACUCCGCUAACCCAGAAAUAGUGCUUCAGGUUAAGAACUUUGCUUCAGGAUGAGAACAGAAAUUGUGCUCUGGUGGCACGGCGGCAGCAGGUGGCCCCAUUAGCUAAAGUGGUGCUUCAGGUUAAGAACAGUUUCAGGUUUAGUAUGGACCUCCGGAACGAAUUAAGAUCUUAACCUGAGGUACCACUGUAAGUGUAAGAAGGUAUAAUUUAAUGAAAGAAAGCAACUUCUCAUUGGCCUUUCCUUUUUGUGUCUUUAAACAGACAUGCCCAUAAUUCACAACUUGUUUGAAAAUCUGCCCCAGGUAGAUUAAUCAAUUUAAGGGGGAGUUGAUUAAUAUAUAUUUUAAACAAAUUGAUUGAUGCUUUAAUUUAUUUAAAUACAUUACAGUAACUCACUACCUAGCAGAGAUGGGGAACCUCUGAUAUUGUACUCUACUCCUCACCCCAGCCAGUGUGGCCAGUGAUCAGAGGAUGGGGGAGGUCUUAGUCCAGCAACACCUGGAAGGUCACAGGUUGCUCACCUCUGCUCUGUGGGUGGAAGCGAGCACAAAUUAUCCCUUUUCGGAAGCACCGCGAUCCUGAAUGAUAUAUCCAGUCAGUGGAACCAUUGUGCCUUUGAGAGAUCACCUUCUGGAUAACCUCUGGUCUUCUGUCUGUAUGGGUUAUGACAUUGAUUCUUGUCUUGGCCCUUUGGAGCCCAGUUCCUUUUGGGUAGUGCUUGAGUCCUUCCGAAUUCCAUUGACUGCUUUCUUAGGGCGGGUGGUGUGGGCUGGUAGAGUCGCUGCCUUCGUGUUUACCUGUGGACGCUUCAUGGCCUCUGGAGCAGGGUGUGUUUUUCAAAAGGGCUCCCUAGCUUUUGUUUGGCUUUGUUUGCAUUGAGAUAGAAAUCUGCUUCCGUCUAUUCAUAAAGCCGUCUGUGUGUAUAAACUACAAGGCAAUGGAUAGCAGUGGGGUGUGUGUGUGUGUGUGUGUGUGUGUGUGUGUAAAAUACAGGUUAGUGGCUUGGGCUUGGCAAGUGUCUUGCAUAUUUCCUGGGUUCCUUGCCUCUCCGUCUGUGGCUUCCACUGUAGCAGGGGAGCAACAGAGAUUUGAGCUAAUCAUUGACUAAAUUAUAGAUUAACCCUGUCCCUUGUGAGACUGCUCCUUGGUUUUGUGCUUGUCACCUGAGCUGGAUGCUUUUCAUUUCUGUGCUUUGGGUUCUGAAUGAGUAUUGUGCCAAGGGGCCUUUGUGGCCAGAUCUAAAAUCCUUGUUUAUUCAGAAGUAAAAUUUUGGUUUCUCAUUCCCCCCCAAAACAAACAAACAAAUAUCAGUUCUCCACAUUUCCACAUCAGUUUGUGAAUUUUUAUUUUAAAAUGUCAUUGGGAAAAAUGCAUUUUCGUGCAAAUUUCUCCCUAAUCUACACAUUUUUGUACGUUUAUCCCAAGAGAACACAUGUUGUAAAAUGCAUUUCCCUCAAUAUAAUGCUGCUUUGUAUAUUGUUUUACUCAUCUACACAUCUGCAUGCACACUUUGCCCUAGUAGAUGCCCUGUUGCACACAUUACUUGACUGGAGAGAUGCAUUGCAAAAUUCAGAGAAGUGUGGAUUUCAAAGGAUGGCUGCAUUUUGGUUUGUGUGGUCUUUCAGGAACUACAAAUAACAGUUUUCCUUUAAAUAUAAGCUGAACCUAAUUUCUCCUCCACCCUAAGACGCUGGGCAGUUUCAUGCCUUGGGAUUUAUUUCUUUUUAAACAACAAAUGUAUGCUGCUGAAUGAUUGCCAACGCAGUGUAUGGACAACAUUUUAAAUACAGUGGUACCUUGGUUCUCAAACUUAACCUGUUCCGGAUGUCCGUUCCAAAACCAAAGAGUUCCAAAACCAAGGCAAGUUUUUCCAUAGAAAGUAAUGCAAAACAGAUUAAUCUGUUCCAGACUUUUAAAAACAACCCCUAAAACAGCAAUUUAACAUGAAUUUUUGAUCUAUAAAAUGAAAGCAUUACAGUGGUACUUCGGGUUAAGUACUUAAUUCGUUCCGGAGGUCCGUUCUUAACCUGAAACUGUUCUUAACCUGAAGCGCCACUUUAGCUAAUGGGGUGUCCUGCUGCCGCCGUGCCGCCGAAGCCCGAUUUCUGUUCUUAUCCUGAAGCAAAGUUCCUAACCUGAAGCACUAUUUCUGGGUUAGCGGAGUGUGUAACCUGAAGUGUAUGUAACCUGAAGCGUAUGUAACCCGAGGUACCACUGUAAUCAAGGUAAAGGUACCCCUGACAGUUAAGUCCAGUCGCGGACAACUCUGGGGUUACGUGCUCAUCUUGCUUUACUGGCCGAGGGAGCCAGUGUUUGUCCGCAAACAGCUUCCGAGUCAUGUGACCAGCAUGACUAAGCUGCUUCUGGCGAACCAGAGCAGUGCAUGGAAGUGCCGUUUACCUUCCUGCCAGAGUGGUACCUAUUUAGCUACUUGCACUUUGACGUGCUUUCGAACUGCUAGGUUGGCAGGAGCUGGGACCAAGCAAAGGGAGCUCACCCCGUUGUGGGGAUUCGAAACGCCGACCUUCUGAUCGGCAAGCCCUAGGCUCUGUGGUUUAACCCACAGCACCACCCGUGUCCCAUAAUAAUCAAUGUACUGUAUUAUAAAAUAAAUAAGACAGUAUUGUAGAUAAUAAAAAUAAAAAUUCCUUUUUUUUCUUACCUGCACUGAUGAUAGACAUUGUUUGGAUGGGGGGCUUUUAUCCAUUUCUGCAGUCACACAAUCAAUCAGUCAGGAGCUGAACUGGGUUCCACACAGUCACAAAAAUAAAUUAAUUGAAAAAGCCUCAAAAACAAAAACGCAAAAUAAAUAGCAAAAACAAAAGCGCCAAACUUAAUCCAUUCCGGAAGUCCAUUCGACUUCUGAAAUGUUCGAAAACCAAGGCGCAGCUUCUGAUUGGUGCAGGUGCCCUGGUAAUAAUAGCCGAAAACUGCAUCGGACGUUCGGUUUCCAAAAAACGUCCUAAAACCGGAACAUUUACUUCUGGGUUUUCAGCGUUUGGGAACCAAGGCGUUUGAGUGCCAAGGCGUUUGAGAACCAAGGUAUUGCUGUACAUAGGUGGAGGUGGAGAUCAUUGGUUUGCCAGAUGUAUGUCUACUCUUAGACCACAUCUGCACCAUACAUUACAAGCCCUAUUAUGCCACUUUUCACAGUGAUGGUUCACCCUCCCCAGAGAAUCCUGGGAACUAUAGUUUGUUAAGGGUGCUGACACAGAGCUACAAUUUCCAAAGUGGUUUAUCAACCAAUCCUUCCCAGGGAACUCUGGGAAUUGUAGUUCUCCAGGUAGGAGAGCUGCUUCCUGUCAAUGGAGACAUUACUGAGCUAGAUAGACCAAUGGACUAAUUAUGUGUAAGCGUGCUUCCUGUGUACCGCCUUCUGCCAGAAACUCUGCAGAGCUGUUACAGGAAAUCUGUCCCUAAAUCAUCUGGUCUUGCAACCAAGACCUUCUACCUGCCUCUACAAAUUGAAUUUCAGCCCCUAAACAAAUGUUUAGCUUUGCAUUAUGUUUAUUUCCUCCCAGAGGCUGCCAACAACAUCUCUCUCCGUCUCUGUCUCUCUCCCCCUGCCUCCUCGGUUCUUGGAAUGGAGACAUUCCAUGGCUGGCAGGGGGAGAAAAAGCAGGAAAUACUGUAAAUAGCUGAUGUCUGAAGCUGGUUGGAAGUCUUUUAUCAUUUGAUUCCCCACCCCCUUCCCCUUUCCCCUAGAAUCCAAAAGUCAGUACCUUCCUUUUCUGUUUUCCCUUGGAGGAAAAGGGACAGAGUUUUUUUCCUUCCCCAGGAGGAGAUCCAGAAAGAAGUCUUCCCACCAUUCCCAAAUAUAAAUUGAAAACAUUCUGUUUGAAGUUUUGUGCUGUGUGUAAAAAUCAAAAAUGAAAACUUGGCCAGUUUGCUCCCCACCCACCCCAGCUUCAAGUGUCCCUUUGGAAUACUUUGUGUGUCUGCAACUAAUCCGUAGUUGUCCAUAGUGAGAGAUUAAGGAUAUGGGUGAUUCAGACUUGGAGGUGUGAGCUUCUGCUGACAUUUAAAAGAUGCAGAAGGAAUGCUAAGGAGCAGAGGGUGACGUAACUAAGUGGGGAAGCAUGUGCUUUGUGUAUGAAUCCCCAGUGUCUGCGGCUGACCAGGAGUUUAUGGCUACCACUUGCAAAGCUUAGUGGCAGGGUUUCAGCUCAGUGGAAUAGCAUCUCCCUUUGCAUGUAAAAGGUCCCAGGUUCAAGAAGCAGUGGUGUACCCAUGUUGAACUAGGUGAGAAACCUGCCUGAAAUCUUGGAAGGCCACUACCAGUCAGUGUAGACAAUACUGAGCUAGAUGGACCAAUGGUCUGACUCUGUAUAUAAGGCAGUUUCAUGUGUUCCUAAAUGUAUAAGUAUCCUUUGACAUGGGGGGAAAGGAUGUUGCUCAACAGUGGUGGAGCAUUUGCUCUGCAUGCAGAAGAUCCUAGAUUCAAUUUCUGGCAUCUGCAGGUAGGGCCGGGGUGAGAGCCCUGCCUGAAAUCCUGGUGCUGAGCUAGCUGAACCAAUGAUUUGACUUGGUGCAGUAGGAAAAAGGAAAUACCUUAGGGCAACAUUUCUCAAAUGUGGGUCUCUAGCUGUUGUUGGACUACAACUACCAUCAUCCCUGACCAUUGGUUCCACCAGCUAGGGAUGAUGGGAGUUGUAGUCCAGCAACAGAUGGAGAUCCAAAUACUGCCCUAUGGACUAAGGAGGGAAGGGGAAGGGCCAUGGCUCAUCUGUUUUGCAUGCAGAGGGUCCCAGGUUCAAUCCCUGACAUCCGGAGGUAAAGCUAGAGAAAAUCCAUACCUGAAACCCUGGAGGGCUAUUGCCAGUCAGUCAACAGUACUGAGCUAGAUGGGUCAAUGGGUCUGACUCUGUAUAAAACAGCUUCCUAUCUGCCCAGCUUCACAUCCCUCAUGCUGAUAUCUGUUCAGAACCUGAGAUGCUUGUACAUGGGAGCAGGUAAUUGCCUGAACUGCCUGUUAUGAGAAUCACCAGGUGGCGGCGGCUUGCUUUUGCCUUUGGGCACUUCUCUCUACCCUUUUCUAGGAAAGGAAGGAGAGAAGUUCCUGUGCCUUAAGGGAAAAGAAGAAGGAACUCUUCUUGUUUUGCCUGAAGGCCUCAAUCUCUAUACGUGGGUGAUGAUGGGUUGUCUUAGUAUCGACAGCCCUGGUGUCAACUGGUAAGACCGGAGACACUUGCUCAUCAAAUUCUCUUUCCUUCACCUGCCUGGCUUCUCCUGGGUAGGAACAGAGGAAGCUACCCUCUACUGAGUCAGACCAUGUAGCUCAGUACAGUCUAAACUGACUGGCAGUGGUUCUCUGGAGUUUCAGGCAGGGGGACACUCCAAGCCUUUCCUGGAGAUGCUAGGGAUUGAACCUGGGACCUUCUGCAUGCAAAGCAGGUGCUCUGCCACUGAAUUAUAAGCCUUAUAAGAAGAUGCCUUAUAUGCUUGAUCCACCUUGCUCAGUAUUGUCAACACUGGCUGGCAGGUAUCUUUUCCAGGUCUAUCCAGAGAUGUUGAGGAUCACACCUGGGACCUUCUGUGUGGAAAGCAGACCCUCCUUAGUCCCUGGGAUAUUUCAUUCUCCAUGCCCCACACCCCCUGCACACACAAUUUGUAGUACCCCUGCUAUUCUGUCUGUUUCUCUUGCUAACAACCUGUGUAGGUUUUGGUCACCCACCCAAUUAUAUGGCCAAAUAUUCACUCCAGGCAGCCAAGCACCAGUUGCCAGAAAGCCCAGUUGCCCUUCAAGACAUAGAAGAGGCAGUAUCAAAAUUUCACAAACAGAAAACACAGCAAUUCCCCCCCCUCCAGAAACUCUUGGUUGUAUGCUUUCAAUGAUUGCAAAACCACCCAUUUUUGCUUCUGUAGCAAAUGACUGUAGCAUGGCAGUCUGUUGUAAUGCUGAACUCUUGUCCCAUUUCUUGAGCCUAAGUCAUCUUGCUGUUCCUGUUCCCUGUGCUGUGUUGAUGGCCUUCAUUUCAUUUCAUUUAUAUCCCACCUUUUUCUUCAAAAUACUCAAGGUAGCAUACGUGAUUCUCCUCCUCCUCAUUUAAUCCCCACAACAACCCUGUGAGGUAGGUUAGGCUGAGUGUCAGUGACGGGUCCAAGGUCACCCCUUGAGCUUCAUAGCCGAAUGAAGAUUUGAACCCUGGUCUCCUUGGUCCUGGGACGCAGGUGGCGCUGUGGUCUAAACCACUGAGCCUUGGGCUUGCCGAUUGGAAAGUCGGCGGUUCGAAUCACCGCGACGGGGUGAGCUCCCAUUGUUCGGUCCCAGCUCCUGCCCACCCAGCAGUUUGAAAGCAUGCCAAAAGUGCAAGUAGAUUAAUAGGUACCACUCAAGCAAGAAGGUAAACGGUGUUUCCGUGCGCUGCUCUGGUGUCACUGUUCCACUGGGCCAGAAGUGGCUUAGUCAUGCUGGCCACAUGACCUGGAAAAACUGCGGACAAACAUCGGCUCCCUCGGCCUGUAAAGCAAGAUGAGCGCCCCAAUCCCAGAUUCGUUCGCAACUGGACUUACCUGUCAGAGGUCCCUUUACCCUCCUUGGUUCUAGUCUGACACUAACCACUCUCUGAUUUGCAUUUAUCUAUAGGUUGCACAGUUUCAAUAAGCUCUUUUGGGAGUCUAAAGUUCUUCGUUACAGUAGGUUGUAUCCAGCAUUAGAACUUUUAGAGUCCGCUUGUUUCUUCUAAAGAGCUUCAGUCAUCUGUUUUUAAAACUUGGUUUUGUGAACAGCCUUGGAUAUAAACAGUGGAAAGUUAGCAUUUUAAAGUAAUAAUAAUAAAAAUCUCACCACCACCAGGAACCCCCAGUGUCCAUAAACCUAAGCUGCUGGAAGGAUGCACUCAUCCUAGAAACUGUGGCGGAGUGAUGACUGGGUCACCUUUUAAAUACGUCUCAAGGAAAUUUCCAUAAAAACUAAACAUAGUUGUUGGUGGGGUUUUUUUUUUAAAAGCCCCGAAACCAACUGAAGACCUGUUUAAAAAUAAUGCAACAUAAGUACCUUUUUCAAUUUUACAUUAGAUAAAUUGAGGUCCCUUCAGACUGGGCUUUUUGUGUGUGGGGGGGAGGAGCUUGUGCAACAGGGUGUGUUGUGUGUGUUCUAUUCUGAAGCAAGUAAUUAAGGAAAUAAUACUGCAUUAGUGCUGGAUUGAUACUGGACCAUCCACACAUCAUUCUGCGUCGUCAGAUGUUGUGCGACGCUUCCUCAUUAUUGCCACAUUAUUGCUGUCUGGAGGGACACUUGUGCAGCAGCGCAGCAAAAGUAGAACAAACAACAACGCCUGCAUCGUUCUUGAUUCCAGGGUUUUGGCAGGAAGCUACAGGACUUGCUUUGAUGGGAAAUGAAACCUCCCCCAAACCUUUCCAAGUGUAAACAGCAUUGGAAGCGGGAUCAUGUAUGACUACCCCAAUACCCUCAUGAGCACAGAUCGUCCUGAAUAUGCAAUAGAAAGGAUGCCUGGAGAGACCUAUUGGUUUUCUGCCAAGCGUCCAUAGGAAGGAAACCUCGUCCACUUUCAGUCUGGGGUCAUCUGUCGUCUGAGGCUUCAUCCACCAUUCAUGCAUCUAACUCUUUAAGUCCCAAGGUUUCCCUGCUACUGGAUCAUCUGACUGUAGCCAGCUUUGCAGCUAUUUAAAGAGCACGUUCAUUUUCACAUGAUUUCUUGAGAGAGAGGGAAGGGGGAAUAGGAGUUAUUUUUUCUUUCCCUUUGUUGGCUGCAGUCCCUCUCCUCCAAACCUGCUUGUCUGGUUAUUAGACUUGGCAUCUGUCUGUGUGUGUGUGUGUGUUGAAAGUUUGGAGGCCCAAAUGUGGAAAAUCAGCCAAGGAGAGGUCUCUGGGGUUUGUAAUCAUAUCUUGUCUAAAGAAGAACCCAGGAACAGUGGUGGAACAAGCCGAUCGGGCACCUGGGGUGGCACACGUGCCCUGUGCCCAGGGGCGGGGCCAGUUGCCUGCGGGGGCGAUGCCAGCCGGGGCAGGACACUCCAUGGGGCCUCUGAGGAGUCUGCCUGCCUCCUCCCACUCAGCCACCCUACAGCUGAGGAGGAGGCAGUGGGCGGACCGUUUGGGGCACCACGGAGCCUGCGGGUGCGCUGCAAGCCCUGCAGUGAGUACUGCCCGGUAUUUUGUCACCCCCUCAGUGGUGACACCUGGGGCAGCCCGCCCCCACCACACACCCCUUCUUCCUCCCCUGCCCAAGAAGCUCCUGGAUAGGCUACCAGGUGCAUCCAAGUACUGCAAUGUGUAUGCUGACAGGCAGAGACUCUGCAGAGUUUCAGACACUGGACAUUUCUGGACCCCACCUAGAGAUACUGGGGAUUGAACCUGGGACCUCCUUUAUGGAAAGCAUAUGCUCUGUUACUAAGCUACAGCCCUUCCCCCAAAUCAGCCAAGUUGCAGGAUACUCAGUGCCCUUUGCACUAAGUACGUAGUGGGGAUGUUGCUUAUCUUUUUUCCUUGGUACACACAAAAGUUUGGAUAUGCUAAAAGUUAAAAUACGCGAAUGGAUUUGAUAAGGGAUACCAGCUGAAGGGAAGGAGGGAAGUUGCAAGCUCUACAGAGCAAAAAGCUUUAUAUGUUGAUUAAUGUAUUGUAAGAAUGAUUGUGUAAAGAAAAUUAAAAAAAAUAUGGGAGGGGGAAUUGGAUAUGCUAAAGCCUAUAUUUCAGUUGGUGACUGUGCACAUGUUGAAACCCCCCCCCCCAAAAAAAAAACCAUCUCAUUUUCUGCCAAGAGAGAGAAUGUGCAAAGGGGACUGAACAGAAUCUGAAAAAGCAUGUUGCAGUCUUGGAAAUACAGUGGUACCUUGGGUUACAGCCGCUUCAGGUUAUAGACUCCGCUAACCCAGAAAAAGUACCUCGGGUUAAGAACUUUGCUUCAGGAUGAGAACAGAAAUCAUGCUCCGGUGGCGCAGCAGCAGCGGGAGGCCCCAUUAGCUAAAGUGGUGCUUCAGGUUAAGAACAGUUUCAGGUUAAGAACAGACCUCCAGAACGAAUUAAGUUCUUAACCCAAGGUACCUCUGUAAGUCCACACAAUGUUCUGGUCCUGAGUUUUAUUGUACCUUUUGCCUUUUCCAACCUGAAAGGCGAGGGGAAGCUAUUUGCAACCCUUGCCUUCUUAACCUUCUGUAGGAAACUGUUGUGCUGGGCAUGGAACACUCAGACGGCAUUCCCCUUGGGAGAGGGUUCUAUGUCCGCAUACAGUUGUUUUGUGCUUCUCUCUUUUGCAUAACCAGCCCUGGAGGUGGAUCAAGGCUUUCUUCUGGGCUUUUCAGAUACUCUGCGUGGCUUGCAGUUUUGGGCUAUGAAUCACACACUGCUUUCAGUAGAAAACACAGCCUCCCCACCCCCCACUGCUGCCUUGCCACCCUGUGAGGUCAGUUGGGAAAGAAGCUCUGUGACUAAGCCAGCAAGACUGGGAUUCCCACAAAGCAGAACUGAAGGUUGCCAGGCUUCCUUGUUUCAGAUGACUUCAUGUGGAGUCAGAUCUUUUCCCUUGGCAGUUGUGAUGACCCACCCACCACGGUACAGAUCCCCAUCCCCCCACUGCCCAUUCUCAUCCUUCUCAAGGCAGCCCUUAGUCUGAGCUUCUAGUUGCUGUUGUUGUACUACAUGAGAACAAGCAGAGGAGCCUGGCUGCUGGAUCAGGCCCAAGGUGUGCCUCGUCUAGCUCCCUGUUCUCACAGUGGCCAACCAGGUGUCUCUGGGAAGCCCAGAAGCUGGACCUGAGCACAACAGUGCAUUCUCCCCACUUGUGAUUCCCAGCAACUGAUACUGUCUCUGAUCCUAGACUGAUGAAUUAAUCAGUGGUAAUAAUAAUUAUCCUUUGAUUUCUUAGUAAAGGUAAAGGACCCCUGACCAUUAGGUCCAGUCGUAGAGGUAAAAAGGCUGUUUAGCAGUUAAACCUCUGAAAGUGGAGCACUCUCCUUUCCUAGAGGAGGUUAAGUAGAAGAUAGGUAAAGGGAUCCCUGACCAUUAGGUCCAGUCACGGCCAACUCUGGGGUUGGGGCGUUCAUCUCGCUUUAUUGGCCGAGGGAGCCGGCGUACAGCUUCCGGGUCAUGUAGCCAGCAUGACUAAGCCGCUUCUGGCGAACCAGAGCAGCGCACGAAACGCCGUUUACCUUCCUGCCGGAGAAUUACUUAUUUAUCUACUUGCACUUUGAUGUGCUUUCGAACUGCUAGGUUGGCAGGAGCAGGGACCGAGCAAUGGGAGCUCACUCCAUCGUGGAGAUUCAAACCGCUGAUCUUCUGAUCAGCAAGCCCUAGGCUCUGUGGUUUAACCCACAGCGCCACUCGUGUCCCUGAUUUCUUAGUAGGUCACUACAAAAAGAGUCUGUAAGUGAUUUCCAAAGCACAAAGUGCCAGAUGGCAUAGCAUACAAAUGGAAGGAAUGCAUUGCAAUAAAACCAUUCUAAUGACCCAUAAGGAAACCUGGCAAAAAACAGCAGCAGAAAUCUGGGUUGUAUCUAGCUAAUUUCUACUCAGAUUAGACCCAUAGAAAUUAAUGGGCCUAAUUUAGUGGAUACAACUCAUUUUAUCAUAAUCUGUCAGAUGCCUUGGAGAAGAGAUUGAUCUUUACUUGGUGCUUAAUGGAGGCUGAUGAUGGCACCGUGUGGAACAUAGUGGCUUGUCCUGCCACUAUCCCCUGGAGGAACCCGCUUAUCAGUACUGAAUUGGAGCAAACAGAUUUUGUGCAGGUUGAUGUUCGCCCUGAUUUAGCACUAAAGAGCACCUUUUUCCUGGGUGAAACACUGGGACAAGCAGACAAUCACUUGGGCCCAUGCCUGGAAAGCAUUGGACAAGGUGAGAACUUCUGAGGGUGCACGCUUUCCAGGCACGGGACAAAAGGACGUGUGGAUAAGCCCUCCCUUGGGAGAGAAUUUCACAAGCAGUGAGCCAUAACUGAAAAUGUCCUGCUGGUGGACUCAUAGCCACUGACAGCCUUAUCCUCCCUGCAUUUUUCUAAACCCAUUUUAAAGCCAUUUAAGGUGGUGGCUAUCACUGCCUCUUGCAGCAGUGAAUUCAGUGCCAGAUUUACGUAUAAGCUAAACAAGCUAUAACUUAGGGCCCCACUCUCUUGGGCCCCCCAAAAAAAUUUAAAUGGGGAAAAAACCCCUGGAUGUACAUUUCUAGAAUAUAAGAUAAAAAAAGAAAUAAAAUAAAACAUACAUACAUACAGUUAGAGCUUAAUAAUAUACUAUUAAUAUACUUCUUAAUUGUAUUUCACUGUUAAUAUACUUCUUCUUAAUUGUAUUUCAGUUCAACAAUUAUUUUGAGGGGGAAAAAUAUUUUGUUAUGUGUGAAUGGCUUUAGAUACCUAUUAGGUCCAUAAAUUACCAUAUAGCCUAUAUUCAACACAAAAAAAAGUGGCAAUUUGUUGCUGACAAAGGACAGCUGGACAUAUAAAGGGCCCCAUUAUCUUCAGUAGCUUAGGACCUCAUCAAACCUAAAUCUCGCCCUGAGUGAAUUCCAUAGUUCAAUUAACCACUGUGUAAAGAAGUACUUCCUUUCCCUUUCCUUGAAUCUCCCACCUUUCCAUUUUAUUGAGUGACCAUUCUAGAUUCUUGUAUGAUCAGCCACUUCCUCCAUGCUAGGCAUCAUUUUUUCAUCUCUGUCAAGUCCUAAGUAACUUCCCUCCCUGUAACCUUUUCUCAUCAGAGAAGUUGCUCCAGCCUGCUAAUCAUUUUCUUUUGUCAGAUUUUAUGGCUUUUCAAUGUGUGUUUCUUUCUUUCUUUCUUUCUUUUACUUGAAAGCAUUGAAAAACUGGCUUUUUGUUCAUGCCAAAGACGGUGGAAAAGCACAACUUUUCUCUCUUCCUGCCUUUGGAUGCUUCAGGACUUCUCUCUUUCUAGUUGUCCUGAUACCUAGGAACGUAAGUGGCCUGCUCAAUCAGGCCACUGGCUCAUCUAUUCCAGUGUGUGCAUGCGCAUGUGUGUGUGUGUGCGCACACACACACACACACACACACACACACAGAGCUUUAUUGCGGUCAACAGACCCCAAAUGCACAGUACAGCAAUGGUAUAUAUCGACAGUUAUUGAGGUGUAAGAGCAGCCUUAAAGGUAAAGGGACCCCUGACCAUUAGGUCCAGUCGUGGACUCUGGGGUUGUGGCGCUCAUCUCACUUUAUUGGCUGAGGCGUACAGCUUCCGCGUCAUGUGGCCAGCAUGAUUAAGCCGCUUCUGGCGAACCAGAGCAGCACAUGGAAACGCCAUUUACCUUCCCGCUAUUUAUCUACUUGCACUUUGACGUGCUUUCGAACUGCUAGGUUGGCAGGAGCUGGGACCGAGCAAUGGGAGCUCACCCCGACGCAGUGAUUUGAACCACCAACCUUCUAAUCGGCAAGUUCUAGGCUCUGUGGUUUAACCCACAGCGCCACCUGCGUCCCAAGCGCCACCCGCGUCCCAAGAGCAGCCUUGCUAGUCAACAAAGGAGCUUCAGCCCAUACCUACUCCAAUAUUCCAAUACUGAAUCCUGUUUUCACAGUGGCCAGUCAGUUGCCUGUAUGAGACUUGCAAGCAGGACCUGAGCACAACAGCUCUCUCCCCUUUCGCGAUUUGCAGCAACCAGCAUUCAGAGGCACACAGCUCCCCAACAGCGGAUGGGAAACAUAAUAAUCUUGGCUAGUAGCCAUUUGUUGUCUCUUUAAGUCUCUUGUGUUUGCCUGUGUACAGGUGAAACUCGAAAAAUUAGAAUAUCGUGGAAAAGUUCAUUGAUUUCAGUAAUUCAACUUGAAAGGUGAAACUAAAAUAGGAGAUAGACUCAUGACAUACAAAGCGAGAUAUGCUUCCACUUCUCAGAGGUCCAGUAUUGCUCUAUUUUGCAGUCCUUGUUUUGCUGAUUUCUAAUUUUCUGAGAUGGUGAAUUUGGGGUUUUCAUCAGCUGUACGUCACGAUCAUCACAAUGAUAACAAAGAAAGGCUUGACAUAUCUUGCUUUGCAUGAGUCUAUCUCCUAUAUUAGUUUCACCUUUUAAGUUGAAUUACUGAAAUCAAGGAACUUUUCCACGAUAUUCUAAUUUUUCGAGUUUCACCUGUAAACCUCUGCACCACAACAGUCUAAAACUCUUGACCAGCUAAUGUACUGCACACACACCACCACUGGGGGUGUUUUAAGAGGAAGCUUUAUAACUUAAGAGGAGCCCUGCUGGGUCAGGGCAAUGGCCUGUCUAGUCCAGCAUCCUGUUCUCAUAGUGGCCGCUCAGAUGCCUGUGGGAAACCUGCAAGAGGGAUCACUGCACAAGAGCUCUCUCCCCUCCUGUGGUUUCUAGCAACUGGUAUGCAGAAGCAUUGCUGCCUGUGACUGGGGAGGCAGAACAUAGCCAUCAUGGCUUGUAGCCAUUGAGGAGCCUUUAUCUUCCAUGAAUUUUUCCUAUUCUCCCUUAAAGCCAUUAAAGUUGGUGGUUGUCACUGCCUCCUGCAAGGGCAAGUUCUGUAGUUCAAUUCAACACUGAAUUUAGUUCACCCAAACACACACACACACAACUUUUUUCUUUUUACCAUCUGUUUUUUAUUGAAAGCAAAGAGCCAUUUCUGCAUUUUCAUCUUGAAACUACUGUGGUUUUUCUAUGAACAAUAAUCGCAGGCAGAUGGAGAGGUCAAGUGUGCUUGGUUAAACUCUUGCCAGUGCAUCCUUUAAUAAACAAACAAAUCCAGUAUUUUCUACAGUAUUCCUGGGUGUUGAACUUAUUUUUUCUCCUCUAUCGUUUUUAAUAUCGGGGUUUGAAUAUUGCAAGAAAUGUUUCAUUUUUUCAGAUUGGGAUGAAAAUGAAAAUCUUAGGCAUGGAUGUCUUCUAUGCAGUGGUACCUCAGGUUAAGAACUUAAUUCGUUCUGGAGGUCCAUUCUUAACCUGAAACUGUUCUUAACCUGAGGUACCACUUUAGCUAAUGGGGCCUCCCACUGCUGCUGCUGCGCCGCUGCCAGGCGAUUUGUGUUCUCAUCCUGAAGCAAAGUUCUUAACAUGAGGCACUAUUUCUGGGUUAGCGGAGUCUGUAACCUGAAGCAUCUGUAACCUGAAGCAUCUAUAACCCAAGGUACCACUGUACCAGGGAUGAGGAACCUCUGGGAUCUCCUGAUGUUGCUGAACUACAAUGGGGAUGGCCAUCAAACUCCCAUGAACCCUGGCCAUUGGCUGUGCUUGCUGGGGCUGGUGGGAGCUGUAGUUCAGCAUCAUCUGGAGGGCCAAAGUUUCCAUGCUUUGAGGUUUUUUCUUCUUCAAAAACAAUCUAGUGGUGUACAAAUUUAAAUAAAUAAAUAAAGGUGUGCUAGAUGGUGCCUUCUCUCCCUCUCCACAAUUAUCAACAAGGUACCUUUUGUCAGGGUUUGUCAGUAUGUCCAAGCUAACAAUAAUUAUAACUAAUUACUUAAUUAACUAAUUGGCUUAUUUACUUAAAUAAAAUAGUCUGAUAACAGGAGCUGAAAAGCAUCAUGAAGGAGGACUGCUCUGUUGAUCAGGGCAGGGCAGAUGGAUGCUCGUUGUGUUAAUAUCAGGUCUGGCCAGUCCCAGGGAGCUUGUGGCUGUGUAUUAAGUAUGACGUUUGGGACCUGUUAGCUUAGAGAAAAGAUGACUAAAGGGUGGGGACAUGAUAAGAGGUGCAUAAACUAAUACAUGGGGUGGAGAAGGUAGUUGAGGGGAGAUUCUUUUUCCCUCUCAUGAGAGGGAACCAGAACUCAGGGCUGUCUGGUGGAGCUGAACAGACAAAAUAAUUUCAUAUGGCACGUGGUAGAACUGUGGAACACGCUCCCAUGAAAUGUGGGGAUGGCCAUCAAACAACCUCGGUCCAUUAUACCUGAAGGAGCAUCUCCACCCCCAUCGUUCCGCCCAGACACUGAAGUCCAGCACCGAGGGCCUUCUGGCAGUUCCCUCACUGUGAGAAGUGAGGUUACAGGGAACCAGGUAGAGUGCCUUCUCGGUAGUGGCACCCGCCCUGUGGAACGCCCUCCCAUCAGAUGUCAAGGAGAUUAACAACUAUCUGACAUUUAGAAGACAUCUGAAGGCAGCCCUGUUUGGGGAAAUUUUCAAUGGCUGAGGUUUUAAUGUAUUUUUAAGCUUUUGUUGGAAGCCUCCCAGAGUGGCUGGGAAACCCAGCCAGUUGGGCGGGGUAUAAGUUGUUGUUGUUGUUUGUUUGUUUGUUGUUGUUGUUAUAUAACUUGGCUGGCUUUAAAAGAGCACUAGACAAAUUCAUGGGCUAGCUAUGAAGCCUGCAGUCUCCUUCCACUGUAAAGGUAAAGGUACCCCUGACCGCUAGGUCCAGUUGCGGACGACUCUGGGGUUACAACGCUCAUCUUGCUCUAUAGGCCGAGGGAGCUGGCGUUUGUCCGCAGACAGCUUCUGGGUCAUGUCGCCAACAUGGCUAAGCCGCUUCUGGUGAACCAGAGCAGUGCAUGGAAAGGCCGUUUACCUUCCCACCGGAGCGGUACCUAUUUAUCUACUUGCACUUUGACUUGCUUUCGAACUGCUAGGUUGGCAGGAGCAGGGACCGAGCAAUGGGAGCUCACUCUGUCGCUGGGCCAGUAAUUCUUCUCAAUACCAGUUGCUGGAAACUGCAGGAGGGGAAAGCACUGGUGCACUCAAGUACUGCUUGCUGUGAGUGUCCCAUGAGCCACCUGUCUGGCCACUGUAAACUUUUGAGAAGACCGUGGUUAUUUGUCAUCUGUAAUGCAAAAUAACAGAUAUAGUCGUACCUUGGUUUUCGAACAGCUUAGUUCUCGGACUUUUUGGCUCCUGAACGCCGCAAACCCGGAAGUGACUCUUCUGGUUUGCGAACUAUUUUUGGAACUUGAACAUCCUCCAAGGCUUCUGAUUGGCUGCAGGAGCUUCCCGAAGCCUAUUGGAAGCCGUGCUUUGGUUUCUGAAUAUUUUGGAAGUCGAACGGACUUCCAGAAUGGAUUCCGUUCGACUUCCAAGGUAUGAUUGUAAUUACAGGGGUCACAGUGCAUGUGUUUCUGGUGUUGGCUUCCUGUUUUGCAGCCUGAAGCCCAAAGUGCUCUUGGGUACCCACAGAUGCAGCAGUAGGUUCCAGCUUUGAACCACAACAUUCCUAUAGAUUUUUUGGGCCCUGCUUUUUACGAAGUAGUCAAAUACAAGUUAUACAAACAAGCUGGUUAUACCCAUGUUUCCCAGUGCAAUUUGCUUAUCAGGAUUUUUGUUGUGGUUAGAAAAACAAUGGGAUAAUUGCACUAGAAAGUCUGGAAUAACAACCAAAUGUGCAAAUAGACAGCCUGUCUGGACACUCCCCUUGUUCCUGAUGGCAGCUCUGAUUCAUUAUUGUUAAAAUUCUGCCAUUUUUAGAAUGGGAGAAUGCUUCAUUUGUAUUAUAGUACCACCAGCAGCAGGGAUGCGGGUGGCACUGUGGUCUAAACCACAGAGCCUAGGGAUUGCCGAUCAGAAGGUUGGCGGUUUGAAUUCCCACAAUGUGGUGAGCUCCCAUUGCUCGGACCCUGCUCCUGCCAACCUAGCAGUUUGAAAGCACAUCAAAGUGCAAGUAGAUAAAUAGGUACCACUCCAGAGGGAAGCUAAACGGUGUUUCCGUGCACUGCUCUGGUUCACCAGAAGCGGCUUAGUCGUGCUGGCCACAUGACCCGGAAGCUGUACUGCCAGCUCCCUCGGCCAGUAAAGUGAGAUGAGCACCGCAACCCCAGAGUCAUCCAUGACGGGACCUAAUGGUCAGGGGUCCCUUCACCUGUACCUUUACCUUUACUACCAGCUGCAUCUGUAGUGGGAGAUGAAUGGGCACACACACACACACACACACACACACUGAAUUUGUGCUGCAUGAGUUGGGAUUGGGGAAGAGGGUGGUAGAGCACCUGCUUUACAUGCAGAAGAUUCCAGGUUCAAUCCCCAAUAGGAUCUCCAGGUAGGGCUGGGAAUCUCCUCUGCCUGAAACCAGUAUAGACAACACUGAGCUAGAUGGACCAAUAACCUGACCUGAUAUACGCCUAUGUUCCUAUGUCUGACUUGUAGAAUGUUUGAAUAUUGCAACUCUCUUCCACUAGCCAUCUGCCCCCUUGUACUUUGCAAAGCAAUAUGCACAAAAUGUUUGCUAUAUGAAUCAUGGAGGAGGAGGAGAAUAUAAAAUGUUUGGUUCCUUGAUUUUGCAACCUGUGGCUCGCAUAGAGCCAGCAUGAAAUCUCCCUAUCAGGCUCAAGAAACUGCUCUGUUUUGGGCUGGGCUGGGUCCUUCCAGGAUGUGACUGCCUUUUUUCAAAGAUGCUAUUUCAAAGUUACUUUUUCCUACUCCCGCCCCCCUUCUUACUCUCUGGAAUUCCUUCCCUAUCCUUGGGAAUCAUUGUAGCUCAUGGGUGGAGCAUAUGCUUUGCAUAUAGAAGGUCCCAUGUCCAUGUCCUCUUUGAGCUGCGAGAGAACCCCUGUUUGAAAAGUUGGAAAGCUACUGCUGGCCCGUGUAGACAGCACUAAGCAUUAUGGACCAGUGGUCUGAUUCCGUAUGUGGCAGUGUCCUAUUUCCAUAUUUUGACGAACCAUUAAUCUGUAUUGGUAAAGGUCACUCCCUUUAGCAUGAAAGGAGCUGUUUUUUUGAUCUAGUUCCCAAAAGACCUUGUCUCCCACCCUCCCCAAGUGUGCAUGUGUAUUUGUUCAUUGCAGAAUGAAUCUGAGAUGGCAACUGUUCUCCAAGAGGCACUGUCUGCUGGGAUGUUCUGCAGCAUGACACCCAUCCACCUGUGCUGCUCCUGUUUCUGUGGAGCUUGCAUUGGACAACUUCCCAGCAGAUUGUGUCCAAAACUCUGGUUGCCUGUUCUGUUCCUCUGCUUGUUGCCCCUAGUGAGGAAUAGUUAUUUCUCCUGAAUUAUUCUAUAUUUGGGGUUCACGUUAGGUUAAAACCUGUAUUAAUACUGAGCAUUUGCAAGCAUGCAGUUGGAGAACAUGAUCCAACCAAGCAGGAUAGAUUAUGACCCGUCCCCCCAGGGGAAUUUUAGCUGGUGGGCAGGGCCUUCCACCUGUAGUUCAGUUCACAGUGACUUAAAGCAAAUAAUAAUGAUUAUUUAGCUGCCCCUAAAUACCAGACGAUGCUUUGCAUUGCUGGUUUCAGUUCAACCCAGCAAUGCAAAGGGAUCCCCGCCAGCUUCCUGUAAGCACCAAGCAGCUACCCCCGCUCCUUUUUUUAACCUGCCUCACACCAGGCAUCAUAUAUGAUGUCAGGUGUAGCGCAGGUGGGUGUUGUCCUGGCUCUCCUCCUUGGAACUGUACUUGUUGCCAUGCCUGGAAGUUCGGAGAGAUUUAUUGGUAAGAGUCACUAAAACAUCCCAUCCUGGGUCUGCAGGUUAUGGUCAGGUGAAGUCCCAGCUGACUAUGGUUAGGGUUAGACUCUUAGGUUCUUAACUCCCUGCCUUUGUCGUGGGGUGUUUUUAACUUUUAUGGACGAGGUCCAAUAACACUAAAAGGAAGAGUUUCAUUCACCAUUAAAAUAAAUAUGUGUUUUUUAAAAUACAUAAAUACUUUUGAUCUCUGCUGCCCUGCCCCAAAGUCACAAGGUGUUCAGGCCUCCUUCAACUACUCACUGCAUGAUCCAUAGGAAAAGUUGGCCAAGACAGGGCUGGACAUCUUUUUACCAUGACGUAAGAACUUGGUUUACUGAGGCGUGAGGCAGUCUCUCGUUUUGACUCAUCUCAUAGGGAAGUUGUGUGUGUAUAUAUAAUUUUUUUUCCUACAAAGUCUUGUUGUCUCUUACUGUUCCCAAUUGGCUAUUGGUAUUAGAAGUUCCCUGGUGGAGAGAAUCAAAGAGUUAGAAGGUACUGCCAGAGACUAUGUAGUCCAGGGAUGGCCAAACUUGGCCCUCCAGCUGCUUUUGGACUACAACUCCCAUCAUCCCUAGCUAACAGGACCAGUGGUCAAAGAUGAUGGGAAUUGUAGUCAAAACAGCUGGAGGGCCGAGUUUGGCCAUCACUGAUCUAGUCCAUCUCCCUGCUCUAUGCAGGAUCCAACUACAGCUGGGGUGGGGAAUCCUUUUCAGCUCAAGGGCCACAUUGCUUUCUGGGAAAUCUUCUGAUGGUCACAUGCCAGCGGUGGGUAGGGCCAGAAGCAAAAGUGUGUGGAGCAACUAAUGUAAGUGAAUUCCUUUCUGCAGCAGGCUAGCUUCAAUACACACACAUAUACACGUCCCUCUCUGUUCUCCAUCCAGAUAAGCAAGAGGCAUUGUCUGGGUUCAACAUUCCAGCCAGGCAAAAGACACUCCGGGUGUAAAGCAGGGCUAAUGAGGGAAUGUCCUAGGGAGAGGAGGGAUGGCCUGGAGAGAAUCCAGAAGGUCGAAGAGAAAGGCUUGGAGGUUCUCCCAGGGGCAGAUCUACUAUGAAACUAGUGAAGCUUCAGCUUCAAGGCUCCUAAUCCUGGAAGGGCCCCAGAACCACACUGCUUAAACGUUUUGGUUCUAGUAGACCAAAUUUGAGUUGGACAACUCAAAUUGUUUGAUUUUUUUGAGGUAUAUUUUUCAACAAUCCCAAAGUUUGAGAGUCAGUAGCACAGACGUUGUAAACAACCCCAUUGAAAAAGGUAACAGUGGUUACCCAAACCUCGUUGCUGGUUGCAAAGGGGCCCCCAUAACAGUGCAAGCUGUAGGCCUGCCACUGGAUUCUCCCACCCUUGAAGCACAGGACCCCUGAAGUAGGACAUCCCUGAUAAAAGAAGUGCAGUGCCCCAAGCACGUUUCCCUUUUCACUAUGACAUGUUGAAAGGUGUAACAUGCCUUUUCCUUUUUCAAAAUCUAUGCUAGGUUGGAGCAUUUAAGAUAUAGAUACGACAACAAGCAGCAGAAGAGAAUCCUCUGCAGCGUUGGGGAUACCUUUUGCCCUCUUGAUGUAUCUGGACUCUAAUUUCCAUCCUUGUCCAUUGUCUGUUCUCAUUGAGACUGAUGGGAGUUGUAGCAACAUCCUCAGGACACUAUGUGAGCUACAUAACCAAUGCUUCUAUUUAUCCCACUUCCUGCCAAGAACCAGAUCAUCUCCCCACAACCCGCAAAAGGGUUGAUCUUUUGUAUUUCUGCUAUUAUAUCUGUAUGUGUUUCUUUAACUUCCAGAAAAGACUGGCAAGGUCCUGGCCGAGUUUUGCCAGUUCUAUGAGGAACAGUAUGGUGUCUCCCUCUUCAACAGUGUCCGGUAUGAAAUUGAAGGCAGUGGCGGACCCCAGGCUCAGCUACUGCGCCGUAAGGUAAGUGGACUGAGAUAUUUGAGGGCAGGGAUUGACCACCAACAGUGCUGCUGCUCAAAAAGGCAGUAGUUUUAUAAGUUGGGUGCAUGUAGGUGCAUCUGGUUUUUGUGCCAUCAACGUUGAAGGUCCUUAUGAUAAUGGACAACUUGAACCAGCAGUGAGGCAGCUACUUAAAAAGCAAAGGUCAUGUUGUGUUUUUGUGCUUUUAUACUAUAAGCCCCUCAUAAUCCUUGGAUGAAGGGGGCAUAGAAAUUUAAUAAAUAAAAUAAAAUAAGUGUGCUGCAUUGAUGAAAGCAUAGUGAGAAUAGUAGCUCCGUUCUAUUCUGUACUUGUCGGGUGAAAUCUGGAAUACUGUUAUUUAGUUCUGGAUGCUGCCUUCUAAGGAGGUCACCAGAGUAGCGUGAGCAGGAUGGUGAGGAGCCUGAGAAACCACGUGCUGAAAGGAAAGCUUAAUAUGUUUGGCCUAGAGAAGAUCAGAUUAAGCGGAGACAUGUCCCCAAAUAUCUGAAGAACAGAAGAUGGAGCAAGGCUCGUGCUCCGCUGCCCCAGCAGACAGGACUUUAAUUAAAUGGGGGCAGUUGCAGAGAAGCAGACCUUGGCCAUACAUUAGCUGAAGUGUCCUAACUUUGGAAGUAGCAGCUUUUUGAACAUAAACUAUGGCAGAGAUGGAGAACCUGUGGCUCUUCAGUUGCUGGUGGGCUGCAGCUUCCAUCAGCCUCAGCCAGCAAGGAUGAUUGGAGUUCCCCAUCUCUAGCCUAGGGUUGGCAAAAAAAAAAAAAAAAAAAAAAUGCUGUCUCUUCCUGUCUACCAUCCUCAGUGAGAUAUGGAGGCUCAUAGAUUGAGCAGUCCCUUUGUAUUUGUAAUUGCUAGGAGGCUUUUGUGAAGGAAUGGGGGACCCGUGGCCCUUCAUAAGGUUUUCAACUCCAACUCCCAUCAGCUCCAGGCAGCUUGAUCAGUGGUGAGGGAUGAUGGGAAAAGUAGUCCAGCAACAUCUGGAGGGCCACAUGUUCCCCAUCCUUGCUUUAGGCAAACUGCCAGCUCUUGGCUUCAGCCUCCUGACUGUAAUAUGGUGGUACUAAUGCUGGCCUAACUUAUAGGGCAGGGAUGCGGGUGGCGCUGUGUGUUAAACCACAGAGCCUAGGACUUGCCGAUCAGAAGGUCGGAGGUUCGAAUCCCCGCAACGGGGUGAGCUCCCGUUGCUUGGUCCCUGCUCCUGCCAACCUAGCAGUUCGAAAGCACAUCAGAGUGCAAGUAGAUAAAUAGGGACCGCUCCAGUGGGAAGGUAAAUGGCGUUUCCGUGCACUGCUCUGGUUCGCCAGAAGCGGCUUAGUCAUGCCAGCCACAUGACCCGGAAGCUGUACGGCGGCUCCCUCGGCCAAUAAAGUGAGAUGAGCACCACAACCCCAGAGUCAGUCACGACUGGACCUAAUGGUCAGGGGUCCCUUUACCUUUAACUUAUAGGGCAGUUGUAAAGUCUUUUGAGCAUUCAAAAUCCCACAGAAACACUCAUUACUGUUUAUUAAUAUGUAUGUGUUGGUUGUGAACCAGCGGUUCAGCCCAGUGCCAUUUUGACUAUUUGAUUCAGAUGUGUUGGAUGUUCCUUCCCAGUGUGGCAUUCUGGUUAGAGAGCUGGACUUGAGGAAUGUCAGGUUCAAGUCCCCAUUCGGCUAUAAAAUUCACUAGGUGACCAAGGGCUGCUCUCUUUUUCUCAGUCUAGUUUACCUCGCAGAGUGGAGCUGGUUGUUCUCAAGGGGUAAACUGUGCCACUUGACAAAAGAGCAUAGCAGGAUCCCUCCUGGAUCAGGUCAGUAGCUCAUUCUACUCCAGCACCCUGUUCCUACAGUGGCCAACCAGAUGUCUCCGGAAAGCCCACAAGCAGGAGAUGAAUACAAUAGCCACUCUUCCCAUUUGUGAUUCCCAGCACCAGUGUUCAGAGGCAGACCGCCUCUGACAGUGGAGGGGAGAACAUAGCCAUUGUGGCUAGUAGUCACUGAUGGCCUCCAUGAAUUUGUCUAAUACUCGUUUCAAACUGUGCAAGGUGACCAUUUUGAGGGAUCUAAUCCUUAGUUUUAAAAUGCCUGCAGGCUUCCCUUUGGGCCAUCUAGUUGGCCACUGUGAGAUUGGGAUGCUGAACCAGAUGGGCCUUUGCCCUGAUCCAGCACAAGUAAUAUCUCUGCCUCUCUCUGGGGAAGGAGUGAUGAUGAGAUCUUCUGGUGGCCUAGGAGACUGCAGGUGCUGCCAUCGCUUUGCUGUGAUGCUUAUAGGUGUUGGCAGGAAUUUUUAACUGGGUGGGGCACAAAGUAAAAUACUGAAAACACGAGAGAGAGAGAGAGAGAGAGAGAGAGAGAGAGAGAGAGAAGGAAGUAGUGCCUGUGCAUUUUGUCACAUAUCUCAGGUUCUUUAUUAAAAAAUGAAAUCUGGAAGUCUGGGGAUUAUGGAUCGUUCACGGUGGGACAGCUACCUCCCUUUACCCCCAUUCAGUGGAUGCCCAUGAUGCAGUGCAUGUAAAGCCCAUGACGCAGUGCAGGUGUGUGUACAUAUGGAAAACCACAUGCACAAUAGCACUCCUUUUAAGCCAAGAGAGAAACAGCACCAACAGGGCUGAAUGGAAUAUGAAGUACCCUAUAACUCUUUUUUUAUAUUAGUCCACAAUUUUAUGUUACUUUUUGCCUGUGUCAGUUCCCCCCAUGCAGACACUUUUGGCGACAGCUAGAAAUUUCUCUUCCCAUCCCCCUGCUCCCCACAAUCAGCUGCUUCUUGGACUUGUUAAUGUUAAUACAACCGGCUUUUGAUGGCUGCCUCUUUUCUCUUCUCUUCUCUUCUCUUCUCUUCUCUUCUCUUCUCUUCUCUUCUCUUCUCUCUCUCUCAUUCCGAACCCCCUUCCUGGCAGGCAGCCAAAGUGGUUAAUGAGCCAUUGUAUGCUGAAGUGUCCUCAGUUUAAUUUUACAUGGAGACCUCUGCAAAUAGCACUCAGGAGAGGAAGAGGAGGUGGAAAAAUGGAACAAACCUGAGCCAUCAUGUACUUGGCGCACUUUGUGAGAAUCAAGGGGAGAUGCUGGUGAUAGACAGACAAGCCUCUGGGAGUGUUGAGUAGGGGGGGGGGCGAUGUGGAUGGUGUUACCUGACGUGACUUCUGUUAGCCUCCUGGGAAAUACGUGUAGAUCAGGCUUCCUCAACCUCGGCCCAUCAGAUGUUUUUGGCCUACAACUCCCACGAUCCUUAGCUAGCAGGACCAGUGGUCAGGAAUGAUGGGAACUGUAGUCUCAAAACCUGGAGAGCCGAGGUUGAGGAAGCCUGGUGUUGAUGCGGGGGGGGGGUUUGCUUGUGAAAGGGGCUCAUUCUGGGCAGUGGUGUGUAGCUCAGUUGUUAGGGCAUCUGCUUUGCAUAUAGAGGGUCCCCAGGUUUAGUUCCUAGCACUUCCUGAUAGGGCUAGAAGAAACACCAAAGCCUCAAAUCCUGGAGAGCUGCUCUCAGUCUGUGUAGGCAAUACUGAGCUUUAUGGGACAGUAGAUGGCAACUUCCUAUGUUUGUGAGGAAGGGCUGAAGCUCAGUGGUGUAGGGCAGCUGCUUUGCAUGCAGAAAGUGCCAGGCUGGGAGAGAACCCUAUUAGGAACCAUGGAAAGCCAGUCCGUGUAGGGCUAAAUGGGCCUUUGAUGUGGCCCUGCAUAAGACAGCUUUUUAUGUUCCUAUAUUGGAAUUAAUUAGGGGGCACUAAAGGUGGCAGAGAGCAGUGCUGGAGGUGUAAAUGACUAUCAGCUUGGGAAAGCUGGUAUCACUGGAUCAAGUUAAUUUUGUUGAAUUAAUGAAUGUAAACAGUUUCAAUGGUAUUUUGAAUAAAUGUGGAAUUCAUUGUUCCGAUUUUGAAUAUUAUCGUGUUGCUAUCUUCUUUAGUGGGCUGUUCUGAAAAAUGCUUUUUCUAGUGUAGAGUGGGGGCACUGAGGAUGAGUUUGUGUGGCGAUUUUCCGCCUCCCCCCAGUAGGAAUAAAGACCCAUGACACCAUUAUUUUAGGUUAAUGGGCUAAAAUUAGCCACACCUUUAUUGGUUACAGGUGAUGAGCGGUAUUGGCUUAGGCAUUGGUCCUAAACGACUAUCUGGCUUCAGCCUGUGUGCUUGAAAACCGGGAAGGGUUAACCACCAGUAGGGGGAGCCCUGCUGAUGCACAUCAACUAGGAACUCCCCUGGGGUCACUGCUCGGGGGCGUGCCUUAGGCCCUCACCUCCAUUGGUUUCGGACAGGGCCACGCCCCCCGGAAUCCUUUAUCGGACUACCCUUCAAUAUCUGGGGGAGGUGAUGGCGCUUCCUCCCCCCCCCGUCAAUCUACAUAACAAUACCCCUACCAAUGCCUAACCACCAGUACCAAGGAAGUUGUGACGAUUUGCUACGAGGUAGGUGAAAAACCAAAUGGCUGGUGCCAAUUUGCCAAGUGGAAAAAAUCCUACCAGGCCCCUUAACGGCGACCAACUGAGGUCCAUAGCAAGGUCAAAAGAGAAACCUUGAAGGGAGGGUGGGUGGGAAACCGAGCAGCUGAGCAGCCAAAGAGGGAGAGUCUCGGCCGCGCCUGCCUUAAAUGGGGCAGGCCACAUGCCCUAGGCCAGCCAAUUGGCUGGCCAGGGGAUGACGCGGCCGAGGAUUUCCCUAAUCACACCGGGCCUGACACCCAGCCCCCGUGUGCAUGUUGGGGGCAUGAAGCCCGCAACGCCACCUCCUCCCGAGGUUGGAAGUGGCUUUAUGAAAAAGUUUGGGAAGCACUGCUCUACAGGGACAUUAAUACCCACAAGAGGAGCAAUAUUCCUCCUCUGCCUGACCAGCCAUAAUACCCGGAUUCCCAGCUUAUAUUUUUGUAAAAAGAGGCCAGUUUCUAGCAUCAUAGAAACUGAGAUAGGCACUAUUAUUAUUUUUGGGGUGAGAAACUAACCAGGUCUGCACUUUCAGUGUUUUCCUUUCCCUCCCACCACCCUGAGGAAUAUUCCCAUAGAUGCCUGUGCACAGGGAGAAGCUAGCAUGAUUUGCAGGAGAAGGAUUGGGAAUAGAUCCCAGAUUCCCCCCCUCUUUUUUUUUGCAAGAGGUGGGAGAUCUUGCACUUCAAAUAAGCAUUGACAGUGUUGGUUGUUUUUUUUUAAGGGCAGGGCAGGAAAGUUUUCUUCCAAAAUUUGGGCAGCUCUGUAAGAGAACAUAUAGAUUGAGGGGUUCUGUUUCAGACUUUGGGGGCUGGGAAGUAGAGUAUUCAGGAAGCGGGCACGGGGAGGGGUGGCUGGAAAGGGUCUUGCAAUAAGGUUCAAAGGAGUCUUGUUGGAUUUAGACUCUUCAGCCAAAAAUGGGUCCUAGAGAAGCUCAGAUAGAUUGAUAAGAAGAAAUCCCUACCUUUUGUGCCUACUUUCUGAAAGACAUGGCGUAGAAGGGAGAAAGGGGAUACAGAGGGAGGGGUGGGGGAGGAAACCCAGGGAUAUUUUUUUUUAGGUAGCAGAGUUAUUCCAGUGAACAGGGAAACAGUUUCAGGUGAGGCGGAACCAAAAGUUGCUGGUAUUUCAGCUGAGCUGAUGGGGUGUCCCCGCUUCCCUUCUCUCCCUCUGCUGCAGCCUGAUGGAAUGGCUGCUUUCUGGUGACAGAUGAGGAGGGGGGGAGCCUUCUAGAGCACAGCCAGGUUAGGGGUUCUGGUUUCCUUUGGUUUGCACUGGAUCCCAGUUCACUCCAGUUCAAGGUGCUGCUCAUUACCUAAAGCCAUGAACAUUUUGAGACCGGGAUACUUUGAAUGACUGUCUCCUUCUGUAUGAACCUGCCUGGUGACUGCGUAUAUUCUCAGAAGUGCUACUCCACAUCCUAACACCUGGAGAGCUACCUUUGCUUGGGACAUGGAGCAGAGCCUUCUAUGUUGUGGCACUCCAUUCGUGGAAGCCCACUCCCAGAGGAGAUUCAACUGGCCCCAUGCUCAGUGUGUAUGUGUGUGCAUGUUUUAGACAGGGCAGCUUAAAUACCUUUUUAUUCCAGCCAGUUGUGGAUGGUUGUGGGGUUUUUUCUUUGGCUCCGUUUAAUUACUUUCUGAUUUUAUGGUUCGCGUCUUUAAUUUUCAUUUUGAAUGUUGAGAACUGCCUUGGGGUGCCUUUUGAGGCUUGCGUGGUGGCCUGUAAAAGACUUUUGUAAAGAAAGAAUGAUGCAUACACCCAUCUAAUUGUUCCUUACAACAAUAGUUAACUCAAUUACUAUGCAGCACUGACAAGCUGGCUGGGGAUAGUAACCUGACUCAAAUAUCAUGGGGAGAUGUACUUUACAGUGGUACCUCAGGUUAAUAACUUAAUUCGUUCUGGAGGUCCAUUCUUAACCUGAAACUGUUCUUCUUAACCUGAGGUACCACUUUAUAAUAAUAAUAAUAAAAUAAUAAUAAUUUAUUAUUUAAAGGUAAAGGUACCCCUGCCCGUACGGGCCAGUCGUGUCCGACUCUAGGGUUGUGCGCCCAUCUCACUUAAGAGGCCGGGGACCAGCGCUGUCCGGAGACACUUCCGGGUCACGUGGCCAGCGUGACGAAGCUGCUCUGGUGAGCCGGCACCAGCGCAGCACACGGAAACACCGUUUACCUUCCCGCUGUAAAGCGGUACCUAUUUAUCUACUUGCACUUAGGGGUGCUUUUGAACUGCUAGGUGGGCAGGAGCUGGGACCGAAAGACGGGAGCUCACCCCGCCGCGGGGAUUCGAACCGCCGACCAUGCGAUCGGCAAGCCCUAGACGCUAAGGUUUUACCCACAGUGCCACCCGCGUCCCUUUUAAUUUAUUAUUUAUACCCCGCCCAUUUAGCUGGGUUUCCCCAGCCACUCUGGGAGGCUUCCAACUCAAUAUUAAAAACAAUACAGCAUCAGACAUUAAAAACUUCCCUAAACAGGGCCGCCUUCAGUUGUCUUUUAAAAGUAAAAUAGUUGUUUAUUGCCUUGACAUCUGCAGGGAGGGUGUUCCACAGGGCAGGCGCCACUACCAAGAAGGCCCUCUGCCUGGUUCUCUGUAACCUCACCUCAGCGCUGGACCUCAGCGCUGGAUGAUGGGGGUGGAGACACUCCUUCAGGUAUACAGGACCGAGGCCGUUUAGGGCUUUAAAGGUCAGCACCAACACUUUGCACUGUGCUCGGAAACGUACUGGGAGCCAAUAAAGAUCUUUCAGGACCGGUGUUAUAUGGUUUCAGCAGCCACUCCCAGUCACCAGUCUAGCUGCCGCAUUCUGGAUUAAUUGCAGUUUCCGAGUCACCUUCAAAGGUAGCCCCACGUAGAGCGCAUUGCAGUAGUCCAAGCGGGAGAUAACUAGAGCAUGCACCACUUUAGCUAAUGGGGCCUCCCGCUGCUACCGCGCCACCGCCGAGAGAUUUCUGUUCUCAUCCUGAAGCAAAGUUCUUAACCCAAGGUACUAUUUCUGGGUUAGCAGAGUCUGUAACCUGAAGUUUCUGUAACCCAAGGUACCACUUUAUACUGAGUCAGGCCAUUGCUCUGUCUAGCUCAGUAAUGACCACACUGAUUGGCAGCAGCUCUCCAGGCUUUAGGACAGUACCUCUUUCAGACUUACCUGGCAGUGCUGGGUAUUGAAGCUGGGACCUUCUACAUGCAAAGUAGCACGGGGGUCUAUAGGGUGCUGCAAGGGGUGGUAGAAAUCGGCAGCUAUGGAAAUUUGGCGACUGCCCUAAAAAAAGCUUAGGUCUGCUCCAGACGCUGUUGGAGGUUGAUAUGCCACUGGGUAUGAGUACCCUGGAUACAAUAUACCGUAUAAUUUUGGACUGCCUUCUCUUCGAUAUUCUUCAGAGAGACCUACUUGUGGCUCCCUUGAAGUUUAAAAACCUGUAAAAAAAAAAAAAAGUAAUCCUAAAAUUGGAAUAAAUAUUCUUUAAAAAAAAAAAAUAAAGACUGAGCAAUAAAAAAAAAAAAGAAGUUUAAAAACCUGUAAUCCAGUAUCUGUUGAGGGAUGAUAUACCCGAAACUACUGAGGUUGUUUCAGGAUAUUUAGCCAAGAUUUUUAAAGUAAAAUUUAAAACUUAAUGGUGGCUACUGAGUCUUUUAUAUGUUUUAUGUGUUUAAUAUGACUGGAUUACCAGUGCUUUAUGGAUAGGUGUUUUUCCCCCUCUCCCUCUCUUUUAUGAUUCUGUUGUCUAAAUUGUGCCAAUAAAGGCUGAAUGAAUGAAAAGGUGCUCUACCAUUGAGCAAGCACCCUAAAAGCUUCAAUCAAAUCUUAGUCAUACUGUAGGAACAUAGGAAGCUGUACUUACUCAGAUUGUUGGCCCUUCUAGGUCAGCAUUGUCUACACUACACUGACUGGCAGCAGCUGUCCAAGGUUUCAGACUGGGUUCUCUGUAAGCUGAACACAAGAGCACUCUCCUCUCCUGUUGGAGCAACUGGUAUUCAGAAGCAUGGCUGCCUCUGACCAUGGAGACAGUAUCUCCAUCAUGGCUGGCACUGUCUCUGCAGGGUGGUAGGUGCCCAGGCACCCACAAAAUUGUCAGUGCAGUGUCUAGUAGCCAUACCAAUAGCCUUGUUCUCCAUGAAUUUGUGCAAUCCUCUCUUAAAGCUAUACAGUCAUACCUCGGGUUAAAUAUGCUUCAGGUUGAGCAUUUUCAGGUUACGCUUAGCGGCGACCUGGAAGUAACGGAACGCAUUACUUCCGGUUUUCACUGCUUGCGCAUGCGCAGAUACUCAAAAUGACGUCACACGCAUGCGCAGACGCUCAAAAUGAUAUCAUGUGCGGAAGAGGCGAAUCGCGGCACACGCAGACGUGGGUUGUGUUCGCUUCAGGAUGCAAACAGGGCUCCAGAACGGAUCCCGUUCACAUCCAGAGGUGCCACUGUACAUCACUGCCUUGUAUGGAAGCGAGUUUUGUAUUUUAAAUCUGAGCUGCGUGAAGAUGUGCUUCCUUUGCAUUGUCUUGACAUUCACUAGGCAUAUUCAGUCGUCCCCUUAACUUUGGAGUGUAGCUUGAAGGGAUAUGUUGUUGUUUUCGUUUCAUAAAAUUUAUACAGUGCUUGAUUAUAAAUAACAACAACAAUAACAACAACCCUCAAAGUUUACAAAAAGACGGAGUGGAUGGAAACACAGUUCACUCAACAGUUCUGUAAAUGAUGGGGCUGAACCAGCCAGACCCCAGAUCUGAUCUAACCGUUCUUGAGGGACCACGAAGGCUUUGUGCAUUGAGGGCUAUGUUCAGUCUUUCUUGAGCAUUCUUUCUUAUUUGUUUGUGGGGCAUGUCUAUACAUCUUCCUGUCAAUCAUUCAUUCAUCCCACACUUUUCAUUACAUUUCCCUGUUAACCCCAAACACGAUGGACAAGUGACUAGCAAGGCAAACUUUUUUUAAAAAAAUGUUUUUAUUAAAGAUUUUAUUGAGUUUACAAAAUGCAUGCAUUGCCUCUAUUUUCAGGUUGUAGAGUCUUUUCUACAGAUCAGUUUCAUUCCAUGUGCGAUGUUAAUUUUGCACAUAGUUUAAGGUUGGGGGAGAAAAGAGGGGGGAGGGAGUGGUGGUAAACGUAUGUUCUUUUACUUAGUGUAUGUGUGAGGUUUUUGUGUCAGCAUCAGUUGGGUAGGUUCUCUUUCUAUUCAUUUAUUAGCUUUCAUUGGAAGUGAGAGAGGUUGGUGGGGCAUGGCAUGGUUGGUUGCCUUUAGUUGACUGCAGUGAGAUUUGUUUGAGGCAGGGGAGGGGUUGCCAUAUUGAUUUGUAUGCUGUUGGUGUGUUCUUGUUCUCUUGUUGGGCUGUGUGUGUAAUAAAGGGGAGCCACCUUUGGAGGAUAAGGUGUCCUCUUUUAUUUGUCCCCAUGUCAGUUUUAGUCUGUUGGUUAGCUUUUCUAGUAAGGCUGUUUCCCAUACAGUUUGGUACCAGUGGUCCAUGUUCACUUCUCACAGGUAUCUUCAGUGUCUAGCUAUGAUGCUUCUGGCUGCUGAGAGUAGGUGGGUUAUAAGCUCUUUAUAGCGUGAGUGAGCGUUAUUGUCUUGGGAAAUUUUCAAUAUGGCCAGCGAUGGGGUAGCUUCUAAUACCUGUUUAGUUAUUUUGCAUAUUUUUGUAGGACUGCUGUCCAAAAGGGUUGAAUUUUGGGACAAUCCCACCACAUGUGGAAGUAUGUGCCUGCAGAGCAAGGCAGGCUUUACAUGUGAAAACACAUUUUAAGUUCUCAUGCAGGGACAACAGUUCUUCUCCCCACCUCCCUCCCUUUCCUUUGUUUGUAUGUGACAGAGAGACCGGACAAAAUCAAAGCCAGAGGCCACAAAACUAAUUGUUGUUCAGAUUGCAUUGUUUGCCAAGUAACUAUUAUUAGUAUUAGUAUUUUAUUAAGACCCCGCCCAUCUGGCUGGGUUUCUUUUCUUUUUAGAAAGAAAGACCCCCGGUUGGAUUUCACCAGUAGAAGCAGUUGCAGUAAAAAGACUAAAUAUGGAUAGGACUUGGGGGAAAUAUAAAGGCCUUCUUCUGCGGUUUGAAUCCCUGCGACGGGGUGAGCUCCCAUUGCUUGGUCCCUGCUCCUGUCAACCUAGCAGUUCGAAAGCACAUCAAGUGCAAGUAGAGAAAUAGGUAUAUACCGUAAAUAGGCAAGUAGAGAAAUAGGUAUAUACCGUAAAUCUUUAUACUGUAAAUCUAAAGUUUGUAUUCAUGCACUCUGGACCCCAGAUAUAUCUCUCCAACCAAACUCAAGGAUUAAGUGUCUGUAAGGCAAGGGAAUGGGACGCGAGUGGCGCUGUGGGUUAAACCACAGAGCCUAGGACUUGCCGAUCAGAAGGUUGGCGGUUCGAAUCCCUGCGAUGGGGUGAGCUCCCAUUGCUCGGUCCCUGCUCCUGCCAACCUAGCAGUUCGAAAGCACAUCAAGUGCAAGUAGAGAAAUAGGUACCGCUCCGGCGGGAAGGUAAACAGCAUUUCCUUGUGCUGCUUUGGUUUGCCCGAAGCGGCUUAGUCAUGCUGGCCACAUGACCCAGAAGCUGUACGCCGGCUCCCUCGGCCAAUAAAGCGAGAUGAGCACCACAACCCCAGAGUCAACCAUGACUGGACCUAACGGUCAGGGGUCCCUUUACCUUUACCUAAGAUAUACAAAGAACUGUCAUGGAAUGCUGGGUGGGAAGUCCAAAAGAAUUAUUGUACAAGAAUAUAAAAUGAUAUGAGUGUGUAACUGAAAACCUAUAAAUAAAAUUAAAAAUUAAAUAAAAACAAAAACAAAAACUUCCCUGACUUUUUCUAAAAGUUGCGUAAUUCUUUAUCUCCCCGACAUCUGAUGGGAGGGCAUUCCACAGGGAGGGUGCCACUGCCAAGAAGGCCCUAUGCCCAUUUCCACCUCUUGUCUCUUCUGCUGUCCAAACAAGGCAGUGAUGUUUCUUUCCAGCUGAUCCUCCAUCCUUUUCAAGACAUAUAAACACCCUUAAGUGCUUAAUUGCAACUUUCUCUGUCUGCCUAGAGGCAAGACAAGCUCAGAUGCAAAACAGGAUACUUGCUGUGCUGUCUGCCUUGAGCCUUUGAUCCUGAGGGAACCUGGAGGGCUUCCAGUCUUGUGACCUGUCCCAGCUGCUGGGUGAGGGUGGAGAACUGGCAGGAGGAAGGUCUCCAACAUCUUCAUUAAGGUUAAGGGUCACAUGUUAGUGAAGCUGCCUCCAGCUGCUUUUCAGACCAGACCAGGUGGUGGAAUGCUAUUGGCCAAGGCAUGUGGUUAAGGUGCUGGACCCGGAAACCAUUUUCUAAAAGGCUUCUGCAGAAUUUGGAGUGAGUGGAAGGAAACCUGACGGUACCCUUAUUGGACUAGGAAAUGCCAAAGCUCAGAUCCACGCCAUACUUUUAAGGCACAUGGCUCCCCGCCAAGAAUCCUGGGAAUUAUAGUUUGGGAAGGGUGCUGGGAAUCGCUACUGUGUGGCUUAAAUGUAUGGUGUGGGCAUUACCAGAGCCUUCUUGGUGGUAGCCCCGUCCUAGCUCCAGAACUCCUCCUAGCACCUUUGCUGAUUACAGGCAUUCUCUCCCCCCCCCCCCAAUUUAUGCACAUUCUACUUGUGUGCAACCAAAUAUUUGCGUGGUGCCAGGAAAUAAAUAAACAAACAGAAUCAUACUCAGAAAUGUGAGAGAGCUGAAGCUUCCUUGUAGCUCACGAGAAGACCCUCCCAGGAGCCCUAAGAGGAUAUCAGUAAGGGCAGAGGAAGCUCCAAAGAGACCAAAGGCACAGUAGGACUUGGUUUAUGCUGCUCAGCCUCACCGCCUAACAGCUGUUGUGUGGGGUAGCGCAGCAGCCACUUUCCCACAUGUCCUACAGCUUCCUGCUGGCCCCAGGGCUGCAACAGCAGAUCGUCUGGACUGCACAAAGAGCGAGCAGGAGAGAUUGCUGGAGAGCAGGGGAAAAUAGACAUCCAGAGGCUUUUUAGAGGGCGCUCCCCGCUUUAUGCAAUUUCACUUAUGCAUGCGGGGGCCUGGAAUGUAACCCACCCAUAAGUGGGGGGAAUCCCUAUAUAUGCAGCAUACAUUUUAAGUUUUUCCCCCUCCUAAAAAAAAUAAAAAAUCCUGGGAAAUGUAGUUUCUCCUCACGGUUACAGUUCCUGGCACCCUUAACAGACUGCAGUUCCAAGGAUUCUGUGUGUGUCUGUGCGCACGCAUGUUAAAUGUCCUUUAAAUGUAUGGCGUGUACACAGCCUAAGGCACAAGAAUAAGACUUCUUAAAAUUAUUAUUUGCUCAAGCUUCUUUUAACUUGGAUGGUUUGCGAGGGCAUUUUACUUUCUCUUUUAUGUUCUGUCUUUUAAUUUACAUGCAGGUUUAUUUGAUGCUUUUUUAAAGAACUUGCUGCUGCUAUUUGACCUUAUUUGGCUGCAAUAAACACACUAGUUCUUUACAGUGGUGUGUACACUGCUUUGAAACAGGGAGUAGAUUGAGGAGGGCCAGAGGGCCCAUAGCCCUGGGCACAUGGUUUAGAGGGGGCACAGGACAGGCACCCCUGCACUGGAGGUCUCUGGGCACCGGAGCCUGGCCUUACCUUGCCGCUAGACCCACGGCCCCCUCACCAGCGUCACCGGCCAGGCUUCCCCUUAUGUGGGUGGGCAGGCAGGCUACACAGCAUGGCCCCAUGAACCCUCUGUGCCCUGUGCCCGCCUGGUCUCCCAGGUCCUAGUCCAGCACUCUAACCACUACACCACACUGCCCCAUGCUUGUUGCUCAUUGUGUGGGUAAAUGUUUUUCUACAUAUGUGGCCUGUAGUUUUGCUUUCAAGUCAUGCAUGAGAUCGCGACAGAAACGCUGGCACAUUUUUCUCCAGAACGGGGGGUGGGGGUGGGGGGGGUGGAGAACUAGUUGUGGCCAAAUCAUAAUCCCUCAUCCCUCGGAGGCCAAAUUUAACAGGGUGACCAUCCACAUUCAUGGUCGUCAUUACAUCUUCUGGGAGAGGAUGCCAUUGUUUUAAUAUGUGCUGUGCGAAUAAAUGCUUCCUCUCAUAUGUGAAAGCGUGGAAGUGUUUCUUGAUCUGACUGGCUGAGGUUCAAAAUAGCAAAAUGAGGGGUCAGAAUCCCCUGUCCUUGUGCAAAGCGGAGCAUCUCUCCACUGUUUGUGCCUGGCUAGCUGCCUCCAUCAAACCUGCUUUCUAGUCCUGAGCUGUAAGGGACAGCUGCUAAUGACCGCCGUCCUGUCGCUAGAGCGCAACAGAUCCCUCUUUAAUUCUGAAGUGCAUAAGCAGCCAGGGGUGUGUGCCUUUCAAAAACUGGUGUCCUUGCUGUGUCUGCUGUGGCCUCCUGUUUAUUGCAGGAUACCUGAAAUAAAUAAACAUUUGGGCUUUAAUAACCACCCCUGGGUGUUGCUCGCCUGUGGUUAAGGCUGACCUUGGCAAGGGAGGGAGGAUGUUGGCUGUGCCCUGCUUAUUACUGGGUAGUUUGUGUGUGUGUCCAUGUGCCUGUCAUAACCUUAACUCAUUCUCACCGUAGCAUUGGAGCCUGGUCCAUUAGGGCACAUGGGGCAGUGCCUCAUCAACCUCUGUCUGCCCCCAUCCAAUCCCUAGCUGCCUGCCUUCUCAGUUGCAGCCAAUCAGGGAGCUGCUCAUUCUAUGCCGUUGCCUCUGACUCCACCCACAGUUGGUCACUGCCUUCUGCUCCACCACGGUCACCAGCUGGCUGCUACUGCAUUGAAGUGCUGUGGUUGCUCACGUUGUGGUAUGCUUCUCCUUGCAAACGCAUGCAAAUGAUCCUAGCCACAGUGGCCUUAUAACAUGCAGACUAUCUGUGUUUAUCGGCAGAGAGGGAAGUUUGCUUCCUUUCCUCAGGGAUCAAAUUCAAAUAAUUUAAUGAUGAAGUGCAGCUGGACCCUUUGCAUGUUUAAUCAAGAGUUGAAAUCCAACUGUAUUCAGUAAGGUUUAUUCCUAGGAAAGUAUGUGUAGGAUUGCAGCCAUAUCUGUUCACCCUUGACCUUGCAAAAAAAAAUUUUUUUUUAAGUGUCUCUUAGUAUUUAUGCUCAAAUUCUCUGACAGAUGGCUGUGUGUGUGUGUGUGUGUGUGUGUGUGUGUAAAAGAAAUAGAUGAGUGGGUUUGUUCCUGUUUAUGCUGCUUCGUCAACAAAGCCAGCACAGGAAGUGACUGCUCCUGACUCAUGGGGAGGUUGGGAUGUGAGAUUCUUCAGGAUUGCUAAAGAUUGCCUCAAUGAAAAAGAGAAUUACUAUUAAUUUCUGAUGUUAAAAGAAAGCAAAACUACAGGAUCAUCUGAGGAAAUGAAUGGAAAUGGCUUUGUUAAGGCCAAUGACACCUCUUCCCAUAUGGCAACCUGUGAAACUUACUACACCUGGAUAUUUUGAUAGUGCAGUGGUACCUCGGGUUACAUACGCUUCAGGUUACAGACUCCGCCAACCCAGAAAUAGUGCUUCAGGUUAAGCACUUUGCUUCAGGAUGAUAACAGAAAUCAUGCUCCUGCGGCGCGGCUAAAGUGGUGCUUCAGGUUAAGAACAGUUUCAGAUUAAGAACGGACCUCCAGAAUGAAUUAAGUUCUUAACCUGAGGUACCACUGUAUCCUAGCAUAAUGAUUACUCGGCCUGUUUCAAGUGUUGGAAGCACCCUCCCCAGUGGUGUUCUCCAGUAAACUGGCAUUUGGGAGGUCUACUUCUUCCGAAUAUGGGGGUUCUGUUUUAUCAUUUAGGUUAAUAGCCACUGACAGACCUGCCCUCCUGUCACCCACUCUCUCAAAGUCAUCUAAAGCAGCAGCAAAAAUCUUGGGAAAGUGAUUUCUACAAGGGAAUUAAACAUGGCAUGAAGGAGUGCUUUGCCAUCUCUGUCCCAAUUUUGUUGGGCAGUUGUGUUUUCUAGCAUUAUGGGUAGGUGUUCUUCUAUAUGCUACCUACCUUGAUUUCAGUAUUUUAAAGUUUUGCAGAGGGUUUAAAGGGAAAAAUCUUCUGCUGCAUCUAGCAUGGAAAUGUGCUCUGGCAAAGAAGGAAUGAAUAGAUCACUUCUCCUCCACCAGGGUAUUCUCCCUCCUUCAAGGAGUUCCUGAUACCAUAGUUAGGCAGGGAAACCAAAAUGCUUGUUUACAAAGCUAUUGUACUACCAACCUUACUGUAUGCUUGUGAAACAUGGACCACUUACAAACGCCAUCUCCAACUUCUCAAAAGAUUCCAUCAACGGUGUCUCCGAAAAAUCUUGCACAUCACUUUGGAAGACAGGCGAACUAAUAUCAGUGUACUGGAUGAACCAAAGAUCACCAGUGUCGAAGCAAUGAUUCUUCAACAGCAACUUCGUUGGACUGGUCAUGUUGUGCAGAUGCCUGAUGAUCGUCUUCCAAAGCAACUACUCUAUUCCGAACUUAAAAAAUGGAAAGCGUAAUGCUGGUGGUCAACAAAAGAGGUUUAAAGACUGUCUCAAGGCAAAUCUAAAAAAAAUGUAGUAUAAACAUUGACAACUGGGAAACACUGGCCUGCCAGCGCUCCAGUUGGAGAACAGCCUUUACCAAAGGUGUCAUGGGCUUUGAAGACACUGGAACUCAGGAUGCAAGGGAGAAAUGUGCUAAGAGGAAGGCAUGCUUGGCAAAUCCACACCGUGACCAGCUCCCACCUGGGAACCAGUGUUCCCACUGUGGAAGGACAUGUGAGUCCAGAAUUAGCCGCCACUUACGGACUCAUUGUUAAAACCGUGUGUAUGGAAGGCAAUCUUACUCGGCUAUGAGUGAUCGGCAAGGAGGAGGAGGAGGAAGAAGAAGAAGAGGAGGAGGAGGAGUUAGGCAACUAGGAGGGUUGUUAAAGACGGAAUUUGUUACAGUACUGUUGUCAGCUGGCAUGCAAGUCAGGGGGGUGAGUGUUUUGCAGAAAUGUGUCCUGAAGUCUCAUUGCUGCACCUUCUUUCCAGGUUCACUGUAUUUUGCUUCUCUCUCUCUCUCUCUCUCUCUCUCUCUCUCUCUCUCCCCCCCCCCACUCCCGCCUCUCUAGGUUCCACUGGAGCCACGUACCAUCUUCUCGGGGAAUCUGUUCCAGUACAUGGAAGAAAACAAGAAGUGGAGGAACCGUUUCUGUGUCGUGCCCCAUAAUUAUGGGCUGGUGCUGUAUGAGAACAAACUGGUGAGGCCCCUCAAUUGGGUUAACAAAGCAUGCAUUGUGCUUGCUGGUGGGUGGUAUUUGAGCAGAGGCGCGCUUGUCCCGCUGGCAGCUUUAUAGGUAGGGUCUUGAGCACCUUCUUGAGAUCUCUUGUGUUUUGAGGUGAUCUCUGGGGAUGGCUGCUCAAGGAGGCCCUCCUACAGAGGAGUAGCAGCUCUCUGAGCUGCAAAGCAAACUUCUCCAGGAGUACAAUUUGUGCACACUCUCACUUGACCUGGCUGACUGCUUUUUAGUGAAGGCACAUAGCUCAGUUGUAGAGCACCUGAUUUGCACAAAUGGUCCCUGGUUCAAUCACCAGGGAGGGCUAGGAGAGAACCCCUGCCUGAAACCCUAGAGAACCAUUGGUAUUCAAUGUAUACAGUACUGAGCUGGUCUUGUGUCAGUAUAAGCCAGCUAACACCAGACCCCAGACAUUAUAAUUCAGUAAUUCAGCAGUAGAGCAUCUGCCUUGCAUGCAAGAAGUUCCGGAUACAAUCCCCGGCAUCUCCAGGUAGGGUUGGGAGAGACUCCCCUGUCUGAAAUCUUAGGGGGCUGCUGCCAGUUAGUGUAGACAAUACUGUGCCAUAUUGAGUUCAGUCAUUUUCACUUUAUUUGGUCUGCAGAUCAUAAACAUCAAAUCCAGUAUAGGGUGAUCAAGGCAGCAUCAGGGGCUGGGGGGUGGGGAGCAGUAUCCAUGCAUGCAGACUACCUUUUGAGUAUAGCCCACAAUAUUACAGACCAGUUCUGACUGAGCUCAUCUAAUUUUGAUGGCAAUUUUGGGGACUUUUCUUCCUGUUUGGAGUCUUCCAUUAAAACUGAAUUUUAGUCAUAUUGCGUUCCUCAUGUGUUGAGAAAGUACUGGCAGGUAAGUGAGGGGUCUUAUACAGCCUGAGAUGGAUCCUUGACUGAUCUGCUAAGUUAAUUGCAGAAAGACAAGGUGUAAACAUGACUUUAUUGAAAGAUUAGCAGGGCCUAGAUUUUGCUGGAGCAAAGGUCCAGAACCUUGAGUGGCCCAGCAGAUCUGAUUUGCCUUUGGGACAUUCCUGGUAUGUGUCUGUUCUCCUCCUUGUGCAGGCCUAUGAGAGAGGUCUCCAGCCCCGGAUUCUCAUCAACAGUGCUGGCUACAAGAUCCUCACCUCCUUGGAGCAAUACCUGGACCUGGUCAAUAGCAAUUUGCCAGGUGAGUCCUACUGCCCAUACUUCACUUUCUCGGUGCCAGAUGGCUCCAUUGUCUUAGGGCUCAGAGGAGCAUAGCAGGGAUGAUGAGCAUGCCCAUCUAGAUCAGUACUGUCUGCACUGACUGGCAGUGGCUCUCCAGGUUUUUGACACAGAACUUUCCCAGCGCUGCCCAGAGACCUGGGGCCAGCUUCACAGAAGGUGGAUGUUGUGCCAUUGAGGUGUGUCCCAGGCAGUGACAGUGGCCCUCCAGGCCAAUAUUCCUGACCCUUGGAACUCCCCCCCCCCGGUAAGCCACACCUUUCACUGACCCUGUGCACUUGAGAGUUUUUGCCUGGCUGGAAUAUGUUCUUGAACUCUGAUGAUGCCUCUUGCUUGCCUGGAUGGAGGAUGCCGGGGAGAUGGGGGCAUCAGGCAGGCCCCCAGCUGGCUCCGGACGAUCAUCGGUCUCCUGUGGAACAGCAUCAGUCAGCGACACGAGCCUCAGAUAGAGACCCGUGCAUGCUCUGUAAGCUGAGUGUGUAAAUCAUCACACAGCAGAUGAGGUGGACAGAGGCAGAUGUAAGCAUUAUUUACAGCAUUUAUUCAGCAUAGUUCAGGGACAAAGGAAAACAUGUCUGCAUCCCUUUGACUCCGGCAAAACAGCAGUAUAGCAAAAGCAACAUACAACAGAAGUUCCCAGCAGACAGUGCUGGGAGUAAACAGGCAUGUGAUACACAAACGUCAUGCCUGUACCCUUUUAAGGUGGAAUGGAACUAUAUCCUAACAGGAGGGGGAGUGUUUGUUGAUGUUGCCCUACUGCUCAAAGCUAAAAUCUACAUUCUUCGUUCCACCCAUUUUUGCCUCGGGUUCUGCCUACUACUGGCCCCCAGGUGGUUGCCCAGAAGGAAAUGUGGCCCUCGGGCUGAAUGAAGUUCCCCACUCCUGGUAUAUGGGUUCCCUGUCCUAAACGGGGCCUCAGUUCUGGAUGAGAGUGUUGCUCCUUCAAGCUGCAGGCAAAUUCCAAAGCUCUAAUGGCUGGCCAGCUUCUUGUUUUAAUUACGAUUACUAAGGCCCUUUUGAUUAUUGGGAGCAAGUUGCUAACUGUUCCCAAUAAUCAUCCAUGCUUUCAUCUGCCUCUGUUUUGAAAUGAGACUGUGAAGUGGCACAGUCUGGACUAUUUGAUCUAGAAUAUGAUGUGGCUACAUAAUACACCUCAUUUGGAUAUAGGAAGUAUCCGGGGAGCCUCAGCUAAUCUGUUAAUGGAGAACAAAGCUAUUAGUGGCUAUUAGCCACAGCGGAUGCAUUUUCCCUCUGCUGCUGGAGGCAGGGUGCCUCUGCAUACCAGUCCUGGGAGUCGCAAGUGGGAAGAGCUGCUGUUCCAUUCAGGUUUCCCACGGGCCUCUGGUUGGCCACUGUGAGAACAGGAUGCUGGACUAGAUGGACCACUGGCCUGAUCCAGCAACGCUCUUCUGAAAUCCUUAUUUUAAUAGGUAGACCAGAGAUGCCCAGCAUGCAGCGUCUUGAUCAUGACUGAAAUGUCAUUAACGUUACAUUGGACACGAUAACUGUAUUGUAUUGUACUGUAUAAUGUCUCUCCAGCCUGCCGUCUGUCCUCUUCUUGUUUUGAGUGGGGGUGGGGAGGGGAGGUGUGCUAGUGCCUCAGCUCACAAGGGAAAGCAAACCUGCUGCCUGGCCCUUGUGUGAAUUGCCAGGCUUUGACACAAGCUGUGUGAGGCUGGCUUGCAAAACCACCGCAGUCAGGGAGUGUGGUUGGUGGGUGGGGUGCAAGGAGGGGUGUCCGUUUCCAAGCAGGACCUUCAAGAAGCCUGAAAAGACAUUUGUUUGGAGAAAGGCCGGCUGCCCAGGGCCUGGCAGGUUCUCACUUGGGAUGACGAGGUCACCUCUUCAGGGAACAGCUGAGGCUAUUCAGUUGGACCACCGGCCAAUGAGGUGAAAGUGUGCAGAGGGAAAUCAAGGAUUGGUGCGAACAUCAUAGGAGAUUUAUGAUGGUUGCAGGGUUUUGUUGAUCUGUGGAUUUUUAUUUAGAUCUGCGUAAAACAUUGGUCAUCCCGUUUUCAUCCCGAGAGCUGCAUGUGCUUCUGGGCAACCUUCUGUGGGGCACGUGCCCCUAGUGCUGUGGGUCAGAACCAGAAGUGAGAGGAGCAACAAUGCACAGUAAAUGUUGCAUUUGUACAGUUAGGCUAAUUUCUGCAAACACUCAGCACACUCCUCUCUGCCCUCCAUCCAGGCAAGCAAGAGGCAUCAUCAGGGUUGAAGGACACAUUCCAGCCAGACAAAAAACACUCCAGGAGGGCAUGAAGCAGGGCUGGUGAGAGGUGUGGCUUGAGGAGAGAGGCGUGGCCUGGGGACAGGCCUGGAGGGAUUGCUCAGUGUUAUUAUGUACACUGACUGGCUGCAGCACUCCAGAAUUCAGACAGGGAUUCUCUCCACGCCCUACUGGGAGCCACUGAAGAUUCAGCCUGGGAGCUUCUGUGUGCAAGGCAGGUGCUCUGCCACUGAGUUUAUAUUAUUAUUAAUAAUAAUUUAUUCAACUCAUUAUUUGCUCAUUGUGCAGAUGUAUCAAAGUGGUUUAAAGGUAAAGGGGUCCCUGACAGUUAAGUCCAAUCAUGAACGAGUCUGGGGUUGCGGUGCUCAUCUCACUUUAUUGGCCGAGGGAGCCGGCGUACAGCUUCCGGGUCAUGUGGCCAGCAUGAUUAAGCCACUUCUGGCGAACCAGAGCAGCGCACGGAAACGUCAUUUAGCUUCCCACCGGAGCGGUACCUAUUUAUCUACUAGCACACGGAAACGCCGUUUAGCUUCCCGCCAGAUCGGUACCUAUUUAUCUACUUGCACUUUGACGUGCUUUUGAACUACUAGGUUGGCAGGAGCUGGGACCGAGCAACAGGAGCUCACCCCGUCAUGGGGAUUCGAACCACCAACCUUCCACUUGGCAAGCCCUAGGCUCAGUGGUUUACACCACACCGCCACCCGCAUCCCUAUCAAAGUGGUUUAAACCCACUUAAAAAACAUAAAUAUACCAUAACAUUCAUAGUCAUACGAAAACACAUACUAUUCAUUUAAAAACAAAACUUUAUCCACUAGAAAACUGUGGAAAGCUUUGGCAGCAAAAACAUCAUCAAAGUCUGUCAGAUGCCUGGGGGUGGGAAGGUGAGCUUUUUACCUGGCGAGGCAGACCUCCCUCAAGAGAGCCACAGGGGAAGGCUGCCUUCUCCCUUGUUACUACCCUCUGAGCCUCACUCAAAGAAGAGACCCAGGGUAGGGCCUCAGGUGACGAUGUAAGGGUAUGGGUAUGUUCCCCUUUUGAGAGGUAUUCUAGAAUAUACUGGGAUCCUGAUCUAUAAAGGUUUAUAGGUCAAAACCAGCACUUUGUGCCUUCUCAAUUUAUGUAAGCCUCUAACUUACAAAUAAAUAAAUCUAACUUUUAAAAAAAAAUCUAUUUCUGCAUUUUGGAAAGCCAAUAAAAACGCUAUUUAUGCAUUUUUUUUUUUUAAAAAGAAGACAACCAAGCACUAUGAAUUGGACUGUGUAGCUGUUAACCUAGAUUGUGCUAUAUGUUCUGUUUGCCUUGAACCUGUCAGCAGCUGGGCUGCUGCACUAAUUUGACGCUUCUGCACUGUUUUCAGAGGCAACCCUAUGUAAAGAGCAUGGCAGUAGUCCAUUCCUGAGGUUUCUAGAAUAUAAAUCAUAGCAGCUAAGUUAUUUAUAUCCAAAUAGAGUUGUAGCCGGGCCACUAGUCUGAUUUGACAGAAGGCACUCUGUGUCAGCGUGGCCAUCUGUAUUAUUAAAUACAGAUUUAAUAAUAAAUAAUAAAAACAAAACAAAACACCAUUGACAAUAAUUAAAAUUAACAGUAAAAGAUAUUCAAGUGGUGGCAGUGGGUCCAGGAGCACCCACAAGACGAGAAACCUGCUCCCCAAGUCGUCUCUUUUAAGCUCCAGCUCCAGUCCAUCCUUGUGACCAUGCACUGAUCCAGCACAUUAGCUAUGGUCCUUCCCCCAAUCCCUGCCUCCCAGAUGUUCCCAUUUCCUUUGCCUGGCCUCCAGGGAGCUUGCCAUCUGCAAUCAAAUCCAGAAGUGGCAGGUGGGCUGCACGUUUGCCUGGCCUCAGCAGCAUGUGGCAGACAAAUCUGUGCCUUGCAGUAGAAACAUUUAUCUAGUUAUUUAGUCUGCUGCCUCUUGCUAAGACUCCUGUUCAAGCUACUGAAUCCAAGCAUGGCUUCUGACCUACUGCUUGAAUGGGUAGGGUGGAUUAAAAUAUGCCAAUUCUUUUAAAUGGAUUUUCUUUUGUUGUUUCUUUGCACCGCGCUUCAGUGGCAAUAAUUACUACUGCACUUUUGCAUAGUGCAGGGGCAAGGAAGCUUUUUUGCACCCGAGUGCUGCAUUCCCUACUGGACAAGCUUCUGAGGGCCACAUGCCAGUGGUGGGUGCAGCAACAAACUUCAUUUUUCCUUUGUGGUUUCUACACACUCCCCUCUCUACCCUCCGCACAGACAAAAAAGAGGCAUUAUCAGAAUUCAAGAGCACAUUUCAGCUAGGCAAAAAUACUUGGAGUGUGAAACAGGGCCUGUGUGGGUGUGGCCUGUGGAGAGGGGUAUGGCUUGGGAAGGGUUCCAAGAGUCAGCUAAAAAGGCAUGGAGAGCCACGUUCGGCCCCCAGGUUUGAAAUUUCCCAGCAAUGGUAUAGCACUUUCAAGGGUCCCAAAGUGAUUGGUGUUGCAGUUCUGACAGUGACCUUGUAAGGAGGAGGAUGGCAAAACUUGUGGCCCUCCCAGAUGUUGCUGGAGUACAACUCCCAUCAUCACUGGCCAUUCUGGCUGGGACCAAUGGCAGUCACCGGGUCCAACAACAUCUGGAGGGCACCAGUUUGGGGAAGAGCAAAGUAUGUGUUGCCAGCACUGGGGGGGGGGGGCAAUUCUCUGUGUGAUGUGGCUGAAUCUCCAAUCUAAGCAGUGCUGCCCCACAGAGGCAACACAUGGGCAUGUGAUGCGUAAGCUCUCCUGAAAGUUAAGGUAGUUCUUGGUAGUUGCUACCUCCCUGCAUGAGGAGGGAAUUUGCACAGUCUGUGUAUCAGGCAGGACUGGAGAGAACAAUGGGCUUCCCCAGCCUCUGGUGACUCCACUUCCCUGUGUGAGUUUCUGCUGUGCCCUGGCUUCCUGGCAGGGAGUGGCAAUGUGCAAAGGUGCAAUGGGCAGUCUUCUUUGAGGCCAGAUAUUCCUUGUGUUUAGGCAGUGACUGAAUUACCCAUUUGGGAAGGAGGCAAGAUUCAGCAUGGGGAAUGAUGCAGAGUAGCGACAGAGAUCUUCCUAUCAAAUCCAACAUCCUAUUCUCUCAACCGACUAGCCAGAUGUGUAAAUCCCACAUCACAUAAGCGCAAAUGCCCUCGUCUGCUGGCCUCUCUGACUGUGUGUGUUUUUCCAGUCAGGAAUAAAUCACAUGAUGUGUGCCAAGCUUUGAAAGUGGUUUCUUCCUAGCUCUGCCACUGUCACAUCUGUCUCUUCAUGUUUUUUUGUCCCCCAGGUUCUGCACCCAAAUCGGGCAACACCUCUGUCUUCAAAUGCCCCACAGAGUUCCCUCUCAUCCUAUGGCACCCUUACGCCCGGCACUACUACUUCUGCGUGAUGACUGGGAAGGAGCAUGAGAAGUGGCGAGCCGUUUUCCAGGACUGUGUGCGCCACUGCAACAAUGGUAAGUCAGUCAGAAACUGCCUGUUUAGCCUCUUGGUGGACAGCAGAGGCUGCAUUCACACAACAGCCUAUUCCAUUUCCCCCAUGGUUUCACUUGACAUUGUAUGUUUGAGCCUGCAAAUGGUGUAAAUGCCGCUUCCAGAACUAAUGAAAUGUGGGCAUAGAAAAGAUUCCAGCAAGCGUUUAAAGGUUAAAACAGAAGGUGCUUGCUGAAUCUCUUUACACAGGUUCCCUGAGGAUUAUUUAUUUGUUUAACAACGUUUGUAAGACAUUUGACUGUAGUAAAAUCUCUAAGCAGUUUACAAGAAAUAUAAAUACAGAUUUAAUAAUAAAUAAUAAAAACAAAACAAAACACCAUUGACAAUAAUUAAAAUUAACAGUAAAAGAUAUUCAAACGCAUUAACAUUUUUGUGUCUGGAUUGGCUUCCCUGAAGAAGAAGAAAUGUUUUAAGUGGUCUCCAAUGAGUAGAGUGAAGGUGUCUGCCUAAUGUCAAUAGGCAGGGAGUUCCGAAGUGUAAGGGUCCACAAGUAUUAAUGUGGCACCUGUAAUAGUUUCAUGGACUGAAGCAGUCAAGUGGGUUCAUAUGGGGCAAGUAAACUUGUCCCAAGCCAUUAAGUGCUUUAAAUACCAAUAGGAACACCUUGAACUUGGCCUGGUAAUAGAUUGGCACCCAGUGCAGAUAUCCUUUUCCAUCACUCUGAACAUAGGAGGACUUCGUCAACUGCAGCAUGACUGACUAAUUAAUGGGCAUGUAUCUUCUACUUAGGGAUGCGAGUGGCGCUGUGGGUUAAACCACAGAGCCUAGGACUUGCGGAUCAGAAGGUUGGCGGUUCGAAUCCCUGUGACAGGGUGAGCUCCCGUUGCUUGGUCCCUGCUCCUGCCAACCUAGCCGUUUGAAAGCAUGUCAAAGUGCAAGUAGAUAAAUAGGUACCACUCGGGCGGGAAGGUAAACAGCGUUUCCGUGUGCUGCUCUGGUUCGCCAGAAGUGGCUGAGUCAUUCUGGCCACAUGACCCGGAACCUGUACGCUGGCUCCCUCAGCCAAUAAAGCGAGAUGAGCACCGCAACCCCAGAGUCGUCCAUGACUGGACCUAACGGUCAGGGGUCCCUUUACCUAUCUUCUACUUAACCUCCUCUAGGAAAGGAGAGCGCUCCACCUUCAGAGGUUUAACUGCUGAACAGCCUUUUUACCUCUAGGAAGUUGCUCUUGACAUAUUCAGUCAAAAUCUUCUUUCUUGCAGUAUCAACUGUUUUAUUCCAGCAGAGGCAAGAAGGAACAAGUAUGGAAGCGCAUUGUGGGAAAGCAUGUGUGUUUGUGUGUGUGUGUGUGGGAAUGCCUUAUGGACUGAGGCCAAUGGCCCAUCUAGUCCAGCAUCCUGUUCUCCCAGGGGCCAACCAGAUGCCCCAGUAGGAAGCCUGAAAGCAGGAUCUGUGUGGAACAAUUCUCUCCACACUCAGGAUCCCCAGCAAAGGAAAGGUUUCUCCAACAUAGGAGGCAGAGCAUAGCCAUCAUGGUCAGUAGUCAUGGAUAGCCUUAUACUCCACAAAAUUGUCUAAUUCUCUUUUAAAGGCAUUCAAGAUGAUGGCCAUUACUACCUCAGGCAGGAGCAAAUUCCAUAGCGGAACUAUGUGCUGUGUGAAUAUAUAUAUUCAAAACAUGUUUAUAUUUUAAAUAAACCUGCCUUAUUUCUUCCUCCCCUCUCUCAUAUAAGUGUCCCUGCCCAGUUUUUUUUCCUUUCCCCCAAAUACAGUUCAAAAUUCAUAUAAACAGGGGUAAUAAUAAUAAUGAUGAUAAUAAUAAUAAUUAUUAUUAUUAUUAUUAUUAUUUAUUGUUUAUACCCCGCCCAUCUGGCUGAGUUUCCCCAGCCACUAUGGGCGGCUUCCAAUCAAGUGCUAAAAACAAUACAGCAUUAAAUAUUAAAAACUUCCCUAAACAGGGCUGAUUUCAGAUGUCUUUUAAAGAUAGGAUAGCUGCUUAUUUCCUUCACAUCUGAAGGGAGGGCAUUCCACAGGGCGGGCGCCACUACCGAGAAGGCCCUCUGUCUGGUUCCCUGUAACUUGGCUUCUCGCAGCAAGGGAACCGCCAGAAGGCCCUCCGCGCUGGAUCUCAGUGUCUGGGCAGAACGAUGGGGGUGGAGACGCUCCUUCAGGUAUACUGGACCAAGGCCGUUUAGGGCUUUAAAGGUCAACACCAACACUUUGAAUUGUGCUCGGAAACGUACUGGGAGCCAAUACAGAUCUCUCAGGACCAGUGGUCCCGGUAAUAAUACAACAUCAAUUUUCAAAGAAAAACAGUGUGGGAAAAUAUCCAAAUGCCUGCAGGUAACUGCUGCAGAGGUUAAAACAGUGGUUUUCUAACAGAGUUUCCCAGGAAACAAAAUGUUUGGGUGCAUUGUAGAGUGGCGAGCGCCUUGAGUUUCGUGAGAUCUGGUGCUUCUGGGGUUUGAACCCGGGACCUUCUUCAUACAAAGCAGAUGCUCUACCAUUGAGCUAUGGCCCUUGCUGCAAGCUUCUUGAAGGACUGGCAUGGCUACAAAGAGGCCAUGUAAAUUUCAGUCUCUGCUUCUCAUCAGCUUUGAGUCACCCUCUGCCAACCGUGACAAAGUUUGUCUAAGGAACUUAAAUUUUUUGAUGGGAACUGUUUUUGAUGUUGUGAGUAUAGGAUUCUGAGCAGGCACAGGGAGUGAGCAACUGGUGGAGCAACAUGAUGUGUCUUUUCCACAGCUGGGUCUCAAGUUGCAGUUUGUUGAGCUCCACAGCUUGAGCCAAAGAGAUGCUUUGGAAGAGAGCAGAGCGGUGCCCAGACAUACCAACUGGGAACACCUCUCUUAUAAUCCGGCCUCAGAAUUAUUUGUUUACCUGGGUUGAUGAAUUUGUUAAUAGCAGCAGUGUUGCAGUUUUGUUUAUUUAUUUUAUUUAACGACAUGUAUACAGUCAGGGGGGAAAAAAGUGCACCCUCUUUGAAUUCUGUGGUUUUACAUAUCAGGACAUAAUAGCAAUCAUCUUUCCCUAGCAGGUCUUAAAAUCAGGAAAAUGCAACCUCUGAUGAACAACAACACAUGACAUAUUACAUCGUGUCAUGAUUUAUUAAACAGAAAUAAAGCCAAGAUGGAGAAAACAUGUGCGAAAAACUAAGUACACCCUUACUGCUUCCAUACGAAUUAAGAGGCUAAGCAGCAGGCAAGGACUGCUAAUAAAAUGCCCUUGCUUAAUUGAUCAUCAGCAAGUGUGCCCACUUCUAUAAAAGCAAAGACGAUACAAUGCUCUUAGAGAAGCAACUGCUGCUGCCAAUGAAAUUGGGAAGAGUUCUAAGGGCAUCUUCAACCAGUUUUAAGUUCAUCAUUCUACAAUGAGAAAGAUUAUUCAGAAUUGGAAAAUGUUAAAGACAGUUGCCAAUCUUUACAGGAGUGGGCGUCACAGCAAAUUCACCUCAAGGUCAGACCCUGCGAUGCUCAGAGAAAUUGCAAAAAACCCAAGAGUUACAUCUCAGGCUCUACAGGUCUCAGUUAGCAUGUUAAAUGUUAAAGUUCAUGACAGUGCAAUUAGAAAAAGACAGAACAAGUAUGGUUUGUUUGGAAGGGUUUCCAGGAGAAAGCCUCGUCUCUCUAAAAAUAAUAUGGCAGCAUGGCUUUGGUUUGCAAAGUUGCAUCUGAGCAAACCACAAGACUUCUGGAACAACGUCCUUUGGACAGAUGAGACCAAAGUGGAGAUGUUUGGCUAUAUUGCACAGUGCCAUGUUUAGCAAAAACCAAACACAGCAUAUCAGCACAAGCACCUCAUACCAACUGUCAAGCACGGUGGAGGGGUGAUUAUUUGGGCUUGUUUUGCAGCCACAGGACCUGGGAACCUUGCAGUCAUUGAGUCUACCAUGAACUCCUCAGUAUACCAAAGUAUCCUACAGUCAAAUGUGUGGCCAUCUGCCCAACAGCUGAAGCUAGGCUGACAUCGGGUCAUGCAACAGGACAAGGAUCCCAAGCACACCAGCAAAUCUACAACAGAAGUUUAUACAUUUUAAAGAGAGCUUUCUCUUUUGAUUGAAUCAACUCUUUUUCUAAUCUACAGUAGAUGGUUCUGUAGUGAGAAAAAAGGAGAAAAGAACAGAAUCAAAGUAUUGCAAUGGCCCAGUCAAAAUCCAGACAUCAACCCAAUUGAAAUGCUGUUUGGGACCUUAAGAGAGCUGUGCAUAAAUAAAUGCCAGAAAAUCUCAAUGAACCGAAGCAACGUUGUAAAGAAGAAUGGCCCAAAAUUCCUCCACAACAAUGUGAGAGAUGGAUAAAGUCCUACAGAAAACAAUUACGGUACUUCAUGUUAUUGCUGCUAAAGGUGGUUCUACAGGCUAUUGAAUCAUAAGGUGUACUUAGUUUUUCACACAUGGCUUUUCCAUUUCGGUUUUAUUUCUGUUAAAUCAAUAAUUUCACAGUGUAAUAUGUCAUGUGUUGUUCAUCUGAGGUUGUAUUUACCUGAUUUUAAGACCUGCUAAGGAAUAGAUGAUUCUUAUUAUGUCUUCAUAUGUAAAACCACCAUAUUCGAAGAGGGUGCACUUUAUUUUUCCCAUGACGGUAUGUUGCUGGAUUGUAAGAAAACCUCUUAGCGGUUUACAAAAUAAUAUAAAAACAAAACGUCCGCAAUUUUUAAAAAAAGACUAGUAAAAGUAAGAUAUUAUAAAAGAUGCAAGAGAUCACUAAAAUCAACAGUAGCUGAAAAGAGAUGAAAUGCAAGCAACUUCUGCAUGUCUGGAUAGCCUUGCCUAAACAAAGAUAUUUUUAGCAAGCACCAAAAGGAAUAUAGCAAAGGCCUAAUAUCAAUAGGCAGGAAGUGUAGGUGCUGCCACACUGUAAGAUUGAUUUAUUUGGAGUGUGGAAUAAGAAUUAUGCAGCACCUUUGACAGUGCUAGUUCUGCAGAUUGAAGCAGCCAAGUGGUAAGGCGAUCCUGCAAGUAAACCAAUCCCAAGGUGUUAAAGGCAUUAGUAAUAGCAGCACCUUGAACUUAGUCCAACAGCAGAUAGGCAACCACUGCAGCUCUCUGAGCAGAUGUGUUAUGUGCAGACAGGGCCUCACUCCUGUCAGCAUUCGUGUUGCAGCAUUCUGUACCAACUGCACCCUUCAGGUCAAGCUCAAGGGAAGCCCCACAUAGAGUGCAUUGCAACAAUCCAACCUUGGAAGUCACCAUUGCCGGAACUACUAUGGCCAAGGUUGUUGCUGCUAUUUGUUAGUAGGGCUCAUAGUGUGUGCUCCUGAUGGACACAGAAUGAAGCAGGCAUGAUUCUAGAGCAGAUGCUGUUAGGCUCCAGCUCCCAUCAGCCCCGGCCAAAAUGGCCUGUGCCCAGGGUUUAUGGGAGUUGCUGUCCAAAACCUCUGAAGUGCAGGUUAGGACAGGCUGGUGUAAAGACAAGCCAGUGCAGAGAUUUCACUGGUUGGGCUUUUAAAUUACUGAAUGGAAUAACAGCCUACCCACAGGGCUGGCCCAAUACAUUAGAAUCAUAGAAUCAUAGAGAUGGAAGAGACCACAAGGGCCAUCGAGUCCAACCCCCUGCCAAGCAGGAAACACCAUCAGAGCACUCCUGACAUAUGGUUGUCAAGCCUCUGCUUAAAGACCUCCAAAGAAGGAGACUCCACCACACUCCUUGGCAGCAAAUUCCACUGUUGAACAGCUCUUACUGUCAGGAAGUUCUUCCUAAUGUUUAGGUGGAAUCUUCUUUCUUGUAGUUUGGAUCCAUUGCUCCGUGUCCGCUUCUCUGGAGCAGCAGAAAACAACCUUUCUCCCUCCUCUAUGUGACAUCCUUUUAUAUAUUUGAAUACAUUUUGGCACCUGAGGUAGAUCUCUAAAUAGUGUCCCACUCCAGGGGAAAAGGGGGGAUGGAAGAUCUGCAUCAGGAACAAGGGGGGAAGAAAGAUCGACAUCAGGAUCUGCUGCCCCUGUAGAUCCUGUCGCCUGAGGUGGUUGCCUCACCAUUCUUCAUGGGUGGGCCAGCCCUACCUGCCCACGUCCAUCAAAGCCAUUUCCACUGAUGUCCAUUGUCUGGAGAUUUUCUGCUUAAGGGAUUCUCAACACAAAUAUUCCUACAUCUUCCCAAUGUUGUUGUACUACAACUCCCAUCAUCCAUGACCAUGGCUGAAUUGGCUGGGGCUGAGAGGAUUUGUAAUCUGAGCGACCUCUGGAUCAAAACACAUGGGCAGCCUUUGCCAACCUGGUGCCCUCCAGAUGGUUUGGAAUACAACUCCUAUGAGCCCUAGGGCACAGUUUAGCUUUCACCCUCCUUUAGUGCCAGCCUUGAAGGAGGGGGAGAGGAGGGAUACUUGUGCAAUAAAUUAGUGUUAUUUAUAUGGUGUUUGUGAGUGCUUGCACUUGAAUAUCUUUUUUAAAAAAUAAUAAUAACAUGGAACUGCAGAUCUGUUGGAUAGCUUUUCUCUGAGGCAAGCCUCACACCCACCUUCCUUUGAAUGGGCCCGCAAAUACUGAUUGAUUGAUCCUGAGAAUCUGCAGGAGCUGUGGGCCUUUUUUCUCACCUGGGGACAAAUUAAUGCCUUCCCCAAGCUCCAAUUAAGAUGAGCUCUUCCCAGCACCUGCUAGAGCCUAAACCGCUGUUAGCUAUGCUCCCCCCCGCCGCCCUUUUACUGCUUCCUACUGCAAAGUUGUGCAAGCUUUCUGUCCAUAGUGGGCCCUUGGCAUGCUUUGGCAGGUUCUGGCAGGGUCAAGCAUCACCACCACCCUCUUUUUCCUCCUCCUCCUCCUGCACCGCUCUGUGGGCUUGCAGCCCUGCCCUGUGCAGGGUGAGGCUUUGCUGGCAGAGGGUGGCAUUUUUGAUGCGGUGAUCCCCGCCCAUCCUGUCCUCUCCUUUUCUCUCUUGGCAGGUUUCCUGCCGCUUGGCCUACGUGGAAUGUGUUGUGCGGGUGGGAGAGCAUUAGAAUGCCAGGCUAGAAAGCCAUCCAUCACCCCUCCCCACCCCCUUGGGGAGGACUUCCCUCUGAAAUUCCUUUUCCCACCCUGAACUGGGCAGAUCCUUCCACGGUGCUUACAAUAAACCACCCUGUCCUUUCCCCUCCUUCCCUUUCCUCCCUGCUUUCUUUCAAGCUGCAACGUUUUGAGAGUUCACUCCCAGUACGUGUGCUGCUUUGUUAUUUUAAAUUUAUGUCCUUUGCAGUCACGUUUUAAUUUAUUGCUGGGCUCAGAUGGCUCAGCGCCACCUCCUUAAAUGAAGGAGUCGUCAUUAGGCUGCAUGUUUUGCAACUGACCCAUGGGACAAGGUCAUGUGUGCAAGAGAGAUUGCAAGGUUGGCUUUCUGUGCUUUUAUUUAUUUAUUCCUCUUUAUGAAAACCUACCACACACACACCUGUCCUUGUCCUGGCCUUUCCAUCUAGCCCUCCGAAAUUGCCCCACACUCCCCUCUCCCUUCACCAGGUCUGUUUUGCACGUUCCUAACGAGUUUUUGCCUGGCUGGAAUGUGUCAUUGAACUCUGAUCAUGCCUCUUGCAUGCCUGGACAGAGGGGUGUGCAUAGCCUGUAGCUCAAAGGUAAAAUCUGUGUUCGUAAUGUCUCUGGUCCUGCCACUCAGAAAGUUGCCUAGGAGGAAAUGUUCUGCACCCCAUUAUCACAUGGGGAUAGACCCACUUGGACUGUGCCACCUCAACAGGCACGUGGGAUGGUGCUUAUUGGAGCCCUCUGCUAACUUGCUGUGCUCCAGAGGUUUGGACUUCAAAAUCUGGGUCUGGGGCUGAUGUGAGCUGGAGCCUAACAACAUCUGCUCUAAAAUCAGGCCUGCUUCAUGUUGUGAGCUUCAGGAGCAUACACUGCCAGCCCUACUGAGCAGUAACAACAACCUUAACCAUAGUUGUUCAGGCAAUGGUGACUUCAAAAUCUCCUUGUCUUGCUGGAGGGCAAGUCAUCCCCAGGCAGGACUGACACUGGAUCAUCUCACCUUCCAGAAUCUUUCAAGGGAGAUGCUGGGCAGCCAGCCGUAUACAUGCUCUUUGUGUGUGCGUGUGUUCUGCCACAUGCCUGGGAAAUGGUCAUGCUGGCUUUCGGAACCCAUCCACGAUCAGCAGCCCUGCACCCCCUUACGCCAAAAUGGAGCCAGAGAAAUGUCCUGAGGUUCAUUCUUUCCUCCACCCAUCCUUCUCCUGCCUCCAUCUAUGGCUGCAUUUAUUUCCCAAGCCUAUCUGAAGGGGAACAGCUGCAGCUCAGUGGCAGACCAUCUGCGUUGCAUGCAAAAGGCCCCAGGUACAAUCCCCAGUGGAAUCUCCAAGUGGCACUGGGAGUGACCCCUGUCUGAAAGCCCUAGAGAGCAGCUGCCAGUUGGUGUAGACAGUACUGAGCAAGAUAGACCAAUGCUCUGACUCAGCAUAAAGCAGAUCCCUGUGUUCCUGUUUCUGUCUGAAUUAUGAGGACUAGAACCUUAGUUUAUGGUUAGGAGGAAGACUGUAGCUCAAUGGCUGGGCAUCUGUUUGCACACAGAUGAUCCCAGGUUCAGUCUCCCAACAUCUCCAGGAAGGACUGGGAAUGUCCCAUUCCUGGAAGCCUUGGAGAGUCAUGGCCAGUCAUUAUAGGCAGUACUGAGCUAGAUGGACUAAUGAUAUGUUGAAUAUAUGGCAGGUUCCUAUUUUCCUAAGGAGAUGGUGGUUCUGGAUCUAGAGAUGCAGGGUGGUGGUGGUGGAGGAUCUCCAUAGGAUCUCAUGCAUGUAUGCAGCCAUAGAGUUUGGCUGUAACAUCUGGUGUCUCUGAAUCCUACUGGGUAGGAAAUAGUAUUUGUAACGGGGGCAGGAGAGAGUCAUGGUCACAUUCUGCGUAGCUUCAUGCCUUCCCUGAGGACGGACAAAAUAUGCUCUUAUGAUGUACCAGGCAUCCGGUAUUCUUCUUCCACCAGUGUUGAAACAGCCCCUUUUGUUGUUGUUCUUAAUCCAGCAUCCCUGUUGUUUCCUCCCCUCCCAGAGCCUUGCAAAGAAACCAAAGACAAGGCAGAGUUAACACUACCCUUUCUCAAAGGAGAGAGAGAGAGAGAGGGAGCUCUCUGCCUACUUCCCUUUCCUCCGUCCCUCUACGGUUUGUCCCUGCCAACUCCAGACUCGGUCAUUAAAAGAAUGCCAGCUUUUUCUUUUUCCCUUUUACACCUCUUCUUUCCUUCUCCCAUUUCAGAGUGGAGUGUGUGCCCGGGCUGAAACCUUAGUCCAGACCUUGCCAGAUCUAGCCACCUCUUGGCUUAACUCUUCUCAUUCCACCCAUAUUUGAAAGCUGUCUACUCCAAAAGGUUUGAGUGGGGGGUGGGAAGGCUGUGGAGAAGUGCUCCCAACCUUCCAGCCUCCCCCUUCCCCAGCAGUGAAUCACACACAGAGGAAUCUUGGGCAGCUGCAAUGCACCCCUUUCUCCAACCGCCUUACGGGGGUGUUGCUUGUGUUAAAAGAUUUUCAGAAAUCAUGUGCUGACUGUGAUUCAUCCCGCCACAUUAUUUUUAGUCACUUUCUCUUCCCUCUUCCCUCUCCCCGCCCCCUGCCCGGUGCCAAAAUGUGGCAAUUUCCCUUUUGAAGACCUUCCUCCAUCUUCGGCUUUCCAGACAGGAUUCCUCUUUUGUGGAUGUUACGUCAAUUUCCAGAGCGCUGUGAUUGUAACUCUGACACUGGCACAGGCGCAGCCCAGCCUUGCCUGUUUAACUCUUCCUUCUUUUUAACCCUUCUCCCUCUCCCUCAGCUGGUUGGGCUUGUUAGGAAAUGUAGGAAGCUGCCUUCUACAGAACUAGGCCAUUGGUCCAUCAAGGUUAUCAUUGUUUGCACUGACCAGCAGUGACUCUUUAGGGUUCCAGACAGGACUCUCUCCCAACCCUGCAUGGAGACAGCAAGGGUUGAACUGGGACUCUCUCUUUACAUGCCUAUGAUCUGAGCACCACAGCACUCUCCCCUCUUGUGAUUCCCAGCAGCUGGAUUUCAGGGGGUCCAGUUUGCAAGGCUGUGUUAUUGUUUUGUUUUAUGGAAGAUUUGUCUGUAUGGCAUUGGGGCAGAGGGCUCCAUUUUCUCUUUCUGUCCUGUCUAGGAGGCUGGGAAUAGCCUCUCCUACUGAAUAGGAUCAUUUUGAUUGACCCUGAUUGCUGUAGGUUGCAGUUUUUCAACCUUGUUUCCCCAGAUGUGUCGGACUGCAGCUACCAUCAUCCCUGAGCGUUGAUGGAGUUGUUGUCCAACUCCAUCAUAGAAUUGUAGAAUUGAAAGGGUCCAUGAGGGCCAUCUAGUCCAACCCACUGCAACGGAGGAAUCACAACUAAAGCAUCUGUGACAGAUGGCCAUCCAACCUCUGCUCAUAUAUUGGAAGCACUGGGGCAACCCAGUUAGAUAGGUGGGGUACAAAUUAUAAAAUUGUUGUUGCUGGUUCAAAAAAGCCACUUCCGCCCUUCAAGGAGAUGGAGUUGCAAGCUUCACGACCCCCACCAUGCGCACGGCUGAAGUCCAGCCCUGCUGAUUGGGGGGAUUCCCGGCCACGUCAUCCCCUGGCCAGCCAAUUGGCUAGCUCUGGGGGCGUGGCCUGCCCUACUUAAAGCAGGAUGCAACCAGGGAUCUCCCUCUUUUCCCCACCUGCCAGCUGUUCUGCUUAACCCUUCCUGGACUUCAAGCAGACGGACUGAAUUCGGAUAUAGUCGGUUAGGACCAAUGCCUAAGCCAAUACCCUUCAUCACCUGUAACCAAUAAAGUUGUGGCCUUAUUUAGCCCAUUAACGUUAAUAAUUGUGUCAUGUGUCGUUAUUUCAACUGGGGGGGGGGGAUUCGCCAUGCAAAACCAAGGAAGGGGAGUCUACCACCUCUCGUAGGAGUCUCUUUCACUGUCAAACAGCUCUUAGUGUGAGAAAGUUCUUCCUGAUGUUUCGUUGGAAUCUCCUUUCUUGUUACUUGAAGCUGUUGGUUCAUGUACUAACCUCCAGAGCAGGAGAAAACAAGCUUGCUCCAUCUUCCAUGGGACAAUUCCAUAAAUUGUUGCUCAUAACGCUUGGUUUCCAGACCCUUGAUUAUCUUGGUUGUCCUCCUCUACACACAUUCCAGCUUGUCAAUGUCCUUAAACUGUGGUGCUCAGAACUGGAUACAGUAUUCUAGGUGUGGUACUAUUACUUCCUUUGAUCAGGCUGAGGACAAUGGGACUUGUAAUCAAUUGGCAUCUGGCAGGGGAUGGUGCGAGUUGUAAUCCAACAACAUCUGGGAACUCAUGGUUGAAGAACACUGCUCACUUCUCUAAGAGACACAGAGUUGACGCUCCCCCUCCCCUUAAAAAUAAAAGCACCUUCCCCUUUUCUCUUCCAGGUAUUUCUGAGGACAACAAGGUAGAGGCUCCUGCAUUCACUGAUGCCGUCCGCAUGUACCGCCAGUCUAAGGACCAGUAUGGCACAUGGGACAUGCUUUGUGGCAAUGAAGCACAGGUGAGUCUUUGAGGGAGCAGCCCAGGAAAUUAAUUCCUAGGUAUGCUUGACAACCUGAGGUCAUAAGAACAUCGGAAACAGCCUUAUACUGAGUCAGAACAGUGGUCCUUCUUGCUCAAUGUUGUCUACUUUGACUGGCAGAUGCUCUCCAGGAUUUCAGAUUGGAGUCUCUCCAAGCCCCACCUGGAGAUUCACUACCAGUCAGUGCAGACAGUACUAGGCUAAAUGAACCAACAAUCUGGCCCAGUUUAAGCCAGCUUCCUUUGUUUCUACCUCCCAGUGUGUGGCCAGUGCUGUCACCUGCCUUGGCACUGGUUUUGCCAUCACUUAGGCGCCAGGCAAAGGUAUUUCUUUUGUACCUACAGGAGUUUGGGUAGCACCAAUGACUGGAUGUUUUUAACCCAACUAUGUUUUAUGGAUUGGUCUUAUUGUACCUUAGUCUCAUUGUGAAUUGUUUCAGGGCUUUUCGUUGUGGGAAGCAAUACAAUAAAUCGAACCAACCUUUCCUUACCUUUAUACCUAAUCCAGGUCUUGAGCAACUUGGUGAUGGAGGAACUUCUUCCUGAGCUGAAGAACAUGAUUGGGCCCCGCCUGAAGGGCAAAAUCCAAGAGAGACACAGAGUUUGGAUACAGGUGAGUGUGCGCUGAGCAUGCACCAGGUCGCACUCUGUAAUAUGCAAGCAUAUGGAACUCUCUGCUGCAAGGUCCCAAGUUUGAUCCCUGGCAUCACCAGGUAGGGUUGAGAGACACUCCCUGCUUCAAACUGUGGAUAGCCACUAUCAGUCAACGUAGACAAUACAGAGCUAGGUCUGUAUUGGUAUUGGUCAGACUUUGUAUAAGGCAGCUUCCUAUGUCCCAGUGUUGCUCCAGGAAUGUGGGAGCCUCUGGCUCUCUGAAUGUUGUUGAACUAUAACUCCCAUCAUCCCUGACCAUUGGCCUGGCUGGAGCAUGCAGGAAUUGGACACCUGCCAAAUCUGGAACUCUACAGGUUCCCCAGCUCUGUCUCCCUACUUCCCUUAUGAAUGGAAAACAGGAUUUCUCCACCAGAAAUUUCUCCAUGCAUUUGUGGCCCUGCCCAUUUCCAGGCUACAUUCAGUCAAAAAAAACCCCAAACAAACAAAAACCAGGCAUUUAGCUGUAAGAUAAUUAUGGCCCAGAAUGUCAAAAGACCUCGGGUGGGAAGAAAAUAUAUAUACUGUUUGAAAACCAGGAUAAAUAUUUCCUUGUGAGCCAUUUUUAAAAAUAGAUUGGCAGAAAACUCCCUUUUAAACAAAUAUUCAGCUCCCGGUGGCUGCCUUCCAAACACUGCAGUAUAAUGAGGACAUUCCCUCCAGCACACCGGAGCCCUGUGUGGAAGAGUAAAAAAAAACCUCACAAGACCCCUUUUGCAUGCAUCUUCUCCAAAUUUCUUAAUACUUCCUUAUUUAUAUGUAGGGCUGCAGGUGUACCCUGUGAUUCUGUGCCGGGAGACGUCACGGGAAUUUAUAAUCGGGCUCAGAAUUAAUCCUCCUGUACAUCUCAGCAUUCUUCAUGUAUCUAUCUAUAUCUGUAUAUAUGCGUGUGUGUGUGUGUAUAUAUGCGUGUGUGUGUGUAUGCGUGUAUAUAUAUGUGUGUGUGUGUGUGUGUGUGUGUGUGUGUGUGUGUACACACACACACACACACACACUGCUUUUCUUCUAGAAAAAAAGAUGCCAGUACUGUAUACUCUUGAGCGUCCCCAGAAAAAAUCUCUGUCUAUAUCUAUACAGUCAUACCUCGGGUUGAAUAUGCUUCAGGUUGAGCGUUUUCGGGUUGUGCUCCGCGGCAACCCAGAAGUAACGGAGCCCGUUACUUCCGGGUUUCACAGCUCACGCUUGCGCAGACGCUCAAAAUGACAUCACUCGCAUGCGCGGAAGCGGCGAAUCGCGACCCACACACGCGCGGAUGCGGGUUGUGUUCGCAUCAGGAUGCGAAAGGGGCUCCGGAACAGAGGUAUCACUGUAUUCAGGUUUCUAGUCCUUAUGAAAGUUUGUGUAGAUGUCCUUGAAAGUGCAGCUAAAAAAAUGCAACAGAGCAGCUGAGCAAGACUUGUGUGCAGUGUUUAUUAACAUUGAAAUUUUAAUUUAUGGGAUAGUCAUAGAUCACAGAAUCAGAGUUGGAGGGGACUACGGGGGUCUAGUCCAACUCUCCGCAAUGCAGUCUUAUUGUUAAUAUCACCUGGCAAGGUUUUGGUCGCCCCCCCCCCCUUUUUUUGUUAUGCUCGCAAAUAAAAAUCCUUUAAUAAUGAGAGUGUGAGAGUUUAGGUGAUAUUUCAGGACCUGCUACCAUGCCACUGUUUUUUCCUUUCAUUAUAGCGGUGGGGGAAAUAUGUGUUGCUUUGCAGAAGGGAUGUGGGACUUGUGGCCCUCAAUAUCUUGCUUGACUUCAGCCCCCAUCAUCCCUGACCAUUAGCCAUGUUGGCUGGGGCAGAUGGGAAUUGGAGUCCAAGAACAUUGGACGGGCCACAGGUUUCUGCCCCUGUUCUAGGGAAAGGAGUAUAAAACCAUGCAAAUAGCAGAGUUUUGUGUGGCCUGGUCUGCUCCAAUUAAGGGGCACAAAAUUUAGAUUUCUUGAGUGCACAUUUUUUCUCAAUUUUUAACAGCUUCUCAUUUUAUUUUUGCUUUUCCUUAACAGUAGAACAAAUUGAUAUGAUCAAUAGAAUGGGAGAGGGGCAGAGAAAGAUCAGCAAGGGAUCACAGCAGUUUGUAUCAUACACUUAAAGUAAAUACUAUUUGUACAAAUUUAAAAAGAAGUAGUAGGUGUUCGGAUGGCGGAGGGAAGGAGAAAAAAUGGGGGGGGGGGUUCCCACAGAGCCUGAUGGGCAUAUACUUUGUGCAAACAAUUCUAAGUGCAAAUCCCAGAGUGAAAAUCUUUUCACUUUCUCUCUGUUUUUGGUUUUCCCCAUAGAACAGGUCGUUCUAAUUUAUUAAUCUCUGCACCCCUGCACAUGUACACAUGUUCUGUUGCGAGCUGCAGGGCAUAUCUUACCCUUGCUGCAAUAACCUUGAUGUUUUAUUAUGUGUUGGAAGCCUCCCAGAGUGGCUAGGGCACCCCAGCUAGAUGGUUGGGGGAGAAGGAGGAGGAGGAGGAGGAGUUGCCUGUCUCUUGAUGGCUCACUAAGAAGGAUGCUCUCCCUGCAACCUUCCAUCUUAUCCCCAAAAAACCCUUCCCCAUCUUUUCCUAGGUCUCUGACGCUGUGUAUAGGAUGGUCUACGACCAGACCAAAGUCCAGUACGACGAAGCUGUGGUUAAAUGCGAGGUUGAGAAGCCUGGGAUGACCAGCACCAUUCGCACAGAUAUGGAUCAGAUCAUCCAAUCGAAGGAGCACCUGGCCAGCAAAAUCCGAGGUAGGGGAUGGAGAGAGAGACCCUUUGCUUUGUGGAAAGGGCCGUGGCUCAGGGCAAGGCCCCUGCUUCUCAUGCAUGAGUUCAAUCCCCAAUGGCAUGUCCAGUGAGGGCUGGGAAAGACUCCAGUCUGAAACCCAGCAGGAGCCAGCCAGUGUAGGCAACACUGAAUUAAAUGGACCAACAGCCUGACUCAGUGUAUAGCAGCAUCUUAUGAAGGGAAGGGAUGUAGCUCAGUUGUAGAACAUUGGCUUUGCAUGCAGAAUGUCCUGGUUCAAUCCCUGGCAUCUCCAGGGGGUUGGAAGAGACUUCGUUUUGAAAUCAUGGAGUGCUGCUGCCAGUCAGUGUAGACAAUACUGAGGUAGAGGGACCAGCUGUCUGACUUAGCAUGAGACAUUUUCAAACUGUUAAGACUAGUGGUUCUCAAAAGCUUUUGCUCUGGGCUACACUUUAAGAAUAUAUUUUUUCUUGUGUCACACAAGAGUUUUUGUCUGUUUUUUAGACAUUGGAAAACACAACUAGGAUUGUCCUCAUUGUCACUUGAUGCUUUUGAUCUCAUUUUGAAAAGAUACUUAUCCAUAUUGUGCAAAUAAAAAUAAUAAUAUUUUUGAUACUAUACUAUACUAUACUAUACUAUACUAUACUAUACUAUACUAUACUAUAGUGGCAGCAACCAUUUUAAGCAUGUCCAAUUGGCGUAUGAUUGUCAACAUAUGGGUCCUUUUGAUCCCGGAAGUGGGCAGAAUGGUGGCAGGGGACGCUUAUGCAUGCUCCGCCAGCAUGCGUGGUAGCCGGGGAUGAAUCCCCUGCACAAAAUAGUUAGACCAAUUAGAUCAAUUAAACUUUUUAUUGCACUAGCCGUAGGCCAUGGCAUCAUUCAGAAGGAGAACAAAAAACAAACAAAAAACAAUAACCAUAAAAAUCAUUGGGCACCACACAUACAAUAAAACCAUGGUCACAGCUACUAAAAUUAUUUGUUGCAUUAAAUAGAAUAGAAUAGCAGAAGAUCCUCGGGUAAGAUGUGCCAAAUGAAAUAUCCAAAUCCCCUUUGCAGUUGCACAAAAUAGUUGCUGUACUAUACUACCCUGGAAUAUUUAAAUGUUUCUUUGGUUGUCCUUGAAUCUGCCCACCACACUUGCCACCCUCUCCUGCCACACCCCUGGAGAACCACAGGGGGCAGCAUCUCCUUGGUUAAUGGUUUCAGAGCACCUAUCUGUGGGUUUUCUGCAACAUCAGGGAUUGGGAUAGAUCAGCGGUCAGCAAAGUUUUUCAGCAGGGGGCCAGUCCACUGUCCCUCAGACCUUUUGGGGGGCCGGACUAUAUUUGGAAAAAUCAAUAAAAAUGAAUGAAUUCUUAUGACCCAGAGAUGCAUUUUAAAUAAAAGCACACAUUCUACUCAUGUAAAAACACCAGGCAGGCCCCACAAAUAAGCCAGAGAUGCAUUUCAAAUAAAAGGGCACAUUCUACUCAUGUAAAAACAUGCUGAUUCCUGGACCGUCCAUGGGCCAGAUUUAGAAGGCGAUUGGGCUGGAACCUGCCCCCAGGCCUUAGUUUGCCUACCCGUGGGCUAAAUGACCUUUCAAGGCAUUUUCCAACCCUGGUUGUUAUCUGUAUGAUCGAUCGUACGGCGUUUGCUAGUUGCCUGCACAGGUGUCCAGAUCUGGGGUGCAGGUUUGUGGAGGCAGUUCUAACCUCCCUGACUCUUCUUCAUCCAGCCACAGUCUUCUCUAAAGCAGAGAUCUGUGUUCGGAACCACGUCCAGCCUUACAUCCCUUCCAUCCUGGAGGCACUUAUGAUACCCACCAGCCAGGGCUUUGCUGAGGUGCGGGAAGUCUUCUUCAAGGAGGUGACCGACAUGAAUAUGAACAUCCUCAACGAAGGAGGAAUGGAGAAGAUGGGGGAGGUAAGCUAGAGGUCUUGGUGGCAAAAGAGGAAAUUUGGGGUUGGGGCAAACAUUGUAGGGGAGGGUCUUCAGCAUAAGACGCCUCAGACUUCAGCAAAAGGACCUGGAAAUUAGUUACCGUAUUUUCUUUUUACCCUAGCUUUUUCUUUUUUUUUCUUUUUGAGAAGCAAAGUGGCUAGUAAGCCUGAUCUUUAUUAAAGGAAACAAACAGUUGCAACAGGGUCCCCACUCACCACAUGCAGGAGGGAGGAGAACCCUGAACAAUGGUCUUAUGUAGAUUAUGUAGAUUUUUUUUAAAUUAAAUAUUUUAUUAAGGAUUUUCUUGUUUUACAGAAGUAAGUGUAAUGCCUCGUAUUUUUUCCCAUGUAACAUUUUUACAAAUCCGUUUCAUUUGUUGAGGCAUUAGGGGGAGAAGAAAAAGAAAAAGAAAAAAAAGAAAGGGGGGUGGAGGGAGGGAAGAUGGAUGGGGGUGGGGUCGGGUGGCGAUGUUUCUAUUACGCUUAAUGUAUGUAGGGUUUGGUGUCAACGUUGCUUGUGCUGUUCACUUGUGUUCCUUUGGUGGUGAGAGAGGUUGGGGUUGGCCUAGGGUGUGGUUGUUUGUUUGUGAUUGGCUGUGGUGAUCUUUGUUUUCGUGUGUGAGUGGGGUAGGUGGGUGUUUUGGAUCAGGUUAGCCAUAUUGAUUUGUAUGCUGUUGGUGGAUUUUUGUCAUUGUCUUGUUGGGCUGUGUAUGUGAUAAAGGGGAGCCAUACCGGGGUGAAGGCGUCUUCUGUUUGUCCCCGUGUCAGUUUCAGUUUAUUAGUUAAUUUUUCUAGUAGGGCUGUUUCCCAUACUAUUUGGUAUUUACCCUAGCUUUUAGCCCUUAAUAUGAAGGGUUUCAAUUACCUGUGGCCUCUUUUAGUGGGACAGUAUCUGCAAUAACUAUUUGAAUAGAUGUGGUAUUCUUCUAAAAGUUCUCAUGGGUUGCAUUUCCUAUAAUUGGUUUCAUAUAGUAUUUGUAAGCCUCUUUGGGUUACAGUGGUGCCUCGCAAGACGAAAUUAAUCCGUUCUGCGAGUCUCUUCAUCUAGCGGUUUAUCGUCUUGCGAAGCAACCCGCUUAGCGGAUUAGCGCUAUUAGCGGUUUAGCGGCUAUUAAAGGCUUAGCGGCUUAGCGGCUAAAAGGCUAUUAGCGGCUUAGCGGCUUAGAAAAAGGGGGGGAGCGAAAAAAAUCGCAAGACUCGCAAGACUUUUUCGUUUUGCGAAGCAAGCCCAUAGGGAAAUUCGUCUUGCGAAGCGCAUCGAAAAACAGAAAACCCUUUCGUCUAGCGGGUUUUUCGUCUUGCGAGGCAUUCGUCUUGCGGGACACCACUGUACUUUUUUGAGGAAAGCACUAAUAAGUGGUCGUGGUAGUAAAAAUAAUACAAAUCCUUCUAUAUACAUAAAAAUGUAAGGCUGUCAUCAUGUUCCAGUAUGGUAGGCAGGUGAGUGAGCAGCAGCGUGGGAGGCAGGUGGCCCUGGUGAACUGUUUAAUGGAGGUGGGGAGAGGUACUUCAGAGAGCAGUUUGCUAAGCCACUCUCUGAAGCCCUUCACCCUCCUUUAAAAGGGGUGGGGUUUUGGGUGAGCUGGGAGAGGAGAGGAAGGGGAGUUUGGGCAAGCCAUGAGGGGAUAGGCCAGGGGGUGGGUGAGGCGUAAAGGGAGGGGGUGGGUGGGGGAAAGGGGGUGGCAAGGGGGUUGUUGAGCAGAGUAAGCAGAGACAGAAGCCUCUAGUAGCAGUUGUAAUUAGUAGUACAGUAGUACCUCUGGUUGCGAACGGGAUCCGUUCCGGAGGCCUCUUCGCAACAUGAAAAGCGUGCAACCUGAAGCGCCGUAUCAGCGCAGGUGGGCAGUGUGAUUUGGUGCUUGUGUGCAUGCGCGAAGCGCGAUUUAGUGCUACUGCACAUGUGCGAGCAGUGAAAUCCGGAAGUAACCCUUUCCGGUACUUCCGGGUCACCGCAGGACGCAACCUGAAAAAACAUAACAUGAAGCAAACGUCACAUGAGGUAUGACUGUAAUAGUAGUAGUAGUAGUAGUAGUAGUAGUAGUAGUAAUGUUUUUUCCUCUCUCUGCUCCUCCAGUACAUGGAAAACCUUUCCCAGCUGGCUUUCCACCCAGUCAAGAUGCAGUCCUGCUAUGAGAAGAUGGACCAGUUGAAGCUGGAAGGGCUGCAGCAGAGGUUUGAUGUGUCCAGCGCCUCUGUGUUUAAGCAGCGGGCCCAGAUCCUGAUGAGACAGGUAGGGACUGCCUUGCCAGAUCGGACCAAAAGCCAGCCUCGUUGACAGUAUCUGGCAAACUUGCAAACAGCUCUUUGGAUCCCAGGAUUCAAAGGGGAGGACAUCUUUAUUUCAGCCCAAGGGUCAUAUAUCAGGGGCCAUGAGUUGGUGGUAGGUGCGACUGGCAGUAAUAGUGGGCAGAGCAAUGGAUGUGACUCUUUGUAGAGUGAGACUACAUCCGAGAACUCAAGACGUUUCUGCAGGCAUGCAAACAUUGUAUCAUAUUCCUGUUGCUAUCUAGAUUUAAAUAUGGUCAGGGGUGGUGUACAACUUUUUUUUUAUCUUUCUACCCAGUGGGCCAGAUCCGCAUAUACCCUAAUGCAGACACAGGCAAACUUGGCCCUCCAGAUGUUUGGGGACUACAACUCCCAUGAUCACUAGCUAACAGGACCAGUGGUCAGGGAUGAUGGGAAUUGUAGUCCCAAAACAUCUGGAGGGCCGAGUUUGCCUAUGCUUGCCCUAAUGCUUUGUGGGCCAAAUUUGGCUGGUGGGUGUGACUGCUCAGCAGUGAAUUCCCUGAGAACACAAUGAUUUAUUGAGCGUCUUAGAAGACACACCAGCUUACUUAAGAAGCAGGAAGAAACCAUUGAUAUAAUUGAGCCUCCCCACUUCAUUUUAGAAGGCAGAGUCAGUGCCAGCCUCUUCUUGCUCCUGGUGCUGGUGGAUAGUGGGAGUUUGCUCCCCCCCCCCUCAGCAAAGGAACAAUUGUGAGCUCACUGGAAGCUCUUGAUUGUUCCUUUGAAGCAAUGUUGGUACCCACCCAAAAACUUGUUAAUGAACUGGACUAACCGAGAAUCACAAAAUUGUAGAGUUGAAAGGAACCCCUAAGGGUCAUGUAGUCCAACCCCCUGUAAUGCAGGAAUCACAGCUCAAUAAUCCAUGGCAGAUAGUCAACCAACCUCUGUUGAAAAACCUCCAAUGGAGGAGAGUCUACAACUUCCUGAGGGAAUCCAUUCCACUGUCAAACAGCUCUUACCACCAGGAAGUUCUUCCUAACGUUUAGUCAAAAUCUUCUUUCUUCUGAUUUGAAUCCUUUGGUUUGCGUCCUGCCCUCUGGGGCAGAAAACAAGAUUGUUCCAUCAUAGAUCCUUCAACUUAGAUUCAUCAUUUUCAGUAGGUUAGGUAAAGGUAAAAGGACCCCUGACCAUUAGGUCCAGUUAUGGCUGACUCUGGGGUUGCGGCGCUCAUCUCGCUUUAUCAGCCAAGGGAGCCGACGUACAGCUUCUGGGUCAUGUGGCCAGCAUGACUCAGCCGCUUCUGGCGAACCAUAGCAGCACACGGAAACGCCGUUUACCUUCCCGCUGAAGUGGUACCUAUUUAUCUACUAGCACUUUGACGUGCUUUCGGACUGCUAGGUUGGCAGGAGCAGGGACCGAGCAACAGGAGCUCGCCCCGUCGUGGGGAUUCGAACCGCCGACCUUCUGAUCAGCAAGUCCUAGGCUCUGUGGUUUAACCCACAGUGCCACCCGUGUCCCAGUAGGUUAUCAGUAAAUUAUCCCUAACUAAAUUCCAUGCAAAGUGGACCCAUUAGUGUCAACUUUGAGUAGGACUAGCAGUGGAUGGAACCCAUUGUUCUGAAUCUCCGCCCCCCAUUGAACCUUUUACCCCAAUUCCCCCCAAAAGGGAGGGAUUCACUCAGCUCUCACCCCAAUCAGAUGAAUCAACCAAGCUGAGAGAGUAGCCCUUAGUACUAUUGUCACCCAACUUCACUAGAUGUCCCAGAGCGUUGCCAUUUUUUUUAAAAAAGAGAGCUAAACCUUCACUUAUCGUAUUUUUUGCUCUAUAAGACUCACUUUUUCCCUCCUAAAAAGUAAGGGGAAAUGUGUGUGCGUCUUAUGGAGCGAAUGCAGGCUGCGCAGCUAUCACAAAAGCCAAAACAGCAAGAGGAAUUGCUGCUUUCACUGCACAGUGAUCCCUCUUGCUGUUCUGGCUUCUGAGAUUCAGAAUAUUUUUUUUCUUGUUUUCCUCCUCCAAAAACUAGGUGCAUCUUGUGGUCUGGUAGAGUGUCUUAUAGAGCGAAAAAUACGGUAAUUUAAUCACAGGGCCUCCAGUGAUGUUUGUGUGUGUUCUUUGUUGUAAAAUCACCAUUUGGGUUACUUUGCUGUUGAAGAAAUUUUCAGCCUAGCACAACCCCCAACUUCUGGUGAAUAGGUCUUCUCUGUGACCCUGUUUGGGCAGGGAAUUGCCACCACUGCCCUCUAGUGGCCAGGAUGAUUUGUACAUGUUUUACAAGCCAUACAUUCUCGUUUUAAGUUUUUUUGUUUAUGUGCAGUUUGGGUUCUCUUUCUUCCAUGUAAUAAUUCAAAUCAAAAACAACAAUGACAUCCAAAUGAACUUAGGCAUGCUGUAAAAUUACACAAUCGAAAGGUUUAAGAGCAUAAUUGUGACACUUAUUUUAAUUUCAGAAGGUAAUUUUUUUUUUUGCGGCUAAGCUAUCAAAUCCGAACAUCUGUAGAAUGUCAUAGUGCUUCUCCAUCAAGUGUCAAUGGCGCUUCAGCAAAGAGGUCUGUAGAGGCAGAGCCCCAAGCAAAUCAGGGUUUAAAACAGUUAUUCCAAAGCCAGCGGUCUUCUAAGCAACAUGAUUCAGUGUUUUAUAUCUUUUAAAUAAACGGUUACUUGUUGUUUUUGGGUGUUGCAGCAAAUGGAUGAUACCGUGUACACCUUUGAGACGCUCCUUCAUCAGGAGGUGGGGAAAUCGCCAGACAAAGAUGAGCUCUGCAAAACCAUUCAGCGCAUCCUGGAGCGGGUGCUUAAGGUGAGCCUGCCUGCCGACCUUUAGGUCCAUUUGCACUGGAUCGGACCUGCCAGGCUGGCUUCUGGAAGAAGCAAAUAGAAUCAUAGAAAUGUAGUUGGAAGGGAUCUCAAGGGGCCAUCUAGUCCAACCCCCUGCAAUGCAGGAAUCUUUUGCCCAGCGUGGGACUUGAACCCACAACCCUGAAAUUUAAGAGUUUCAUUGUCUGCUGACUGAGCUGUCCUGGUUGAGAACUGUUGGUAGCCUAUCAAGCCACAUGGCAUUAGGUCAGGAACGGGGGAAAUGUUCUCUUUCCUUUUUACAUUCUUAUUUUGUUCAUUAAAUUUUUAUGACAUUUAACAACACCGUACACACAAGUAAUAAAAUAUCACCCAAGAAGAUGGUAUUCAGGGAAUGCAUGCAGAAUAGCAUCCAAAUAGCAUAAUAAGUUCCUAUCCCAGUCAACCAUCUGUACAUAAGGUGAUAAACAGUGUAUUUUUAAUUCCAUUACAUUUUAUUUAUCACUUAUUUAUCCCACCUUUCAUCCAAGAGUUCAAGAUAGCAUACAUAGUUCUCCUCCCCAUUUUAUUCUCACAACAACUCUGUGAGGUAGGUAGAGAGUGAGUGACUUGGCCCAAGGUCACCCACUGAGCUUCAUGGCUGUGUAGGGAUUUAAACCCUGGUCCUCCGUGUCCUAGUCUGACACUCUAACCACCUCGUCUCACUAGCAAAAGUUUUCUAAAGUUAUAAAAUACCUCCGUUUUCAUUUUCAGCCAUGUGCAUAACAAAUCUGUGCCAGCGAAAGAUUCUCUGUGCUUCGUGCCUCGUGCCAAUUUUAUUUUAUUAUUCAAUUUCCCCACAAGUGCGAUUUGCCAUACUUCAUUGUACCAAUUUGUCAGAGAAACACCUUCUUAGGUAUCUCGCUAUUACAAGCCUGACCACUAGCAGAGAAGAACUUGCUAGACAUUCCAGCUGUAAGUGAAUAUCACUUGUCAUGAAAAGAUUGGGAAGAUUGGAAAUUUAGAGGCAUUUUGUUCAGUAAUGGCUUUUAUUUUGGACAAAUACUUCCUCCCAGAACCAAGCCAAUUUGCCAUACGUCCACUGCAUGUGCCAUUCCACAGCCUCUCCAACAGUUUAGUGAGUAGGAGGUGCUAAUAUGAACUAACCGCAUAGGCAUCAGGUGCCAUUUUUGCACUAUUUUAAGUGCUGUCUCUUUUGUCAAGACAGAUUUAAAAGGAAAUCUGGCUUUUGCCUUCCCACACCUGCCUGAAACCAUCUGCCGUACCCAUUUGGUUACAUGUUGUGGAAAUGUUUUCACCCCAAGGAAAGCGUUCCUUCUGGGCAACUUUGUAGGAGGCCAUAGCCAGCGGAGGGCAGAGUCAUAGGGGAAAAGUGGACAGGGCAAUGGAUGCAAACUUUCACUUUGCACAGCAGGCUAAUUUCUACAUUCACCCCUCGCUACCUGCCACCCAGACAAGCAAGAGGCAUGAUAAGAGUUUGAUGACACAUUGCAGCCAGGCAGGAACCCUCAAGGAAGGGGGGCAAGCAGGGGCAGUAAAGGGGUUGGUGUGGGAGAGGGUGGUGGUGGUUGAGGAGUUGUAGCUCCCCUAAGCCCAGAUAGCAAGGCUUGGUGGGUUGCAUUUGUCCUCUAGGUCUGAGGUUAGGCAGACCACUCUUCUCUUACAUGGUUUAAGUCCCUUCCCUCUGUCUCAGUGGUGUGACUCUCUGCCCCCUCUUUUCUCUCCUCCCUGCAGAAAUAUGACUAUGACAGCAGCACAGUAAGGAAGAAGUUCUUCCGGGAGGCCCUGCUCCAGAUCACCAUCCCCUUCCUGCUGAAGAAGCUGGCCCCCACUUGCAAAGGGGUAAGCACAAGCCCCCAAGAGGAAGAGGGGUGCGCACAAAUGCAAGGGCAAGCAAAGCCUCCCUUUCAGAAGGCGUGUGCUAGCAUCAUGGCCGAGAGGAAGAACCUCUGGCACGAGGACCUCAUUCGGCCUACCAUACCAUACAAUAGUUUUUAUUGUUAUUGUCCCAUACAGAACAACGAAAUUGAAAAAAUCUACAUCAGACAUUCAAAAACCAACAAGCCUGCUAUCCCAGCCUGGUUAGCCGCCCAAAAACUCUGAUACCCCAUAAUUAAAUACAAUAUACUCCCAUAGAGACUACCUUACACUGCAUUUUAAACCAAAAUCACAUUUGGAUAGGUAAAGGUAAAGGGACCCCUGACCAUUAGGUCCAGUCGUGGCCGACUCUGGGGUUGCGGCGCUCAUCUCGCUUUAUUGGCGUACAUGUGGCCAGCAGGGCGAACCAGAGCAGCACAUGGAAAUGCCAUUUGCCUUCCCGCUGGAGUGGUACCUAUUUAUCUACUUGCACUUUGACGUGCUUUCAAAGUGCUAGGUUGGCAGGAGCAGGGACCGAGCAAUGGGAGCUCACCCCAUCACGGGGAUUCGAACCGCUGACCUUCUGAUCGGCAAGUCCUAGGCUCAGUGGUUUAACCCACAGCACCACCUGCGUCCCAUUUGGAUAUGUCUCCUCAAUUGACCCACAAGAUAAUUUGGGCCAAGCCAUGCUGUCCUGUUCUGCACUUGACAUCCUGAUGAUGCCAAGAUGUGGCAAACAAUGAUCUUGCUUAGCUUAAAGGGCAGUUUGCCAUCAUAGCUGAUCAGAGCAUCUGCAAAGCUCUCCACAAUACCUGACAAUCUAUUGAUAACCAACUCUCACCAGUAAAAAAAAAAAAAUAAGGGUAAAAAAUAAGCAUGUAUUCAAAACAUUUGAAAAGAAUAAAAUCAGCAAUAAGCUAAAACCAUAUUAAAAUACAUGGCAGCGUCCACAUGUCGAGAAUAAGUUUGUCCAAAGGAAAGUGUUUUCAGCAGGCUUCGAAAAGACUACGGGGGAGACUGCCGGAUGUUAAAAGGCAGGGAGUUCCAAAGUGCAGUUGCUGCUGCACUAAAAGAUCAAUUUCUUACAAGUGCAGAAUAUUAACAUCACACAGACCACAGGCUGAAGCAGAGUGGGUGCUUAUGGGAUAAUGUGAUUCUGCAAGUAAGUGCUAAUGGAACAGCCUGCACCGGGCAGCAACUCUCACCACCCCUAACUGGGGCUGGUGGGAUUGGAGUUCAACAACAUCUGGAUACGCCACUGGUUUCCUUUUGCUGGUUGUUGUGUAAAUGUUAUGCAUAACUUUUUAAAAAUGACAACAGUAAAACCACUCUUGUCUAUAAGGUUCUUCAGAUUGCACUUUGCUUGGGCAAUUCUGUACGGCAGAAAAACUUUCAUAAUUUUUAAAUCAAAUACACUACAGCAAGAAAGAAAGAAUAAAAUAAUGAUAAUUAAUUAAAAUAAUGUUUAAGGGCUGUUACUAUUAGAGAGUCUCUUUCCCAGUCAAUUCUAUUCUUCACUUCACUUCGUUUUGUUGAGUGUGGGUCUUCCUUCCCCCUCUCUCUCCUUUCUUAUUUUUCCCUUUUUCUGUUGUUCCUUCAAAAUACUUUUCUUUCUUUCUCCCAUGGCAGGACCUCUCAAGAUUCCAGGAACUGAUUUUUGAGGAUUUUGCCCGUUUCAUCCUGGUGGAAAACACCUACGAAGAGGUGGUACUGCAAUCUGUCAUGAAAGACAUCAUGAUGGGUAAGGAGGAGCAAAUGCCCUCCUCAUGGGGGAUGUUACUAUUCUAUUGAAGUGGUCGCUGACUGUUUUUGGGUCAGUGGGCACAUUUGGAGAUGUGAGAGGGCACCGUGGGUGCCAGUCACAGAAUAGCCACCAUGGGGAGAGGGUCUGGCUUCACACCAAAUGAUGCAGGUGCUCCCCCAUGACCCACCACAUCACUGGGGAGAAAGAUGCCUACCCCAGACAUCACUGUGCUAGUUCCUAGAGUGGUUUAACAGUAUAUUGUUCUUCCCAGGGAACCCUGGGAACUGUAGAUCUCUGAGGGGAAUAAAAGGUAAAGGGGCCCCUGACCAUUAGGUCCAGUCGUGACCGACUCCGGGGUUGCAGCGCUCAUCUUGCUUUACUGGCCAUGGGAGCUGGCGUACAGCUUCCGGGUCAUGUGGCCAGCAUGACUAAGCCACUUCUGGCAAACCAGAGCAGCACACGGAAACGCUGUUUACCUUCCUGCUGGAGUGGUACCUAUUUAUCUACUUGCACUUUAAUGUGCUUUCAAACUGUUAGGGGGCCUCUUAACAACUCUCAGCACCUUCAACAAACUACAGCUCUCAUAAUUCUUUGGGGGGAAGAUAUGACUGCUUAAAGUGGUAUCAUCGCACUUUAAAUGCCUGGUGUGGAUGUGGCCUUAUGCAUUGUCCCAUUAGUGGUCCUGUUCAUGCUCCUUUCCUUUCCACAUUUCAGCUGUGAAGGAGGCAGCUGUGCAGCGGAAACACAACCUGUACCGCGACAGCAUCGUGAUGCACAACAGCGACCCCAACCUGCACUUGCUUGGUGAGGAGACACCCAUCAACUGGGAGGAGGAGUUCGGCAGGCAGUCGGACUCAGACCUGCCAGAUGAGAAGCAGCGCCGGGCCAAGCAAGUCGUUUCAGUCAUCCACGUUGACGAUGAGGCCCUUCCCUACGAGGUCACUUCCCUGGAGGGGUCCCCAGGUGCAGCUGAGCUGGAGCCCGAGGGAGUGGACCGCAGUCCUUCCCCUCCUGUGCAGGGGUCCCCUGACAGCGUGAAGGACCUUCGUACGAUGCUGGUGAAGGAGAUCUGCGUCAAGGCUCCGCUUGAGAAGGCUGAUUCCCAGCUGGGCAAUGGCACCAUUGCCCAGAAGAGCGAAGUAGACCCCAAACACAUGGAGGGGAAGGAGGAGGAAGCCACCAGGGAGGCAGGCAAGCAAACACCACAGCAUCCCGCUGAGUGCCAGGCAGAGGCGCAGGAGGCUACGGACUCCAUGCCCACUUCUCCUGCCCAAUCGCCUUCCCUGGCUGCCGACGGGGGGUCCUGCGUGGGCUGCCUUGAGCCUAGCGAUAAGGAGACAGGGGAGGAGACGGGGGUGCAAGUGGAGGUGACCCCAGUUUGUGAGACGAGCAAGGAAUCCUUUGUGGAGAACAGCCAUGGGGCUACAGAAGGCAGCGAAGGGGUGCAGACUCAGUUCUAGGACAGCUGCCCCACCUCUAUGCAAGAGGGUUCCUCUAUUGGCUGUGUCAAUGCCAAAGGCAAACUCGAAUUGGGGAACCCUGUGGGGGGUGCUGUGGGGGGGAGAGAAGGCAGGCAGGGCGAGGUGAGAGCAAAGCGCCUAAAGUUGGUUUUUUGGCCUCAUUAAUUUGCAUGUGCUCAAUCCAUCCAGAGAAGUAUUGGGAGGGAGCACAGGGGAUGGGAUGGAGGAGCCCCAGAAAUAAUAUCAGUUCUUCUAGCUAUCUCUCUUGGGACUAUGCUGACCGUUCUGGGCUUCUGUAAGCCUGGAAUUAGGUUGGCUUCCUCACAUUCCUUUCCUUUGCACCUUUCGUUCACAAUUGGCUCAUCAGGGGUCUCCUUCCCCCAUUCCAGUUCUACUGAAAAGACACUUUACCUUGGAUUCCAGGGAAUGUCUGGGGUACAGGAACAGAAUGACAGCUGCUUCCCUCCUCCUUGCCCUCCACUACAGAUAUAGAAAAUGCUUUUCUGCAUUUCUUCCAAUCCACCUUCAUUUUCUUGGAACUUGGUUGUGUUUUAAUCCAGUCUUGUUGCCCCACUGAUAAUUAUAUAUUUUUUAAGGGUUGUCACCUCCUUUUAACUGUUAUCUCAUCACCUGUGCAUCUCCACCUCUCUUCCCCAGCGUUGACAGCCAUGUCCUAGUGUAGUUCCGCAACUCCCAUCACUUGGAGAGAUUUGAGGAUCUGGGUAGGAAUAUUAGCUGCAGGGCCUAGUAGGUAGAGCCAGCGAGUCCCUUCUCACUAGAGAAUGACGAUGCAAAUGAAGGUUAGAGAAACCGGAUGUGGCAGUUGUUAAGGCCGAACGAGGGAAGUGUGUAGCAGAAAGCAGUGAACGUAUGUGGAUGAGGACAAAGCUGUGGAAUGAGUUUUCUUCCCUGCCCAGGGAGGGGUCAAGUAACAUACAUCUUGUAGGUUCACCACCAAUGCAAGACACUGGGUAGAUAUGUUAAUGGUGAAGGCUUGUAUCCAAUACUCAUCCUACUUAGAGUAGGCCUCUCUCUGCGCCCAAUUUAUAGGCAAGGAAAAUUAUAAGAGAACUUGCCCGCUUUGUUUUAGAACGUUUCUUCAUUGGUGAUUCUGGGUAGUUGGGAAAUGCAAACUGAAUGCCAUAGCGAUGGGUUGUCCCAUUGAAAGUGUGCGUGCAUGCGUGUACAUAUUGAAUUUACAAAAAUAUCCACUUUUCUUUUUACCCCCGAUGGGUAAAAGGAAUAUGGUUAUUGCAUCCUGGAGCAUCUAGGGAUUGUGCUGAAAGUUAGUCCUCGCUUUGAGGCAGCCCCACUGAAAUUAAUAGACGUGAGUCUCUGUCAGAGAAAAAGGUGGGGUAUAAACCCUGGUACAGAUGAAACUGAGAGGAGAUCUUCAAAUACCUAAAGGGCUGCCACAUGGAGGAUGGAGCAAGCUUGUUUUCUCCAGCUCUAGAGGACCCAGACCUACAUCAGGAAGAACUUUCUGAUGGAAAGAGCUGUUUUGAAAGUGGGGGUGUCUCCUUCCAGAGAUGGUGGACUCUCCUUCCUUGGAGGUUUUUAAGCAGAGGUUGGAUGGCCAUCUGUCCUCGAUGCUUUAGCUGAGAUUCCUGCAUUGCAGGGGGUUGGACUAGAUGACCCUUGGGGUCCCUUCCAACUCUAUAGUUCUACGAUUCUGUGAAAUAAAUGUAUAAUAUUAAUAAUAUGGUGAACUUAGGCACAUUUCAGUGAGUCUGCUCUGAGUAGGGUAGCUUUGGGUGCACCGCUGGGUUUUCCUGUUAUCUGAGGGUUAACUCACUCAUUUCUCAGCACCUCUGACUCUAGUUUAUGAGGCAAAUCAAAUCUGAGGAGCUUGUCAUCCCAGAAAGUGUAGGGCGGUCAAUCCUUAGCCAUGGAACAGCACCACCUCAGGAGGACUGUUCUAGAUAAUAUCCAGAUGUUGUAUACUUGAGAGUGGUUCAUUACAAGUUUUUUCCCCAUCAGUCCACCUCUGGAUGUUGUUGGAUGUUCUCCACCUCUAGAUGUUAUUGGGCUACAGCUGCCAUCAUCCCUGAAUGUUGGCUAAGCUGCCUGGAGAUGAUGGGAGUUGUAGUCCAACACCAUCUGGGUAAUCCAAAGUUGACUAACACUGAAGGGGCCUCUUGUACAGGAAUGCGGAACCUUUGGCCCUCCAGGUGUUGGUGAUGCUCCCACCAUCCCUAGUCACUGGCUACACUGGUUGAUGGGAACUGCAGUCAAACAACACCUGGAGGCCUUCCGGUUCCGUAUCCCCAUCACAUUUCCUCUUCCCCAGUGGCCAAGUUGUUGCUUUCACCUAUCAAACAUGCUUUUAUAGACGCAGGAGGGCAGGGAAGCAAAUGGACACGGGUACAUUUGUAUGUGUUUUAGUUAUGGUGGUGACAGAAUGAUGUUUUAGAAUGAAAACAGUGGAGGCCAAUGGGGCAUCUGGCUUCCACUAAAGUUCGAAGGAGUGGGUAGGGAGCAAGCCCACCAAAGGCUCUAGCGACUUAGAAAUGGAGUGUCUUAAUGUCAGUGCAGAACUAUUGUACACUUUUCCAAAAGUAUGGGAAGACUGAAUGACCAUGAUCCAAGACUUGCAUGUAAAUGCACAUUGCGCAUGCACACGCGCACACACACACACACACACCUUCCUGCAAUUGUGGCACCAUUGCCAGUUUCAAAGUGCUUGUUCAUUAUUCCCUUAAUGUCUCUUUAAGAAUUUUUUAUUUUUUUUGGAGGAGGGGAUGGAGACCUAUUUAGCCAUUCAUUUUCACUUUCUCUCUCUGCUCUUCGUAAAACAAAAGGUGCCUUAAUCUUGGGAACUAAAGCCUGCCAUCUUUUUACCUUUUUUCUUCCAGUAUACUUUAUUGCAAAACUUAUACCAAAUGUUUAAGAGGGGGGAAAUGUGGCUUAUAUAUUAUUAAUAAAAUCUAGAUUUAUUUAAGAUCAGU